GUACAGCUUGCUGAAUUAAAUAUCAAGUUAUCUGAAAAAGACCUAGAGAUUACUAAACACCUUCAGACUUCUCAAGACAAGGAAAUUAAUUUAACCAUGUUAACAGAGAAAGAUCAGGAGAUUUCUCAACUACUUAAGAAUGUCCAAGACAAAAGCAAUCAGAUUGUUGAAUUAAACAAAGUGUUAGCUGUAAAAGACCAAGAGAUCAAUGAAUUGCUUCAGAAUGUCCAAGACAAAGAUGUUGAGUAUACUGAAAUAAACAGAAAGUUAAUCGAGAAAGACCAGGAGAUUUCUAAACUACUUCAGAAUGCUGAAGAUAAAGAAAUUCAGUUUGGUGAAUUAAACAGAAAGUUAACUGAGAAAGACCAAGAGAUUUCUGAGCUACUUCAGAAUGCCAAAGACAAGGACAUUGAGUAUACUGAUUUAAACAGAAAGUUAAGUGAGAAAGACCAAGAGAUUUCUGAGAUUCUUCAGAAUGCCCAAGACAAUGACAUAGAGUAUACUGAUUUAAGCAGAAAGUUAACUGAGAAAGACCAAGAGAUUUCUGAGCUACUUCAGAAUGCGCAAGACAAGGACAUUGAGUAUACUGAUUUAAACAGAAGGUUAACUGAGAAAGACCAAGAGAUUUCUGAGAUACUUCAGAAUGCCCAAGACAAAGAGCAUGUUUUUAGCAAACAGAUAACUGACAUGCAAAUAGAACUGGUUGCUCUGCAGAGAAAUGUUUCUGACCAUGUAGAAAUUGUGACAGAGUUAAACAGAAGCAUAACAUUAAAGGAUGAAGUUAUUCAAAACAUGAUUAACAAUUUUAGUGAGAAAGAGACAGAAAUUGUUGAAUUGAAAAUAAAGUUGUCUGAAAAAGAUGAAGAAAAUGCCAGAUUGUUACAUGUUGUUAACAAGAAAGAAGAAGAACUUGCAAAUUCUAACCGUGUGUCUGAUGAUAUAUCUGAAAAGAUGGCCGACAUGGAAGAGGAAGCUGCUAAUCUGAACAGAGACUUAAUAGAAAAAGAGGCAGAGAUUUUUAACGCACACAAAAUAAUUACAGAAAAAUCUGAUGAACUUACGGAAUUACAGUUAAAGUUUAUUGAAAAAGAACAAGAACUUGUCAGUGCUCUGCAAAGUUGUUCAGACAAAGAAGAGAGACUAGUCAAUUCGACAGGUCAGUUGUUGAAUAAAGAGGAAGAAAUCUCAAAUAAAAUUCAAGUUAUCUCAGAAAAAGAUGCUCAGGUGGCUCAUUUGGAUAGGUUGCUGACAGAAAAGGAUGCAGAGUUGGCAAAUGUUUCUAGAAAUUCUUUUGUGUUGGAAGAAGAGCAAAACAUUUUUGCAAAUGAAAGAGGAAAGAUGAGGGAAAUGCUUUUGGAAAAAGAGGCAGACAUUGAAACUAAAAUGUUGCAACUAUCUGAAAUGGAGGCAGGCAUUAAAGAAAUGAGUGAAAAGUUGCACGAAAGAGAAGCUGGUCUCAGUGCCCUGGUGCAAAAGUUGCUGGUGCAAGAGUCAGAAACAAAGGAGCUCACCAGAAAACUUUCAGAAAAGGAAAAUGACAUUGAUGAGAUCCGAACAAGACUGUCACUAGAGGUUACUACAAUAAAUGAAGAGUUAUCAGUUAGGUUGCAAGACUUGGUUGAAAUCAAUGCCAAGCUUUCUGCUAAGGAAGCUGAAGUGAAUGAUUUGAGUUCGCAACUUGGAGAAAAGGAGGACAAUCUUAGUGAAAUAUAUGAAACUUUGUCUAAGAAGGAAUCUGUAAUUGGUGAAUUGAGCUUAAACAUGACUGGAAAAGAUGCAGAAAUUUAUAAGCAGAGCCAAAUUCUUGUUGAAAAAGAUUUAGAUAUGAAGAAAAUGGAUCAAGUUAUAAGAGAAUGGGAGGCACUCAUUGAUGAGAUACAGAUGAAGUUAACAGAACAAGAGGGCUGUAUAGUUGAUUUGAAUGAACUUCUAGCUGGAAAGGAAACAGAGAUUUCAGAGCUUAUAAAGCAGGUGACAGUAAAUGAAGCUGUAAUUCUGAACAAUGUUCUUGUGGAGAAAGAAAAAGAAGUAAAUGCCUUACGGGAUGAGGUCUCAUCAAAAUGUCAGGAUAUUGAUGCAUUGACGAUGACGCUAAAAGACAAAGACUUAGAACUGACUGGCAUGAACAACAGAAUUACUGAAGCUGAAGCACAGCUCUCUGCUAUCAAAAUUAUUGUUGCAAAUAAGGAGUCAGACCAUGACAACUGUUUAAGCCAGCUUAAUAGCAAAGAGAGGGACAUGGAAACCUUGAAGCAUAUUUCCUUAAGUCUUAAAUCUGAAAUCAGCCUCCUAACAUCCAGGCUUACAGACAGUGAGAGUUUGAUAAUAGAGUUGACAACGAGGUCUGAAACACUUACUUUAGAGGUCCUCAACCUUCAUGUACAGCUCAGAGAAAAGGAAUUUGAGUUGGGACGAGUUUUUCAAGAUAAGAGUGUGUCCGAUAUGCAACUUGUUGAGCUGACUCAACAGCUUGAGAGACUUGAAAAAGAACUAAGAGAGGUCAGUCAAGCCAGAGAACUUGUUAAUUCAAGUGCCUUUGUGGAGGGUCAAGAGAACAUUCAUGCAGUUAAAUCUGCAACUGUUCAGGAAUCUCACAAUAAAGUUAUCCAUGGAGAUCAAAGUAGUGAUUGUGAAGGUGACAGUAAAGAUAUGGAUUGGAAUGUAGAGAGAGAUAAUAUGCUACAAAGCCUGGAGGUCAUGCAGCAGUACAUUACAGAGAAAGACUUGGAGAUAUCAAAGUUGUUGGUGUGUCUGGAUCAAGAGAAGGCAAACUCUGCAAGGCUGUUGUUGGACUUGACAAGUUCAAAGAGAAAUAAUGCUGGAUUGGAGUCAUGGAUUUCAUACACCUUGGAGAAGAUGGAAGAGAAAGAAUCUGUGAUGAUCUGUCAGGAGCUGCAACUUGAAGAGCAUUCAGCAAAGAUUGCACAUUUCUUAAACUCUGGGAAAGAAUCUGUUAGUUCUGCUCAACAAUUUGCAGAGGCCACUCCUUUUAAUUCAAAUGGAACUUUACCCAUAGCCCAUGCUCAAGCACCUAAAGGUGUAGAUAUGGUAGACUCUCAUCAUAUAAUGCAAGAAACAGAUCUUGUAGUGAAGCUUGGCAAAAAGGAAUCAGGACCUUGCAGUGUGGACAUGGAGAAAAAUUAUUGCUUGGCCCUAAGUCAGCUUACACUGAUAACUGAGGAGUGUCAGCAGAAAGAUGGCCUCCUUAUUAAGCAAUCAUUACAGCUUGAACAUUACUCCCAACAAAUUGCAGAAUUAUCAUCAAAUUUGGAACAUGAAAGAUUACUGUUUGCAGAAACUACCGCUUCAUGUACUUCAGUGAGAGAAGAAAAUGACAACUUGACAGCUCAGUGCCAGACUCUGCUAGAGGACCACCAUCACCUGAAACAGCAAAUGUCAAAGCUGGAGUCUGAAACAGAAUCCCAGAGAUUGACAUCAUCCCAGUACUUAGUGGAGUGCAAUAACCUGAGUGAACAAAUCACUGAGCUCUCUAAUGCAUUGGAAGCCAAGGAAAACGUUUUAGCGGAGGCGAAAACCAGAGCUGACAGCUGUGUUAAAGAAAUGAAUGACCUGAAGACGGAUAUUGAACAGAAGGAUGCAGAGAACAGCCAUCUGAGGCAGUCAGUGGAGUCUCUCACAACUGCACUGGAAAAAAGCCAAGAGGAAAGGGAGCUGCUGAAAGCCAACUUUGAUUCCUGUAUGGAGGACAUGCAGCAGAGGCUUGGUGUUCAGGACAUGGAGAUCCAAACAGUGAGAUCUCAGCUGGCAGAGCAGGCUAUGAAUGUCCAUCAUGACAAAGAUCAGCUGAAGGAGAUUUUUGAACACCAGAUUACACUGUUGGAGGAGAAGCUGGUGCAGAGUGAGAAGCUUUGUGAGCAAGUGCUCAAAGAGUUGGCUGAUACAAAAGCCAAGUACAGUUCCUGCACAGAGUUGUAUGAGAAUCAGGUGUCUGACCUUGAAAGCAAUCUGCACACCGCCAACUCUGAACUUUCCAAAUUAAAAGACCAGCUGUCCAGAGUCAAGAACAAUCACGAGUGUGAAUUUGCUGGCCUGAAAAGACUUCACGAAAUUCAAACCACAGAGCUGGAGGACAACUGCUUGGCUCUGGAAAGAAAUGUUUCAGAGUUGAAAAGACAGCUCAGUGAACAGAUCAACAAGUUCAACAAGGAGCGGAUCAAUUUUGAACAGACCUUGGAAUUUCAGGUUUCAGACAAUGAGGAAAAGAGGAGGAUGUAUGAAACUGAGAUCGCCAGGCUUAAAAGGCACCUGGAGGAGAUGAAACUGGACCAUGAGUUGGAGAUGAAGAAUUUGGAAAAGAGCUGUGAAUCUCGCCUGUAUGAGCUAGAAGACAAGUGUUGUAUUGCUACUAAUGAACUUGAAAGACUCAGAAAAUCCUUCAGUGCCGAGGGGGACUAUUCUGAAGAGAGGCACAGGACGGAUUUGAGAAUAGAAGAUCUAGAAACAACACGAAGGGAUCUCGAAAUCAAGAACAGGGCAUUAGAGGAGGAAGUGACUCAACUCAGAGAGCAGGUUGUCUUGAGAGAAGAGGAAUUGAGAACUUUGUUGCAAGAAGCAGCUGAGAAACGGCAAGAGAAACAUGUUGAAAUGUCUGAAGAGAUCUCCUCUUUAAAGCAGUCACUGUCAGAACUGUCUAGGAAACAUUCACAAGCUCUUGAGGAAAUAGUAAAGAGAAAAGAUGCUGAAGUCACAGAUCUGCUGAAGAAAAACGAACAGCUCGAACUGAAAUCACAGUCUCUUGAGAUGUACAUGGAGCAGGAUGUGGUUAUAAGACAGGAGCGAAGUGAAGAGAAAUCAAAUAUUUCUGAUCUGCAAAGUCAAAUAGCCAGUUUGUCAGAAGAAAACAGCUCACUCAAAAGGAGGCUGUUGAUGCAGAAAGCACCAGAGAGAACGUUACGUUUGAGCUCAGGGGUUGAGGCAAUAUGUCCGCCAUAUUCUCACACCUCGACAGAGUUUGAUACUACUCAAAAUGUUGGGGAUGAGUGUUUUUCUCCUGCUGUGGAAGAUCCUGUACUGGAAGGCUUUGUAGCGGAGAGCCAGGAGAAAUACAAAUCACCUUCUAAAAAACCUCUCGCCACUGCUUAUGGCAACCAAGAACCAGACUUUGUUGAAGAGGAAAAUGAUAGAUUCCAGCCAGAAAUGGAGCAUGAGAGGGUUUUAGAUAGUCCCAGUCAGUUAAACAUGCACCCGAUUCGCGAGGAAGAAAUUCAUGAAGGUUUUCAGCCUGAGAUCUCUGAUUUGUUCCUAAUGGACACAUCUGAAGAGCAAGGUCAGAGAAUGAUGUGGUCUGCAGAACUUACAGUUGGAAUGUCACCCUCGCACCUACAGAUCCACCAGCAGAGUUUUGAUUUUAACACCAGUGAUGAAAGCCAGCAGGACAGUACUAAACCUGCAGGGAAGUCAAAUCAAAGCCAACCGCUUUCCCUUGAGAAUGAGAACAAAGCUGUUGAUGUUACAGAGAGUAGGAUCAAUCAAAUCAAGGAAGAUCUGGAAGAACAGUACGUCAUGAGGAUGAGACGGCAGGAGGUUGACCUAACCUGCAAGUUUGAAACUCAGUAUGAGCAGUACAAAAAUGAAUCAGAACAACACUUUGCUCAAAGGAUCCAGGCUGUCAGGUACGAGUGGGAACGUAAAUUUACUAAAGCCUUGCGUAAAGUCAAGAAGGAGAUGGAAAGGAGGAAUUCUAAAGACCUACGAUACCAACGUCAUGACAAUGUUAUCAGACUCAACUCUGAGGGUGCCGACUCGGCUAGUAGUGGUGUCAACAUGCCUGACAUUGCUGAGAGAAAUGAAGAGCUUGAUGAGGUGGUUGAACAGCUGCAUAAAGAAAACCAGGUUAGUUGGCAUGUAUUUAUCAUUACAAUUAUUUCUUUAUUAAUAGAAUAAGGCUUGUUUUUGUUAAGGUAUUUCAAAGUUUUUGGUUUCAAGAAUGUGAUUGAACAUAUUCAGCUUUCUUUUAGAGCAAGCUAAAUGCUUCACUAUUAUAGCUUUGAUCAAGCACUUUAAGGGUUUACUCCCACUAUUUGAUCCAGAAUCUUUAAAAGAGAACAACGAAAAUGUAAGACUUUGAACUCUUAAGGUACUUUCACACUGCAGACUUGUUGCAGUAACAAAGUUCAGUGGUGAAUGUGUAUUGAGAAUCCACUGAUAUUUGUUGAUGUUUACCAUCUCCAACUGAUUGGGAUAUCCCAUGUAGGUGUUCACACUGAGCAGGCAUAACAAUGCAGAAAUUUUGUAUCUAUCAGUACCGGUAUCAGUCGGGGAUCUUAAUAUGAAUGAAUUUGACUUUUUUCUUUAACUAUGAUUUUACCAAUGCAAGGAAAAAUGAAACGUAAAAUUACAACAAAAAAAAAAAAAAAAGAAUUUUUAAAAAUUUUAAUAACUUUUUUUUAAAAACAAGACAUUGUUCCUCUCAAUUGAUUUCUUGUUUUGCCCACUCCAAUAAAAUCGAACCUGAAAUCUAUUUCAAAAAUUUUAAUCUUUGAACUACAAAAUAUGGCUACUAUCGCAUACAAAUAAUUAUUUGUGUUUUUAAAAAAAGACAAUAUUUUUAACACUCUAUUUUCUACCGGAUGCUAUGCUACUGACCUGGCGUGUCAGCUGAUAAUGUGUGGGCAUAAUAAUAUUGUUAUGGGGUUGCUUUUGUUUAUUGCCAGCAGACAAUAUACUGGAACAUUCACCAAACCUGUGAUAAUGAAACCCCUUGGCCCUGUUUUUGUUACAAUGAGUAGCACAUAGCGUAAAAAAUCUCACGACUUGUAUUGAAACAGCCUGCCUGGUUGAGAAUGUAAGAAAUCAAUUUGCAGUGUGAACAUACCUUAAAAAAAGCAAGCAUAGUCAAGGAUCCAAUUAUAUCAUCAUCAUCCUGUGGGGCAAAAGCCAUAAGGAUAUUUUCUAUUUUUAAACUCUUGAAUUCUCCUUUUCCAUUACCUCAUCUCUUUUCAGGUCCCUUCUCUAAGUGUGUUUAGGGCUCUCACACCCUUUGUCUCUGUCUAGGUUCCACAACAGUGCAUACUAUACUUUGACGGUGCAGUGUUACUUUACCAUAGUUUAGCAUUUGUUGACCUGUUAAUCCAUUUACAUCCAAUUUGGUGCAGUAAAAUUUAAUAUUAAUACAUUUUACUGAUAAGACUUUUUGGGGAACUUUGUUUUCCUGUGUUAAAUUUCAGGAGCUUGCUGAGGUGAGAGAUGUACUUCUUAGACAGAUUGAAAUCUCUCAAACCCGUGGGUUACAUGAUCGUCUUCAACAUGAGCUCCAGUCAAUGCUAACUACUAGGGACACUGUCAGUUUCCAGUCGUCCACCCCAACUCCAACUUUGGUGGCAACAUCGCCUACCAUUGAGCCAGAGGAAAACACUUCCUAUGAAAACCCAGGGCAACUGGCAGAUGAAGCUGACGGCUCUAGGAGUGAGAUAAGUGAAAGCAGUUCAGUCAGAGAGGGAUUCCUGGAGGAAUUUGAGGAGAUCUCCCAUCAGUCCAGCCAGGAUCUGCCCCUGGAGUGGGAGCUCACAAGCACGGAGACGGGGGCCUUUGAGCAGGAGCCGCGCAGCAUCUGGGAGGUGUUUGACGGCCGAUGCGUGCGCCAGGACUGCCAAGAGGUGAGACACAGGUUCUACAAGUUGUGCCAGUGGGUGGUUAGACAACAAGGUGAAGGUGGUGAUUUGGUUUUGGACGAUGAUUUAAUAUAUUUGGUGGGUCAGAGAGGGUCAAUGGAUGAUGGGGAAACAUUAAAUAAUGAAAGCAUUUCAGGUAGGGAUUCAUCCUCUGUUGCUUCUAGCCAGUUAGGGUCCAAAGAUGCGUCAUACUUAAAUUUACUGGCAAAAGUUGUGGCUUUAGAAUCUGAUAAGCAAUUUUUGGAGGAAAAGCUGACAACAAAAAAUUAUUUUUUCAAUGAAGAUGUUACUGUGCAGAAACAGGCCGGGGGUGAGGGGGGAAACAAGCCACAUGAAAAUAGUUAUUUUAUAGAAUUCCAAGAAUUAGAAUCUAAUUUCCACAAAAAUGAGCUUGAACUUGAAAUGAAAGAAUUAGCUAAUGGCUUACCUGAAACAGGGGAUCAUAUAUCAGAAGUUAGCUCACCGGUAAAACAGAGUGAUUUAACUUGCAAAUCUGAAGGUAUAAACUUAAGAUUGGGUGAAAAAGAACUAGCGGGAAUUCCCUCUGAAUCCCCUUGUUUAGUUCAAGCUCACUUAGACAAUGAUUGUAGUUCAAAUGUAUCCCACAAAAGCAGUUUAGAAAACAUGGUAGAGGAUAAUGAUCUAGAGCAGUCUGGGGACCAAGCACUAUUAGGCCUUGAGGAUCAGAAGUUGGCUGAAGAAUUGAGCCAGCUGAGGAAAGACCUCAAGGAGACAAAAGAUAUGUAUUCUAAAGAGAACACCUUGCUCCAAGAGGCAUUGUUGAAAGAUCAAGUUGAGAAAGAUCUGGCCAUGUGCAGGACAACUUCAGUUCCACACAGCAGCAGCCAGUCACUCAGUGCUGAUGUUGGCCGAGAACAGUGGCUGACGAAACCAACAGACGAAGCUGAGAUUAUGAAGCAGAAGCUGGCCAUUUGCAUGGAGCAGAUUCGCAUGCUAGAAGAUGAAAAUACCUCAUUAAGAUCCAGAUUGAGAGAGCAGGAUGCAGUUAACCUCCAUCUCAAGUACAAGUUGCAGCAACAAGAACACACAACAGUCGAGUGGCAAAAGUCUUUCAAUAGUCAGCUGUCAUCACUUCAGAAACAACGGCUUGACCUGCUGCAGCUGAUCAGAGAUAAAGAGUCUGGAAAAGAAGCUUAUAUAUCUGGAAGUUUACAAGAAGCCCUGAUGGCUGACUCUUUAAAGAAAGCCCAGGAAGAUUUGCUGGAGAAAAUAGAGGAGCUGGAUCACUUGUACAAGAUGCUUUCACAACGGCAGAUUGAGCUCCAGCACUGUGAGGCAGAGAGACGUCACCUUGAACAGCUGUGUCUGCUCAAAGACUUUACAGAGAUGCAGCUCAUGAAACAGAAGCGACUUAUGGAGGAGCAAAUUUCUGAGAUCGAGCUUCAUCUUCAUGACCGGGAAAUUUCAUUGAUGGAAGAGAAAACUAGACUUAUGCGAGAACUGAGGGAAAAAGAUUUUAUUAAAUCCAAGACGGCAACACAACAGGUCUCCACAUCCCCGAAACAGCCAGUUUACAAAUCAGAGUUGGGGCAUCAUUGCAACACAGAAGACAGUCCAAGAGACAAUGGUCCCUUAGUUCUGGACGCAAGAUUUUAUAGUCAAGAAGAAGAGACCAGUCUUCGACAUCUCAGGGCUAUUGAGCAAUUAAGGUCAAAACUGAAGCAGGAAUAUGAAGUUCAACUGGCAAAGUCUUCUCACUUAAACAUGGAAAAGAAAUAGCAGCUCUCCACAAUUGAAUUAAUCUUCUGAUAGAUUUUGUCAUAAGUAGAUGACUCUACUGUUUGAUAAACUGCAUUAUAUUGAGAUCUUUUUACGAUAUGAUAAGAUACCAAUUUUAUUAAGUUUUAAAAUUAGGAAUGAGAUACUCUCUCACAUAAAUACCGGUAAGGAUUUCUAAAUUCUGGGUAGAAACCCCAAUUUGUUAAAAAGAAGUAUCUACAAAGUCACUCUAUGAAAUUAAAGAAUUCUGCUUUCAUUAUUUAUGUUUAGAACAUCCUGAAAUGUCUAAGGUGAAAUAUUUAUUUGGGCUGUUAAAUCAAAGAUGGAUCCAGUCCAGGUUUUACCCCCUCUUUCUUUGAUGUAUAUUUUGUUUAUUUCUCAUGAGCAGGUUUCACUGCUCAUGAUUGAUCUAGGGUUGCUUACUGCUGAUUGGUUCAACUGUAGCUUUUUAUUGUGUUGUUAAUUGUUAUUCCUGUUGCAUGCUAUUUUAUUCUUUAUUUGGUGCAUGAAUAGUUAAUAUUUGCCCUUUUACUUUUUUAACAUUUAUUAUAAAUUUUUGUAUAAUACACAGCAGCAAAUUUUGUUAAUUAUAGUUAUACAUCUUUAACAAAAGUAUACAGAGAUAUCAUUUGAUCUAAUAUGUUGAUCUAAUCAUCAAAUUUCUACUUAUAUUUAUAUACGCAAAAAAUUUUACAUAUAAAACACAUUUAGUUGGAUUUUAUUGACAAAGAAGUUUGUAAUUUGGAUAAAAUUAUUAUUUGUGUGGACUUUUCACUUCAUAAUGGAUUUAGUCAAUUUUACAAAGAUUUUAAAAAACGUUAUCGUAUAUGUUACUGCUGGAUCAGUAACACAGUAAGUAAAAUCCAAAUAUCCAAUUAAUUUUGAUGCCUUAAUUAAUAUAAUCCGCAGUUUAAAAAUAUUUGUUUACAUGGAUUAUGGACUAAGUGUUGUGAUGCUUGUAUGAAAAGCAAUUUUAUUUUAUGUGCUUCAAAUAAAUACUUUAUAACUCUUAAAAAAUUUUGUGAUAUGUACAGUAGUUUUGUAAUAAAUUAUUUAUGUGCUUACAUUUUAUGGUUAACUCAUGUACUUGUAAAGUUAAAAAAGGAAACAAAUUUUUAAGAUAAAAUUCAAGUGAUCUUUCUGGUCCUGGUGGUAUAAAAUUAUCUCAUGAUAUAGUCAUUGUUGAAUUAUUAUAACUGAUCUAAAAGUAUAAUAUUAAUCUUACUAUUAUCGCUACAUAAUUCACUGGUUAAUUUGAAAAUUAAAAAAAAAGGCUGGCUUAUUGGACUACAAAAGAACACCUCUUGAAGCUUGUACAUUUGAUUUAUAAGGAAUUAAACCAUCUUCAACAACCUUAAUAACUUACAGAAAAAAAUCUUGGCUAUGUACAUUUCUUAAGUUUAAAAAAAACCCAUAUAAUUGGAUGAGUGAAAAAAGUGGUCUGUUAGUUCAAUUCCUUUAAAUGCUGUGCACUUUUUUCCUCUCUUUUUACAAUAUUAAUCUGCUGGGUCAUGUUUCACUAUUUCUCCGUCCAAUAAUGUCAUUUGAUUAAUAAAUAGCCUUUGAUUCAAACUUUGUACAAUCUGUGACUGUCAUUGUCACUGAAACUUUCUUGUUGACUAUCACCGAUCCCUAUUUAUUUUAACUGUUGAACCUCUGUCCUGUUUUCAUAGUCUUUGAAAAGAGAAAUUCGCACAACAUUUUUAAGAUAAAUUUUACAUAACAAGGCAACAUUUCUGAAUUUAGAAAGGGGUCAAGUUAGGGAAUUAUCAAUAACUAGAAACAACCUGCCAAACAAUCGCUGUGACAGUGCAUGAACUUCCCAUCUACUAAAGUUACUGGUACUUGACACAACAUGCAUACAAGUUCAAGUAACCUUCUAUAUAAGAAUCCCAAUUAGUGCUAACUUCUGGGAAUUUUAUUUUGCAUGCCUAUUGAACGGUUACAGCCAUACAUACAUACCUUGAGGAGUAUAAUUUGUGAAGAGAUAGAAUUGUAGGUGGAAAGUAUACAUUUGAACUUUCCAUAGGGUCACAAUCACCCAUCUAAAGGGCUUGAUAGAUGUAGCUGGUGGGUAACAUGUUUGGUAGCACUACUCUAUAGAUUUAUUUACUUGCACCUGUUCUGGUCUCUAGUAAUCUUAUAAUUUUGUUCAUUUCAACCUCAUGAUCUGCCGCAUACAUUUUUUGUUUGUUUACUUCUUGACAUGGAGGUCUUAUACUAUCUCAGUUAUUGUUUGUUGUCAUGAAUAUCUUGAAAAAAGACGUCUCUCUAAAAGGUCUCUGUCUCCUUCUUGUUCAUAUCCCCUCAACCCAUGUUUAGUCAUUCUUCUCUGACCACUAAACCAUAAGUGUUCAGUCCAUAUGUACCCAACAAAUGAAGCAAUUACACUAGAAUUUAAAUUUUUAAAAAAGAAAUGUGGAUCAUUUUAAAAUAAUGACGUCAGUUAUUUUUUAGUAAAUAUAUAUAUUAACAUAAUGUGUUCUAUGGAAACAGAAACAUUUUGUUUGUAAAUAGGUUAAAUACAAGAUAGUUGACUUUUUUUAUUUAUGUAUCUCAUCUAAUUAUAAUAUAUAUACUAUAUAAUUAAUACAUUACAUGGUAAUGAAUUUGCCCAGGGGGGUGGCUGGGAGGGAAUGACUGAACUUGUUUGAUCUAAUUUCAAACUUUAUAUACUCAGAACAGAAAUAUUUUUUGGGGAACAAAUUGUUUAGUGUUUUUAAAAAAUUAUGCAUCAAUAAACCUUCUUCUCUUUAGUGCAAAUUAAAAAACUUAAAUAAUUUUGUGAAUCUCAUUAUUAUUAUUGUUUAAAAAUAAAAUAUACUUAGACCUUACUAGAGAUAUACAAUUGAUAAGCAUACAAAAAAUUUCUUUCUUUGUAUAUUUUAAAAAAAAAUGUUUUAUAUUUUUUGCAAUAAUUUUUUUCCAAAUUGUAUGUAAUAAUGAAAAUAAAAGAAUAUUCUGUGAGCAUAGUAGAUUCACAAGUAGGUUGUUUUAAGUUAUUUCUGUUAUAGUCCUACUAUCAAUUAAUAUCGUGGCUAGUUAGCUUUAAUUAAUCUCUAUGACAAAAUUGCUUCUUAUGUAGUUCAUCCUGGCCAGAUUCAGAGUUGCCUCGCUUGAAACCCCGUGUACCUAUGUCAGUGUUUUCUCCCUUUUUUGUGUCUUCAUAUACUGCUAAAUACACUCACUAUCUUGAGAUCUUCGAUGGGGAAAGCAUUUCCAAUGUUAAUUCCAAUUUCAAUUCUUUUUAAAUUCCUGAUUUAUUCAAUAUAUUUUUUCGCUAUUGAUCAAGUACUUUUAAAGUUCAAUACAGUAUCUUUUCAUGUGACCGCAGUUCUUUAUAUUUAACAUUGUUUCACGCAGUCGCAGUCGUUUCUUCUCCUAUCCAACGUUUCCAUUCCCUAUAUUCGCUUUAAACAGAAUCCUAAAGGAUUACACAUUGUCUCUAUCUUAUUUCAAUUUCAUCCGGUCGGAACUUUACAGGUUUUACCUGUGAUAUCAUUGGGUAAGUGGUUCCCGUUGUUUUUAUAUCAGCAUAUAAUUUAAAACACACCCCAGUCUACUUUCACUGUAUAUGAAUAUCAAAUAAUAACGCAAAAACACUGUCAGUGUAUUAUCUUUGCUUUGAUUGUUUCAAUAUUGGCUCCGUCGGUUUACCAAUAAUAGUAUCGUUAUAAGUUAUACACAGUUAACAUUAAGUAAGCUUGAUAUUUUUAAAGUCUUCCCCAGCUCGCUCUCUCUCUCUCUCUCUCUGCCUCUCCCAUCUGUCUUUCCACUCUCUCCCCCUUGAUCUGCGUAUCUCUCUCUCUCUCUCGCCGUAUCUCGUUCUCGCUCUGUAUCUCGCUCUCUUCCUCUGUCAGCUUAAAACUCAUUUGAUACUCCGUCUUGUGACAUCACACGUUUUAUGGUCUGAAGCAGAGGUCCUCAAAUUACGACCCGCGGGCUGAUCCGACCCGCCACGUGCUCUAAACCCGGUGUAGCUGGCCGUCGUUCGAAUACCCGGGUGGCAGUGACAUAUGUAGAUUGGGACACUGUCCAUUCAUUCUGCCUGAAGGACGGCCCAUAAUUCCCACUAAUACCUUUAUUUUGAUUAAAAUUCUUUUCAUUUGAUACAUUUAUUAUGUUCUUUUCUCCUGUUAUUGCAGUACGGUACAAUUAAGAUGUGUGCGUAUGCAUUCGUUGAUAUUUAUUUCAAACUAUAAUCUGGCCUCCAAGUGUCCAAGGGACGAUUGAGGACGCCUGGUCUAAAACGAAACCAUAAUGAUGUUUAUAUAAACAGAUAUCCGGAGUCGCAGAAACGGUUACCAAUCGGAAUAAAUGAAGCCCUUGUAUGUCUCGUGAACUACUCCUGGUGUAGGUCUCGUGAACUACUCCUGGUGUGGGUCUCGUGAACUACUCCUGGUGUAGGUCUCUUGAACAACUCCUGGGAGGGCAAGGUUAUUGCUAAAGGAUCGUUUGCUCCUAGUCACCAGAUCUCCCCCCCCCCCCACUCCCCUUUUCCCCAUUUUUUUAUGUCAACGUGUUACCAUGAACUCUCGCUCAUCGUGGACUACUCCUGGUGUAGGUCUCUUGAACCACUCCUGGGAGGGCAAGGGUAUUGCUAAAGGAUCGUUUGCUCCUAGUCACCAGAUCUCCCCCCCCCCCCACUCCCCUUUUCCCCAUUUUUUUAUGUCAACGUGUUACCAUGAACUCUCGCUCACACUCAACAUUUGCCAGUGUUUUGACCUAGUAACAUUAACAUUUGGUGACACACUGGCUUGAUCACGUGGCGGCUCUCUGUUCGUUAAUGCAGGGGGGGGGGCGACGACGACGCAAGGACAGUUAUCUGAGAUGAUCUUUCCCACCCCUAAACCCCCAAAAGGACCCUGCGGUCGCGACACAUCGGUUCAUGUGACACCCUAUAGAUUUGAAGAUGUGCUCUCUAUAGUUCGCUGGGGAUGAACUGAUCUCAUCAUGUCUGUUGAAUCAUGUCUGCAUGGUCUAAACAAGGAAGUCUGGAAACUGGCUCAGCACACACACACACACAUUACUCAGCCUAAUGCAGGGCUUUUGUUCUCUACUGUGGCUUGGUAAAAAUGGGGCGUCUGAAUGAACGGUGUUACCAGUUCCUAUUAUUGUUAAGUAUAUAUUUUCCCGAAUUGAUCGAACAUUGUAAUGGCCUAACUCAGUGGUGGCACCCUAAAUAUACAGGAGCCGGUUCUAUAAAGGCUGACAAUCUGUGGGAACAUAUUCUGAUACCAUAAAUUAAAUUAUGUUAGAAUAAUUCAAAAACUCGUUCCUUAAGUCUUAUAACUUUAAGAACGGGUUCACACGAUUCGAUGCGAACAGGUGGGAUGCCACCGCUGCCCCAACUACAGUUAAUUUUUUUUUUUUUUUGACGACUCCGAACUUAGGACUCAGACUCCACAGCGCAGAGAGCAAAACGUUCCCCGGUCACAGCGCUCUUGAUAUAAAUAAAUCUACAAAAUUUACCGUAAAUGGUAAAAAAACAAAACAAAUAUAUCUUCCUUUACAAGUGUUCUAAUACUGUUUCUGAAUUUUUUGGCAGUACCUAAAUAAGACCUGUGAAAUUGUGGGGUCAGGGCCGAGACAUUGUUUUGUGAUGAGUGGUAGAAAUAGAUCUGAAUCCAGAAGUUCAAUCCCUUUGACUUCACUUAGCAUCUAUAAAGUACCAACUGAUGGUCUGCGGAAAAUGACAGGGUAGAAGAUGCACCUUAGGGAUUUUGUCCAGUGCCUACAAACGAACUAACUUAACUAACUGACUGACAGAUAUACACAAAGAUUUUUUAAAAGAUGCAAUCUGUACUAUAUCUUAACAGUGUCGAAAAAAACAACAGUAUUUGCUCCAUUUUUGCCCCCCCCCCCCCCCUUUUUUUUUUUCUUUUUUUUUUUCCUCUUUCAAAUCUCUCACUCUCUUUACCUUUCCUUUCACCCAUGAUUUGUUACUGUUAAUUUCCUGUUGAAAUCCUAGAGUGAAAAAAUGCCUGUGAAUGUGAUUUCACCCUUCCGGUUAGGCUUAAUGUAUGAAAGACAAUACCGUGUGUCACCAUCGUCCCGUGUCUAAGAUGGUAUCUGCUGGGACGUGAUGACUGAUCAAAAUCGUUGCCUCGAUUUCAACCGUAGCCCCGGACAGAAUGUGAUGUUUAUUGGUCAGAGGCGUACAAUCUUUUCUCGAACUCCAUUGCGGCCGGUGAAAUGUUUGAGGAAUAUAACAUGCACUUUAUAUUUGCGAAAUAAACGACUUCUAGACCGCCGGACUCCGAAGUCCUUGAUUUAUUUAUUGUUCAGAAUCCAAUUUUAACAUAGCAGAAAAUGCUAUCAAGGGCUAGUGCCACCCAGGGUGGACCAAGAUUUUUUUGCCGUCCUCUUCCACAAAGAAAACUCCGCAGUUUGGCAGAAAAUGCCAACCCUCCAUAUCAUAUAAAGUAAAAGAGUGCCGCCCGGGGCGGAUCGCCACCCCCCCUCCCUUUUUUUUAUUUUACGCCACGUAUGCUGCUUUUUGUUAAUUUGACUUCAUUCCUCAUUAAAAUUGUAUCAAUAGAAAAACCGAAUGGAUAUUAAAGGAUUGCAGUCGCACUCUUGUAGCCUACACUUUUUUUUUUAGAGAAGAAGUGUUGUAGGGUAGGGGAGACCUUCUGAGGAGACCAUUUAUAAAAGUGAUCUCCGUAGUUAUCAAAUGUUUUCCAGGAAAUCAACUGCGAGAGGUUUCUGUUGAUGGACGUCCCAUUCAUUCAUGAGCGACACUGUCUGCAUGUGUAACUGAGCUGGGAGGUGUGUACUACAGGGUAGUCUAUUCGGAUCGUGCAUCGUGUUUUUUUGGAAGCUCAUUAAGAGAAAUUAAUGAUUUUGAACUUCAAAGUAUGUUACACGGUGAACAUUGCAAUAAUUCUCCACCCCCUUUGAUUAAAACUAGUUCAGACUACGAAAUCAAACACGAAAUGAUUAAAAAAAUUGUUUGGUGUAAAGAAUGGCUAGCUUACUUCACUGCAUCGGAACUGAGCUGCGUUUUGAAUAAUUUUAUUUUAAGAUUUACACCGUUUGAUGGCAACCAUCUUUGAAAACACAAUUGGUGUAUGCGUUAGUUGAGCUUAAUUCGAGAUAAAUAAAGAUAAAUGUAUUCUGAGAGUAUUAUUUGGACCGAAAUAUUUAUUUAAAAUUUUUUAAAUUUUUUUUUAUUAAUGUGAUGAAAAUGAAUGUGUACAAUGAAAUAAUAAACAUUUCCACUUAUUUGAAUAAAUAGAGAAUCCCCUCUUAUCAUCUUUAUGAAUAUAACAUGCACUUUAUAUUUGCGAAAUAAACGACCUCUAGACCGUCGGACUCCGAAGUCCGAAUAGACUAUACCAAUUUUUAUAAUUAAAACCAAAGCCGGCUAAAAUGAUGAUCGCACGUUUCUUUUUUUUAAAAUCCAUUUUGGACUUAAUGCGCCUAAGGCAGGUUGAAACACAACCUUGCCCUUUGACAGUGAGCUCCUUAACUCUCUGUCUCUCCCGGGCUCCGUUCCUGACUAUCCCCUCAUGAGACCACACCCUGGCUAGAAUUCCACGCUGCGAGCUCACCACAUUGCCGCCAUUCAUUGGCUGUUAAAUGCGCGCGGGACACACAAAACUUAGUGUCAGUGCUUCCCAAACUAAGCCGUCGUCAGCCCUGAUAUAUUAGUGGCGUUCCUUGUGGGGCAGUCAGUGACAUUUAUGCCCUCCCAUUUGAGAAAUCUAGAGGCGCAAAAAUGGAAUUAUUUUUCCUUUUGAAAGGUGAAAAUGUGUGCCUUAAUUUUUUGAAGAUGAACAUGUGCGCCUGUUUCAUCCUUAAAGGCUAUAGGCUGUUAUACAUACAUUUUGUACACAAGCUGCUUGCGGCACGAGAAGAUGCUCUAAUAGAAUUUUUUUUUGAAAACAUGAUUAGAUUCAAACAAAUCUCGACAGGUUCAUUGACGGUGGUCGUGUUUGUGAUUGUCAAGUUUAAUCGCAAAUAACUAAUUAUUAUUUUACAUUCUCUGUUGAGCAAAUGUUGGUGCCCCCCCCCCCCCCCCCCCCCCCCUCCCCCCCCUUCUUCCUACUUUAUUGAUGUGAUAAAGUUUGUGUUUUUGAGACACUUAUUUCAUAGUUUGAGUUUUAAGCCACUAGUCAUGACUAAUGUGAUAUUUUUUAAACACUAAUUUAGUAGUAAUGUGAUAAUGUUUUUAAGACACGCGUCAAGACGUAUGUGAUAGUUUGUGUUUUUAGACACGAAUGUCAUAUUUUUUAUUUUUUUUAAAACACUAAGGUGAUAGUUUGUGUUUUUGAGACACUGAUGUGAUAGUUUGUGUUUUUGAGACACUGAUGUGAUAGUUUGUGUUUUUGAGACACUGAUGUGAUAGUUUGUGUUUUUGAGACACUGAUGUGAUAGUUUUGUUUUCUUUCGUUUCCGUUUUCCCCGGGUCCGGGUAUGUGCUAAUACUCGGAAAAUCCGGGUCAAUACCCGGCUCAGCCCUUCCAGAAUGCGCCGAAAGACAUUGCCUUAACGAAAGGUUAAGGACCCCUGCUGCACAUGAUGCUGUGAGUUCUUUGACUCACCACUGGUGCCCGGACGUUUUAUUUAAUUAACCUUCAUAACUUUUUAGUGCUGGAACUGUCGUUGAUGUGCGUCUUUACCCCGCGCUCUGUCCACCAGGACCAGGUAUGGAUCAACACCGCCACUACCACCCCCUACUCCUCUCCCUGGUAGUUCUGUGGGUGACAAGUGCUUAACAUAGUAAAUAUCAGUAACUUUUGUGUGUGUGUGCUGUUUUUACACCUUCCUCCCCCAGUCGCUCUUCCCCUUCCGUCGGUUCUCCCCACUAGAGCACUGUCAUCCAGUUAUUAUUAGUGGAGACCUUGGUGUGUGUCGUUCCGUGUUUGAAAGUGUGUCACAGCAAGACGUAGCAGAACAAGUCCACCGUGUUGAAUCUGUUGUGUGUGUGUUUUUUUUUUAAAGUGCACCGUGUGUAUCUAAUACUGUGUACGGUAUCUAAUACUGUGUGUGUGGUGGUGAACAGAGACAAUGGCUUUUUUUAACGUUGCGCCUCUUAUUUAAUUAAUGGUGUUUAUUUUUUGUGGGGCUUGUGCCAUGUCGUGUAGCUAGGAAACGAUUUCUUUGAGUGGUCGUAUGGCACACAGCACUUGACACAGGCAGGUUUAAUCAUGUCUCAAACACGGCCACCGUUGAGGCGGUGCCACUGUGUGUAACCUUAUCUGUUUCAACUCAGUGCUGUGCACAUGGUUUCACCGCCUGGUUUCAUACGGUAUACAGAUAUAUUUACAAGUUAUCAUCGACGUUCUUGGCUAGUGUAUAAAAAAUCGCGUGUAAAAAGUGUUGACUACUGUUUAGGGCGGUGUAGUAGUGUAGAGAUGCAGUUUCUAAAGGAGUUUUCUGAAAGUAUAUCAAGUUAUCUCUCAUUGGUGUUUUAUUAUCUGUGCUGAAAUGAACUCUAUACAUACAGUGUGGCUCUAUCUUGACACUGAUGCCAUACAUGUGAAAUGCACAACCCCUUUCUAGACAUAUUACCCAUGUCAACAAUUUGUUAUGAUGCAUGUAUCAUGCAUACACACUUUGUGCUUGUGGCACCCACGUUAUUGUGGCGCAUGUAGCAUGCAAAUUAAAAACAACAAUAACAACGUGUUAAGUUCCUUGCAUGUGUCUGGCACUAUAUAAACAUGGCUUUGUUUACCUUUCUAACCUGUAGGCCAAUCUGGGUCAUGUCUAGUCUCAUAGAUGCGUACGUUGUAAUGCCUCACUCCCACGUUAAUUCACAAAUAAAGACAAAGACUUGGAGUCUGUUAAAAAAAAAAAAGUCUGCUUCAUUAAAAAGUUGCGUAGUUUUUUCUAUUUGCAUAUUAUUAUGUCUUUAAAGAAGUAAAAAUGACGUCACCAAUAUUAAUGUUACCACCUCGUACUAAAAAAUAUUUACAAUCCAUAAAUAAAAAAAUAAAUAAAUAAAAAAACACAAAUAAGCCAUAACUCUUAACGAAGCUUAGGAAAAAAUUAGUGACCAGAAAUAGUUUUUUUGGGUUCCCCCCUUUUUCAUGUAGAGACAUGAACUGGUUAAGGCCUAGUUAGAGUGCCGUGUUUACAUUGCACGUGAGACGAACUACGAUACCGACAGUUAAUAAACACGCAUAUACGCCGGCAUACAGGCCGUGUGUCUUGAUGCACAGUGAGGGAUUCAGGGAUAAAACAUUGAGUGGUUUCACGUGAAGAUUUUAGAAUAAUAUACAUCUGUUUAUAAGUAACACGAACGUCUCUUAUUCUUAUUAUUUAUCAGACAGUGUUAGUAUCUGUAAUUUACCGUGUGUGAGUAGAUCAGAUUACACACAAGUAUUGUAAGGUGGUGUACCAUCGCUUGGACACAACGGAGCUGUCAUAAUUGUAUUUGUUCAUGUUUCGAUGUUUGUUUGAAUGGCAUAAAACGCCUCAUUGAUGAAGGCACACACUCGCGCUUGAUUACCUGUAGAUUUACGCAAACCACGUCGUCAGUACCACCUGUAAAGGAAUCGUAUUAACAGCACAGAUCAGGCGGGAGGCAGCAAGCCUUGAGUUUAUUGAUUAACUUCCAAAGCAUUAGGCUGGCACUGUUAUUGAAUGUGACACAAGGAUUGCACGUUGACACUGGACGUGUUCCGACAUGGGAUGCCAUGUUUCCACGAGGAUAUCUCACCUGGUAGUGUGACGCCCCCCAGCCUACCUAUGCAGCAGGUGAGUACCACUGGUUGCUCACCAUUACGGGCCCAUUUAAAACGGACUCUCCCCUUUAAAAACGCUGCCUGAUGACGAGGGAUAUGUUGUUGUCAGUGGUGAUGGCCUGUUUUGACAAUGGCUUUGUAGGUUGGUUUGUCAGUGGACGCGAGACGACUGUGAAAUUUAAAAAGAAAACUAUUCGAAAUUUUCCUUUGAUCAUAAUAACACAAGUAACACAAGUAUCAAAAGGUCUAUAAUGAAUUAAUGAAGGAAAGUAUUAAAUGCAUCUUUUCAUGUGAAUUUUUUUUAAAACAUUUUUUCCCAACUAAAUUACCACAUUUUUUCACAUGACUUUCAGCAUCCCAGCUAAACCAUUUACCGUAUUAUACUUAUUAGCGUGGUGCACCUGUUGAGACUUGAGGGUAGGAUAUUUACCUAAACACUGCCUGUUUGAUAUCAUUUAAUGUACUUGCCUUGCAUUUUCUUCACACACUUUGUGCCUUUUUAAAAUUAUAUUUUAUGGCAUUCAUUUUUGUGUGCUUGUUGCUGUAUAUGUUUUUGCUUGCAAUGUAGUACUUUUGCCUUUAGUUUGCUUAUUCCAAUUCUAUUUUUUCUUAUAAAUUUAGUCUUUUUCAUCGGUCCCCAAUGGCAAUGAAGUACAUGAAAUACUAAGUAAAUGUACAAGACUGUUCAAAAUUUAUUCUCUUACUUCUUUUUUUGUUGUUAUUUUUAUUCACCGUUUUCCUUGUCUGAUAUUUGGGUACAAAGAAUGUUACAGAAAUGUCAAUUUAAAUUUUUAAAUAAUUUUAUUGUGCGGGUGGAUAGCAGGCCAACUCGAAAAAAUAACAACUUCCACCUGCAACUAUACUCAUGUUGCUUUUUGGCCUAGGAACUGAUUUUCUCAAACUUUUCUCCUCAUUUGCCUCGUGUUUUCGCGAUGGCUUUAGUCAUACUAAAUAGCACACAUAUUCUGGUGAGGGUCUGAGAUUACGCUCUUAUUAUGAAGCUUAUGACUCCGGCUAGUACAUUGGCCACCAGCCCCAUCUGCCGAGGUCAGCUAUAUAACAUUCUCCUCACGUAGGACUCUUCCGCCGCCUUGGCCUCCCCCGAAACAUCUAGUGAGGGACAUCCGGUCAAAAAGAUGCGCUAGUUUUUCCGGGACCAGGCUGCAAUGCCGGUAGGUAGGGUCCCUGUUAUAUUCUAUCCUGUUGAAAUAUGUGCCGAUGGGACACUGCUCAGUGCGCAUCUGUGUCACUAGGCUCUGCUGCCUGCGACCUAACCCCCAACAUGGGUCUUGUCUGCUAGGAGUCGCCAAGUUACCGAAAACGCCUCUGGCUGUCGGUUUGUCUGCCCACUGCCUGUGCCAUUUCGUUUGGCAAUGGUCCGCCAACCAGUUUUUGAUUCCCAGAUAAGUUUCUGGUACAUCUGGCUGAGGAUAUGCACCCUCGGUUUUCGCCAGAGUGUCUGCUUUUACGUUGCCACUGACGUUGACAUGCCCUGGAAUCCACUGCGCUGUCACCGUUCCUCCUAGUUCACCGAUCUUGCACACGUCAUCUAUGAUGGUGCCAACUAAUUGCGUGGUACCCGCUUUCUUUCCCAAGAUCUCUAGAGCGGAUCUGGAGUCGGAGGUCUUUAGUCAUACAGAUUUUCCCAGUUGAUGAUGUUCCUUCCCGUUAUAUCUAAGUUUGUACCUUUCCUGCCUUUGUACAGGUUGUUCCUUUAUAUAUGAGCUUGAUUCACCUGGGUCGUCCUGCUAUGAUACGUUCUACUAUCGUUCCAUUCCAACAUUGUUUCAUCUUCUCGUGACGGCCCAGUCUCUUGCCUCCAGCCAAUUAGAAGCACCGUGAUUCCUCUCUUGUCCAAACAUGGCCUGAGGACAAGAGUGGCGAUUGAUCGCUCUACCUGUCCCGACUCGCCACCCCGAUGAAAACACGCACGCUAGGUGAACUCAUCGGCCAAGACCAAACAUUAAUCAGCCAAACCUAUAAUCGAUAGCAAAAGCAGGUGUAUUUCAUUGGGGAAAAAUCAAGGCGUGUGUCCUAAUAAAUGUUCCCAGUCUACCACCCUGUCGGUCGUGGCUGAUGUAUUUGUUUGGCACUUGAUAACUUCUUUAUUGGACUUUUGAUAUCCGAUAAUUUGUUUAUAUUUAAAAAUAAAAUAAACAACUGGAUUUAACGCUUUCCCAUUUUGAAAAUUGUGUAAUUUAAAUUUUUUUAAACUUAAAGAUUUUUAAACAUCUUUUUUAAAAUAUUCAUGCUUCAUAAGUAUAUUUUCCACUUAGCAUGCUUGGGCAUGUAAGGGGCACACACAAGCAUUGCAUGACUGUUACAAAUGCAAGGCUGAUUUUCUGUAAAUUUUCACCUUCUGUCACAUAAUAUUCUUUUUAACUUCUUGCUCCUAAACUCAAUCGAUUGGCAAUAUUAACUGAUGUUUUGUUUGCAACCGAACAGUUAGUAAAACCAAACAAAGUUAGAAAAAAAUGAUUUUAAUUUUUUAAAAUUUAAAAAAAAAAUUUUUUGGACACCCCUUUAUAUAGCUGUUUAAUGUAUAUCUUUACUGCCCUCAAACACAAAUUAUUCCCCUCAAUCCUCCCCCUUUUUUUACCCAACCGGCGCCCCAAGGGGAAGAAUAACAUUUUGUUAAAGUCUAAGGGUAAAGCACUGCCAGCUCCGUACGUCUCGGACCCUAUCAUGUCUUCUACUGACCAGUAUUAUAUCUAGCGGGCUUACAUUUAGUUACAUUAGAGCUGAUAGAGCAUGCAGUGCCAUUCAUCCAAGUGGUUCACGGCACCAUAUUCAUUUCACGAUGUUGUUGUUGCGACUCCAUUGUUCAAGUGACUGAUGUAUACCUCGAACCGACCGUUUGAUGACACCUGUUUAUUGUAUUUAUGUAUGUAGACAGUCCAUUGCUUUAUCCCAAUCUGAAUUUUGUGUAUCAGUAGUGGAAGUAACAAGUACCGGCCCGUCUUCAACUUUUGAAAGUACCUCUUCUAUAAAGUAGCUAAUAAAUAGUGGAACAGGAUAUAUUUAUAGGCUUGAAGAAAGAAAGAAAAAAGACAUUAAUUCAAAGGACGUUUCGGGUAAUACAAAACUAGAAGAACAAAUUAUUUGACAUUAAAAAAAGCUAAGUGUUCACCGAUGACAAUGUAGCUCUCUCGGUGUCUGUGUAGAAACAAAGGCGCACUAUAUUAAAAAAACCACUUAGCUGUACAUUCCUUGUUAAAGCAACCAUCGCCAUAAUCGGAGAGAUGUAGACGUUUCCCUUAGUUACCAGAUUCAGCUCAUAAUUAAACAAUCGAAUGAGAAGGUGGGGGGACAGCACACAGGACACGUUGUACUUUAGUAAAACGUUGUCAAUGGAUGUGCAGUUCGAUGGUUGCUUUAACAAAGAAUGGACGGCUAAGUAUAAUAUACUUGACCAAGUUCCUCAGUAGAUUCAUUAGAAACAGAGGUCAGGGGUUGCUGGAAAAGUGGAUUAGUGAUAUAAAGUGUGCACUCUUUUAUCAACAUGCCAGAAUCCAAGGUGAGAACUUUGAUCAGGACGGGUGGAGUAAUCAAAUAUUGACAUUUAUAGGAACGUAGAUAGGUUUUCUAUGUAGUGUUAGAGACGCGUUUAAUAACUUGUAUUGACAUGAUGGACUAGAGGAUUUAUGGCCCAAUCGUAUCAAGGUUUUAAUGAUACAAUGAAAAUGUAGAUAAGAACUUGUCAGAGCGUGGCGUUGUCGCUUCUCUUUGGUUACAUAAUUGAUAGUGGAACCAGAUUUAUUUUUUUUUGCCCCCAUAAAACUUAACUAAGGAUGCACUCUUCGGGCUUUUCUCUGUAUACAGGUACUUGGUAAUACUGUUGUUUACUACACUGAGAUUGUAAUGAUGGGCUCCCGCUAGGAUUGAAGCAUUAAUUAAUCUCGAACAAAUAAUAAAUGAGCCAGUGGGGUUUGGGUCUCCUGGGAUGGCUGCACGCAGCACUGUUGAGAUCGACCUCCCCCUUGCGGACUGGUAGGUCCUCAGGUAUACACCAGUCACUUAUCUUCCUCGGUCACACGACCAGUCACGGUCUUUGUGCCGCCGUAUGGAGGCCUUCAUAGAGGCCCGGGAUAUUCCAGAGGAGAAAUUAGAAUACAGUCGACCUUAAGUCAACAGUUUCUGCGUUUUCUUUUUCACGCGAUCGAUUAUAAAAUAUUGAUUGAUCGCUAUCUGCUUCGUCGACCAGGAAUGUGGACUUUAAAAAAACCCAAAAAAAAACAUAAAUCAGCCAUGUAAGGCCGCGGUGAAUGAUAGGAUAGUCCAAGAGUUGAACACAAGGAUAGCACUGCGUGGUGUGCAGUCAAUGAUAGGAUAGUCCAAGAGUUGAACAUAAGGAUAGCACUGCGUGGUGUGCAGUCAAUGAUAGGAUAGUCCAAGAGUUGAACAUAAGGAUAGCACUGCGUGGUGUGCAGUCACCCUGUUUCAUGGGCAAGGUACAGGGGGGGAUCAAUACCUAGGAGAAUAAACCCACUUUUCUUUAACGACUUUAUUUGAAAGCCUACUUUUUUAUAAUUUUUUUUUUUCUAUUUAAAAAGGUUGUAUUUUUUUUAAAGGUUUAUUUCAUGUAAAAGGUCAUGGAGCAUGACCAGUUAACAAUAGAAACUAUUGUCAAUGUUCCUUUCGGGAACUUCGACGGAUAGUUAAAUUGAACUCAAACAUUGUUAUAAGUAUUAAAUGUAUGGCUAAUAAAGCAUUUUAUGAUUUUAAAACAAAUCUAUAUAUACAUCCUCUUGCAUUCCUUGAUACUGCAGAAAGUUUAAUUUUUUUUUUUUACUUUUAAACCUUCCAUUAAAUCACGACGUGUCUAAUUCGACUUGGAGGAUAGUAACAAUGUGACAUUUUCCCACGUCGUUCUGAACACAAUUCCCUGUGAACACUUAGACCAAUAAAUCUCGUCAUCUUUACUUGACUUCCUAAAGAAAUGUGUCCGAUUCAAUGCGGUGAUUGUUAUUCUUGGUUGUGAUUAGAGUCUGUAGACUUACAGGGUAUGUACUUAUGGUCCACGCCGGGAGACCAGGUGGAGUGGAUCUAUUCGUAACGCAGCUGUGUUGUGGCCAUGAUGGAGGAGGGCCACAUGGCCCUGGUCGGCACCGACGGGGAGAUCGGACUGUGCAUCAGUUGGAUUCCUGACGGUCUUUAUGUUGAGAAGGCCAACAAGAAGGUAAUCUAGAUGUGUCGUAAUUAUUGUGACCAUGAGAAAAACAAAAAAACAGAAAAAAACAACAGCUAUUGACUAUAGCGAAUAUUUAUCAUCCCCUACCAUGGUGUUUCCCUAGACCCCUCUAAGCUAUUUCAGUACGGUACUACUACUAAGCACGAAAGAUAUUGUUUUCGUAUGAAAGAAAAGUUGGUGAACGCGGAAUCCGAGGCGUUAUUUUCAUAACAUGUGUAGAACUUCUUGCGGAUAACUAGGUUGUCUGAAGCAGUGGUCCCCAAAUGACGGUCCGCAUGCCUAACGCUGCCGGUCCCCAAAACAUACAUAUUUAUUGUCAAAUAGAAAUAAAAGUAUAAAAAUAAAUCAUGCACCGGUCCCUGGUAAAAUUUCGAAACUUGUUCACCGGUCCGCCAAACUUAAAAGUUUGGGAACCACUGGUCUGAAGUAUCAACUUCAAUUGUGUUUGUUACUUUGUGACUCCGUGGCCCCAUUGGUGUAGUUACGCUUAAAUUACAGACUUUUCAAAAUGGGUCGUCUUAUUUUUAAAAAGUAUUUAUUUGCUUCUUUAUCUCUUUUUCCCUUUUAUCUCUUUUUUUUUCCUCAUUUAUUUCCUGUGGUGACUUGAACACAGAACAGCAUAAAUGUGAACAAGUCUGACCCCGAGAUCGAAAUGUGACGUCACACAAACGUCGAACAUAAAGACUCCGGCCGUCCAGUCUUUAGAUGUCAUUGAGUGAUCUGCGAUAACUGCCGUUGGGAUUGCGAACUGACGCAGUGGCGUACCUUAACUAAAUGCCGCCCGGGGGGGGGGGGAAUUGCGCCCCCUCCCCUUUCGCAAGUUAUAAGUAUAUACAUUAUGACAUUGGCAUUAGUAACUACUAUUCUUGACAAGUUAAAUAUUAUGUAACAGCAGUUCAUUACUUUCCAUAUAUGAACACAUUUCUCAGCUUUAACUCAUAUAUAUGGGUUGCCAAUCAUCUGUACAUUUACGGAAACUCGGUAAAAGUUUGACAUCAAAUUACUUUCCGUAAACGCUAUAAAAACCUUAGGAUUGUUCGAGGGGAAACAAACAAUUGAAACACCGGUGCGAGCGUCAUCGACUAACGCUACAUGUAAGACUUAAAUAGUUUUUAAAAAAUUGCAAUAGAACGCUAGGCAAGUAUAGGUGAUCAGUGCUGUCACUAGUAUUGGGCUUCUGGCGGAUAACUAGGUUGUCUGAAGUAUCAAGUUCAAUUGUGUUUGUUAUUAUCUGACUCCGUGGCUCCAUUGAUACGCUUAAAUUGCUGACUCGUGGUGUCACCACCUUUUGACUUCUUAGUGGAUCUCCAUAGCGUCUGAUUUCUUUGGUGGCAACCUAAUUAUGUGACAACCUGAUUAGGGAAAGAAAUGCUCUGAUGGCAACCUGCUUUGGUGACACAAUGCCCUGGUGACACCUGACCAGGUCACAAUGCUCUGAUGGCAUUCUGAAGCAAAAAUAUUCCAUUUAUCGAAAGAUGUUGCAAUGAAAUUACUUUUGUCCCCCUCCAAAGUAAUAUUUCCAACUGGCUUGCAUUAAAAUAUCAUUGUUUAGACAUCGGCUGAAAAUUUAGGUAGCCUUUCGCCUUUAUUUAGCCGUGCAUGUUGUCCAAAAAAUGUUUAAAAUGGUUACAAUUAUUUAGACAAUGUCUAUUUAAAGCUUAAGUAAUAUGAUCCAUAUUUGUAAAUAAUUGAUUGGAGUUGAACAUUGUAAGUGAAGAACUGUAAAAUAUAUAUAUAUAUAUAUGUUUGUUUAUCGGCGCAAAGAUAAACAACUGAAUAUAUUUUUAAUGAAAUGAAGUAUACUAACUGGAAGUAAAAAAAGUAUGCAUUGAGGUUAAUAAGAUCUCUAUGUAUUUUAAAAAAAAAAUCAUUAAAUUUUACUUUGAAACAUCGAAAUUAGCAAAGAGUGAAGGGAAAGUAAUUAAUUAGCAUAAUUAUAUGGUUGGUACUGUAAACAUUUUUUUGUUCUUAGAAAAUUCAACCAAAAUAUAAAAAAACCCACCGAAUUUACACCCCCCCCCCCUCCCCAACCCCCAUAUUGCCCACGGCGGUCGUCCCCUCGCCCGCUACUGGAUUUAAAUCUUCCAAGGUUUUUUACUUUUAAACAUCGAAAUUAGCAAAGAGUGAAGGGAAAGUAAUUAAUUAGCAUAAUUAUAUGGUUGGUACUGUAAACAUUUUUUUGUUCUUAGAAAAUUCAACCAAAAUAUAAAAAAACCCACCGAAUUUACCCCCCCCCCCCCUCCCCAACCCCCAUAUUGCCCACGGCGGUCGUCCCCUCGCCCGCUACUGGAUUUAAAUCUUCCAAGGUUGUUUUCUCUGUCCUUGUAAGGAAGAUGUAGUAGCAUCAAUAAAACAAUAACCUUCGUAGAAUUGUGUAUACGCCUAUGACUUAGAAAUUAAACACCUCUUAUUUCUUGCAUUUGCAGAGAGGUUUCAUGGUAAAUCGCAGUGCCUUAGUGUAGUUCCACAAAGAGCACGGUACUCAUGAAUACUUGAGCACGUGGCUUGUCAAUUUAUUUUUGAUGGGAGCUCGUGGCACGAUUGACCCCUGCCUUACGUUUACCGUCACUCGUUUUCAUCUCCGGCCCUUGUCACUGACACACAAUCUAAACGGAACGUGUCCAGAGACAGUUCAUUGAAAUCUUGUUUUAAUACACACAUGCUCAUUUAGAAUUUUACUACCUUAGUUUGUGGUUAUUGGCUUUCACCAGGAUACCCCUACCCCCACAAGUCCACCCCUCCCACUUCCUCCACAACUCCCCCUCCACUCAAACUACUUUUACCCGCUAACCAAUACCUUUAUUUCUGAGUGGCUAUCUAUUGGUGCCCGUGUGUGGGUGCGCCAUGCAUUGAUUGUGGGUUUAUGGCACGCUCUGGGUAUACAAGGCACCUAAAAACUAACACAUUACAUAUAUGUGGCCUUUUAUUACCUGCGUGCCGUCUUACAGAACCUUGCUGUGAUCGAAUUUUAAAACAUUAAUCAACCCUUUGAAUGGAAAUGUAAAACUGUUCAGAAAUAUAAGAUAUAAAUAUAAGAUAUCCGUUAGUGAAUACAAGGCUUUCACUUGGAAUGUCUUUGGGUGGGUAGAAAACCUGUAGAGUUUUUUUUGUGUGUAAAAUAUGAGCGUCUUUUGAUGUUUGGUAUUGGGUGAUCAGUUCCUCUACUGUUAGUCGAGAGGUCGGGCUUUGCAGACAUGGUGAGUUGGAGCCGGUGCUUUCCUCACGAAAUCAAAUACACUUGGUUCGCCUCGGAGCGUUAUUGUUCAGAUCUUACCAAAAGAGAUAGUAAAAUUAUGCUCAUAUUUGCCCGCACGUGCUACAGAAACUGCCCUGCAGUUGGCCGAAAAUGCAGGCCCCUCAAUUCAGGGGGAAAAAAAAGAGGCGCCCCUGACUCCCAUCCUACGCCACUGAUACCAUGCAAAAAAAAAAAAAAAAAAAAUUAAAUUUAGCGCACAGUGGCGGAUUCCAGCUAGGCUCCCGCACGACCCACUGUGCAUGUCACCAUAAAUAUCUUAUAUAAACACGUUUUAUUUUGUUGUAAGAAGGAUCCUACGUCCCACGACCUGGUGGCAUACGUUGUCUAUACACCGUUCCUUGAGUACACAUUAUUUCUAUAGUGUUAGUUAUAAAACCCUCAAAGUCCUGUCCGGCAGGUUCAUUUCCUUACUAUCUUCUUUGCUCACAACUGCCCCCACCACCAGCUACUAACAUUCACCGUGAAUGUCAUAAAACCUUAGAACUUCAAAUCGAAAGGUGUCUGUUGACUGUUGUAAACUAAUUCUUUACUCUUUUCUUACACUUUAAUUGACCUAUAGUAGUAGCGAUGAUCAAGUAAUAGAUGUGUAGUUAGAUUUGCAUUAGUUUAACUAACGGUUAGGGUCAUUUCAGCUAAUCAACCAUCUGAGACAUUUUGGACUCUUAAGAGAGAAGGGGAAGCGGGGAGGGUCGGUGCAGUAAUUCACGGUGCAGUAAUUCACGGUUUGAUUGAAACAUUCAGCCUUUUUUGUUAAUGGUAGGCUUUAUGAGACAGUAGUAUUAGCUUUGAUCAAGUUUUUAAUGGUAGGCUUUAUGAGACAGUAGUAUUAGCUUUGAUCAAGUUUUUAAUGGUAGGCUUUAUGAGACAGUAGUAUUAGCUUUGAUCAAGUUUUUAAUGGUAAGCUUUAUGAGACAGUAGUAUUAGCUUUGAUCAAGUUUUUAAUGGUAAGCUUUAUGAGACAGUAGUAUUAGCUUUGAUCAAGUUUUUAAUGGUAGGCUUUAUGAGACAGUAGUAGUAGCUUUGAUCAAGUUUUUAAUGGUAGGCUUUAUUAUGAGACAGUAGUAGUAGCUUUGAUCAAGUUUUUAAUGGUAGGCUUUAUUAUGAGACAGUAGUAUUAGCUUUGAUCAAGUUUUUAAUGGUAGGCUUUAUGAGACAGUAGUAUUAGCUUUAAUCAAGUUUUUAAUGGUAGUCUUUAUGAGACAGUAGUAUUAGCUUUGAUCAAGUUUUUAAUGGUAGGCUUUAUGAGACAGUAGUAUUAGCUUUGAUCAAGUUUUUAAUGGUAGUCUUUAUGAGACAGUAGUAUUAGCUUUGAUCAAGUUUUUAAUGGUAGUCUUUAUGAGACAGUAGUAUUGGCUUAAAUCAAGUUUUUAAUGGUAGGCUUUAUGAGACAGUAGUAUUAGCUUUAAUCAAGAUUUUAAUUGCUUCAAUUGCUGCUCUUGGACAACACAGGGCUUUCAAAAUGCCUCAAACAAUACAAACUUUAGUGGAAUGGCCCCCCCCUCUCAAGAUUUUUAUAAAACCCCCCCCCCCCUCAAAAUAAAGUUUUAAGAACUUCUUUUGUUCAACAAAUGUUGAACUUGACAUCGAUUUAAAGUGUAGUUUUUUUUUAUAUAGUUUUAAUAAUUUCCGAUAGUUGGGGUAAUAUUUUUUUAAAGAAUAGCUAUAUUUAAACAGACGGUUACCAUCUAAAUAAACCAUCACUUUUGUUUAUUUCGUUACUUACUUAGAGACCAGAGAUUGAUUGCUGUAAACGCCUGGUUGUUUUAUUGUUCUUUACGUUGUCCUUUUGUAUAUUUGUGUGUGUGGCUCUUAGAAACUUUUGUUGCUAGCAAUGUGCUGCAAUGGUUUAACAUUUUGUAUCCAUAUUCUCCAGUAGUUGUUUUUUCAGAGUAGGCCUACCAACUUUUAUAGAUGAUUCCUUGAAUAAUUUUUGUUGUUGCCUUUUUCUUUGUUCUGUGCAGAAAUUGCCAUUAACACCUGACUUUAAACCAUACUUUUCGCUCCAUCUGUUAAAUUGAUUUCAAACUCAUAUGCUCUUUGUUGAAUAUUUCUUUAUUAGUAUUUAAAUAUCCCCAAAGGCUAAAAAGGCAAAAAGGUGUUUGUUUUUAAUUUGGGGGGAGGGGGGGGGGUCUUUGAGUCCGCCGUGGCUAAAAAAUGCAGUUGGGCCAAGGUUGCUGGGUGGCCGAGUGGGCUAAACUAAAAUAGUGUAAAGGCUAAAAAGGCAAAAAGGUGUUUGUUUUUAAUUUGGGGGGAGGGGGGGGGGGUCUUUGAGUCCGCCGUGGCUAAAAAAUGCAGUUGGGCCAAGGUUGCUGGGUGGCCGAGUGGUCUAAACUAAAAUAGUGGUGGUCUGGAGUUCAAUCCCCGCCAAAGCCAAAAUCCCAAGCACCCCAGGUAGAUGGGACUCAUUAGCCUUGGAAGGCAACUCAUCUAAGAGAAGGCUAACCCUGAAUUCAAAUCAGGAGCCAAAAUGAUCAAUAAAUUGAUCGUGGCCCUCAAAUAUGAAGAAAACAAUAAAUAAAAUCCAGAAGGCAGCUAUCUGUGUACGACUGGUUUUUUUUCUUGAUGAGACAACAGACCCGGGGUUUUGAUAGUUUACUUUUUAACAAUGCUAGUUUCUUGCCAUAUUCACCAUUGCUGUGACACAACAUCUUUUCUAGUUUGUCACACUUGCCAUAAAUCACCAAUGAUUUCACCCAAUGGCUUGUCCAGGUUGACACACUGAGGAUCCAGUAUGAGCACCAGUUGGCUUCUUUACAAAGGCAGCUGGAAGCAGAAAGAAGAGGCAACGAGGAGCAGAUGGCACAGAGGCAGGAAGAGUAUACCAAGGUUAAAAAUUAAAAAAUGUUUACUUUAGAAUUUUAUUAUUUUUCUCCAUAUUUGUGUUUUACCUAUUUUAAACUAGGAAAAUUCUUUUACUCUUUUUUUUAAAAAUCAUUUAAAAUUUUAUAAAUCCAGAUCAUGUGAAAUAUUUUUAAACAUCUUUAAAAAGUUUUUGAAAAGAAGUGAGAAUUUUUGGAAGUAAAACAUCAGGUUGCUUUGAAGAAAUAGUAGAGUUAAUUUUUAUCCCUGUAUUGGACUACAUAAUUUUAUCUGGAGAUAGUUAAGAUGUCAGUAGGACAAUAAUUAUUUUCUCGCUCUGCUUUAGCUAUCUAAAACAGUGUUGAUAAAAUAACCCUUUUUAAAUUUGAAACCAUACUAAAUAUCCACUGUUAUCAUUAAAAAGGCCUUGUCAGACCUACGCAGCCAUCUUGACUUAGAACAGCAAGACACCUUGGAUCAGAUCAUCACAGCUUUGAGCCAUAUUCACACAGAAGAACUCCAGAACCUGAUCUCAACACAUCAGGUGAAAGCUUGUUACAUCUUUGGUUAAAGUAAUUAAGUUUAAUUACAACUGUUCUUUACCAGAUAUCAAAAUAGUGUGUCAUGUAACACUCAGAGGUUUAUUCCAAGAUUUUGAUGUAAGGGAUCAUUUUUGGGUACUCGACCUACAAAGUUAUUAAAGGACUUACAAUAUAAUCCAUACAAUCUAAUUGACAUAAAAUAAUGCUUUGCUUUGAUUGUGUUCCUUUUUGAAACAGUGAAAAUUUUUUUUAAAAAAAGGCCAUGAAUGGUCCUUCACAGAAUUGUUUUAUAGAUUAAAUUUAGUGUGUUGUAAAAAAAUGGUUUAAAAUCCUGGUGUUUUAACUAUUCAUGGAUUCAUAAAAAAAUAACAAACUUAUUUCGAUUAUGCAUUAAAAAAAUUUAAUGAUAUGAUUUAAAUACAUCCACCCCCCUUAGUUUCAAAGGAAGGGCAGAAGUGGUUUAUGUUGUCUGUUUUUGGUGUUCAGGAUGAGCUUUCUCUGGAGCUGGCCGCCUUGAAGUUAUCCCUCGAGCAGAUCUACAUUGGCAAGUCUCAGCUGGAAGCUGCAGAACAAAAGCAAUGGCACACACAACAGAUGGAGGCCUUAAAGAAACAACACAAGGAGGAGAUCAACAGACUCAGGGCCGGCAAUGUUACAGGUUCGUCCCAGCCGGCUAACUAAAUGGAUUGAAAAUUACUUCAAACAAUAAAUAAUAUGUUAAAUAAAAAAAUGAUUGUCAUAAUAGAGGAGCUAACUCAAACUAUAACACACGUUUUCAUAAGUAUGUAAUCUCCAGUGUGGAUAAACUCCAAGCACGGUUCGUUUCAGCCAUGAAAUAUUUUAUUUAGCAACAUUGUCUACAUCAUCAAAUGUGGACCGUGGGAGAAGAGAAAAAAGAACUAUUUGAUGUUUUAGAAAAUUUGGAAAGCUGUUAAUUGCACAGCAAAUAAUAAAUAUUAGCUAAGUCAUUUUAACAUGUGUCUGAAACACUGGAUAAUAAAGUUUUCCAUUACAAUAAAGAAUUAUUGUUUUACAGAGUCAGAGGUCAAUGUUUCAUUAACAGAUGAUUACAACAGGCUUGUGAAGGUAAUACUUGAGGGAUGAAGAUAUGGGCAUGUAUGUAUGCAUCCAUAUUUAUAUGGGUGUGUGGGUUCAAUAGUUGUAUCAUAUUAUAUUCAACAUACCAAUUUAAUAUACUACAAUUCAGUGUGUUUACAUUAUUCUUCUUGUUUACUAUUGUUAAUGUUAUAAAGAAACUUUCAAGAAAGAGACAUUUUUAUCUUGUCAUAAAUUUGUUUUUUAUUUCCUGCAUGAACUUUAGAAAACCAAAAUAAUUUAUGCAUUCUCUGAAGUCUUAAAAAUAUAUGGAAGAAAAAAAAUGGUCUUGCCUUACCCACCAUGCUCUUUCCAGAUCUUAUAACAGAGUUCAAGUUAUCUAUCAAUUUAGCUAUCAAGUUAGCUAUCAGUCCACCUUCAAGCCUAAUAAUAAGUAUCAAGAAUUAAUUUAACUUUUGAUUUAUAAAAAAAUAAAUAAAUAAAUCCAUUUUCUAUGGGUUUUAAUUAUAAUCUCAUUUAAUUAUCAAUCUCCUAUUCCAGCGGAUCAGCCAAGACCUGGAGACAAGUUUCUACAAUGACACUAAUUCAAACAGUGUCCUGGAAUCAGGGUCACCCACAACAUCACAAGGUAAUGCCUUUCAUCCAAUUUGGUUUGUUGGACUUUUUAAAGUUUUUGUGUCAAAUGGAGAUUGAUUGCGCCGGUUAAGCACUUUUUUCUUUAAAAAAAAUAUAUAAAACAUCAGACAUGGGAAACACAAUUGUUCCUUAUCAUGACUAUUUUCACUCUUGAAUAUGAAUGUGAUAGUCGUCGCAAUGAAUGUGAAAUUACAUGCUUUUAAUAAUUACAGAAUAAUUGCUAAGCACUGGAUAAAGAAUGAAAUGAACAAAAAAAUUCUGUGGAAUAGAUAAACACAGUUAAAAGUGGAAUUUAAUGUCCAUUUAAAGUCAUUAACUUGAUUAACACUUGUCUUUUUCCUGAUAUCAGAAUUACAAAAUCUACUACUGAGUCAGCAGGAGGAGAUAAUUUCACUAAGAACUAAGCUUCUGACAGAUUACCAAGCCUUGCUACUGUCCCGGUCUGACCUGAUGACAGAGCAAGCCGCAGAAGUUAACAAGCUUGAAGUGCAGAUGCAGGACAUUCAACAGCAAUAUGAUUCACAGCUUGUCAGCUUACAUGAGAAAAUUAGCUCUCAAAGUGGUGAGCACAUGCUUUUUAACACUUUGUAUGUGUCACUGUUGCUGUAAUGACAUUCAGUUGAUCAAAUCUCCACUUUUUGGAAUGCUUUGAACUGAAAUGUGGUGCACAGCUUUAUCUGGUGACUUAAUUUAAUCUUUUAAAGUUUGAUGGAUUUACCUAUGCUGAAAAAUAAAAUAGCUAAAAUAACAAAGCAAACAAAAAAAUGGCCACCAAAUGUCUCCAAUAUAAUCCAUCUAUCUAAAUUUAACCAGCAAUUCAAACAGGUCAUUAAGUAUUGCAGUAGGUCAUCAGACUCAUAAGGUUGGGGCUCAGGGUUUCAUCCCCAUAACGGCCCAUUAAAAAAAGUUUUUUUUAGAACAUUUCUGCUAAGUAAUCAUUAAAUUCAGGUGGUUGUCAAACAUAUUGAUUAACAAAUUGGAGAUAUUAAAAACAUGUUUCUGUGGUACUUUGUUUGAUUAUUAACCAAAUAGAAAUUCAUAAAUUUGGGAACAUGAAUAGCAAAGUUUAUCUUAAAUGCUUGUAUUUGAUAUGGCUUGAUAAUUAGAUGUGAAGUUUUCAGUAGACAAAAAAAAAAAGGAUAAUAUAUUUUACCAAUCAAAGGUUGCCCACUAAAUUUUACUUUGCAAGGUUUAGUUUUAUUGUGAAUAUGAUUCUAAUAUUAAAAAUGUAUACUUUGUUUCCAAUUUUGAAUUUUGUAAAAGUACCUUGUCUAAUCUAAGGUGGCACAUGAUCUAUCUGACAUUUGUGAUUUGUUUCAGACUUCCAGGAGCAAGAGUCUGAGGAACACCACCAGAAGUUGGAACAAGACUACAACAAUCUUAAAUCUCAUUAUGAAAACCUCAUUCAAAACAUGGAAAUAGAGUUUGAGGAUAAACUAAACUCAAUCAAAGACAAGUAUGAGGAACAGAUAUCCUCCAUUCUUUUGUCUGGUAUCGGUAAAAACAUGGCUGAGGCCCCCACACCAAACCUGGCGUCAUCUUCAACCCAGCAUGAAGCUCAGGGUAUCUUCCAUGACGUAGGCACUGUUGUAGAAUCUAUUGACAUAUAUGAUGGGACAGUCAGCUCAGAGGAAGGUGAUCUCAUCUCACAGAUGAAAAAACUUGAAUCUGAUCUCUUAGAGCGUGACACAGAGCUUCACAAAUUGCAAAAUGAACUGGCUAAUGAGGAGUUGAGAUCAAAAUCGCUGGAAACCGAACUUUCUGACAUACAGCAAAUGGUGAAAGACCUCCAGGAAGAAGUUGAUGCAGCCGAGUCCCGCUGUUAUCACCUGGAGGAGCUGCUUAAGGACAAAGACGCCAAGAUAAAUCAGCUGGAGGAAGAGAAGAAAGAGAGUGAAAAGUUGUAUAGAGACCUGCAGGAGAAGGAGUCCUCUUUGUCCAAAAUUACAACCAACGGUCACCCAAGUGGCAUCCAUGGAGAUGAUUCUGUGGAUGCCAUGAGACAAGAGGUCUCAAACACCGUUGGAGCUGGCUCAUCUGUGCUUGAGGAGCUACAAAGUGAUUCUGAAGGUCUGGGGGAGAGCCAAUUAUUUGAGGGUAAUUUUAACAGCAACAACAAUAAUAAUUAUAAUAACAGUAACAAUAAUAGCUGUGAUCAGUUGACUCUUGAAGAUGAUUCAGAAACGAUAGAUGAUUUGAAGGAACAACUGGAAAUCUUCAGGAAAAGGGAACAGCAGUUGAGGAACCAGAUGGAGGAGAAGGAACACACUUAUAAGGAUACGAUAGAGGUAAGGCUUAAAUGUUUUCUUAUUGUCUGUUACAUGGGUUAAAUGAUUGUCUUUAUAAAAAAAAUCUAAAAAACAAAAAAUUAAAAGAAACCAAUAAUCUCUUAUAUAUAUUAUGCUUCUGGUUUGACUGCUCCCAUUUUUGGCUGCUUCCUAUUCAGCGUAUUUGGUACUGAGAUUAUUUUUGUAGCUUUUGCUAUAUGCUUUGUAUUUUGUGAUGUAUAUUUGGGUAUGGAAAAUGGCAUUGUUAAUGUUGUUAUGUUUUAGCAGGAGAGCAGUGAUGGCGUAGUUAGUAAUGGUGUGUUAGUAAUGGAGUUCUUUAUUCAAUAAAUAGACAUAGAAAUAAUUAAUAAAAUGAAUUAUGUUACAUAUAAUUCACUAUGUUUGAAAGAAAAUAUGGUUCAGUAUUGAUUUCAAUAGAGCACAAAAUAUAAUUCCUGAUAACUAUGCUAAAUGAUAUUUUUUUUAAAAUAACGCAUCUGCAUUUGGUGGGUAAUAUUGUCUUUUCAGAAAAGUGGUUGGGACAUCAAAAUAUUCAAUAUAGUUCAUGGGCAUGAAAUAAAAGUGUGCAGUGACAUAUCAUGGGGGAAGGGGUGUAGCAAAAAUUGGGAUUCUUAAAUGUGCGUUACUUGAGUUCAUGUUUUGUCAAGUUACUUUAGUAGAUGGGAAGUUCAUGCAUUGCCAUCGCAAAUGUUAGUCAAUCUAUAACUAGUUACAUUUAUUCUUAAAAUAUAUUGUAGAAUUGAGAUGUUAUUGAAAUCUGUUAUAUAUUUAUUGAUCCUUAAUUAAGUUAUUCGUGAUUGCCAUUAGGUACAAAAUGUUGGUGUCAAACACUUUGAUUGAAAUGUGUACAUUUUACUGAUGAUUAUCUGACUGCUACUAAUAACGUCAUAUUGGAGAUGGCGUCGGUGGGUCGUCAAGCGCAAGCUCUUAAUCCCCCCCCCCCCCAAACCGUGCGGAAGCACGCCGGGAACCUUUCCCCUGGCCUGGGGGACAUCCAGUCGACUGAAAUGCUGCGUUUAAAGCGUUCGCGUCCACUCUCCUUGGGUUUGAAUGGCUUUACUACCUCUCUGGGGGAAAGGUGUUAAGUUACCUCCCCCCACCGUCCAGGGAGUUGUCUGGUUGGGACAAAACGAUUGCCUAGAAGCGGCUUUCUCAGGGCCGCAUAACUAAAAUCAUCGGCAAGGGUUUUGUUGGCCACCCAGACCUUAUAUCCAUUAACGGCAACAAAUAAUCAUGUUAUUGCGUUCGUUCCGUUGCAUUGGGAGUCAUGGAGUGGCCAGGGUUUUAACAGUACUCUUCAUUUCAUUCAUGCAUGAUUUAAUACAUCAAUAUGUAAACAUAUUUACAAAGUAUAGUUUGAUGUUUGCCUAAACAUUCUUACAUUUUUUUUUUUAUUAAACCACCAAAACCCUAGGGUCUGAGACAAGAGUUUGAACAUGACAAGCAAUUUGAGCUCGAGACAAUUCAGUCCGAGUUCAGGAUACAGUUAGAAAUUGAACUAAGAAGGCAGGCGGCGGAGCUAGCUGCCAGACAUUCCACAAAUGACAAUUUAUUUGAUCAAGCUGGAGGCCAACGUAUGGAAUCUGACAUACCACAUGACAAAGUCCCCAGCGAUCUUUCCCAAAGUGCCAUAACAGAACCAUUUUCUCCUUCUUCCUCCCAGAAGUGCUCUUCAUCAACAUUACAUUCCAGAUCCAGCUCUGUGCAGAGUGACAGUGACAAUCAGUCCCAGCUAGAACUCAUGCAGACUGGCAGGCUGGACAGAAAUGAGGUCCACAUGCUUGGCAGUGAUCAGGUCCACUCGUUGGACAACACUGGCUCCACAAAUGUCGAAGAGCCAUCAGAGAGUCUCAGUGACCGUGGCCGAGCCACACCAUCUACCCACUCUAGUCCUUCACACCUGACCUAUGUUGAAACUGACAGUGUAAAUUCAUUGGAAAAUACAGACUUUAAGAGGCAGAUGGAGGCCAUUCAAGAGGAGCAUGAGGCCAGACUUAAUGAGUUGAAAUGUUUACUGGAUGAAGCAGAGGAAGAGAGGACAAGCCUGACUUUCAAACACCAGGAAGAGAUGGAAGCCUUACGUAAACAGCUGAAUGAAUCUGAAGAUAGAUAUGAUCGCCUCAUGGAAGGUAACAAAAUUGUUUGGUGUUUUUAUAGUUCAGUUUCAGGACAUCAUAUUUUAAUAGCAUGUUUCGAGUAUAUUAUAUCUUCAUCCAGUUUCAGUUGGAGUUAAGAAAAAGAUGUGUACUGUAUGUUUUUUUAAAUCUGAGUUAAACAAUUGACUAAGCUUGCACCUGAACUUUCAGGAUGAUAAGUAAAUUUAAACCUUGUUUUAAAAAAAUAGUAUAACUCAAGUCUGGUUGUACAUUAGUGAGCAGGAUCACAUAGGAUUAUUCUGGGUAUUCAAUGACUUCAGGAGCUCACAAAAGCUAAAGUCAUACUAGGGGUUAAAAAUAAAAUAAGGAGAGAAGGAAAAAAAACAAAUGGGUAUUAAGGGCAGCAUUACCUUUUUAGCAUGUCAAACUCAUUGUGUUAAUCAGGGAAUCCCUCAUAGAUCAUAUUGCCAUAGAGACAAAACUGCACAAUAUAAAUUUAAAACUUUAAAAUGCCAUACAAUUUUAGAAAAUAAUAUUAUUUUAUAAAUUCAAUUACCAUUCAUUUUAGUAAAUUAUAUAAAAAAAAAUUUAAAAGUGAAUUAAUAAUUAUUGAUCUAUAUGUAAUAUUUGAUACCAGAAAUUUAGCAGAAUCUUCUUUUUUUUAUUACUUAUUUUGGAUUUGGUUUUAAGUAAGCAGAUGAUGGCAAGAUUUAUGAUUUAAGUUUGUAAUCUGAAAAUGUUUCAGGGGUUGAAAUGGGUAAACAUCCUCAGUUAAAUGAGAUUUUCCAAGACAAAUAUGACAGGCAACUGGAAUUAACUAAGUCUCUCAUGCAGAAAGAUUUUGAUGACAUGCUGAAGGAAGAAAAGGUUACAUUUUAGCUGUUAAAUCUGUUUAUCAUUAUUUAAUUUUGUGCAUAUAAUGGUUAAUGUAAUUAUCCUGUAAUUUAAAACUAUUUUAAUGACCAUGAGUUGUUUGUAUUACUUAAAUUUAUUUGUUUGUGCAAUUUUUAUUUUAUUUAUACAGUAAAUAAUUAUUGCAUUUUAAUUUGUCACACCAUUUAUGUUUAUUAAAAAACCAACUUUUUUUAAUGCUAUUCCAUACUUAUUAGUUCUAUCUAUUUAAUUACAAUAAAUAUUUUUAAUGGAAUUUAAUUUUUUUUUAGCUGGACACUUUAAAAGUCUAAAUGUUAAUAUUUCGCAUGAUUUGAACACUCAUCAAAUGGGCAAGACAUUAAUUGAUAUAGAUCAAACAUGGAUUGUUUCUAAACUUUGAUUCAUAAUAAGACAAUAAUUAUUAUCUUUAUAACAGAAAAGUUUUGUUGAAAAACAUCGAACCCUAAUGAAAGAUUUAAUGGGAGGCAGGGAAAAAGAGGAGGAAGAGAUGAAAGAGAAAUUCAAGGCGGAGCUGGAGCAGCUAAGACAGACUUUAACUGAUCAGUUCCACGAACAGCAGCAGAGACUCCAGGUAUGGAAUGGCUUCUCAAAUCUCAUGGACCACUGAAUUUAAAUAACCUCAAAAUUCAGAAACAAUAAAAAAUUUACCUAGGUGUUUUUUCUUGCUAUUUUAUUUAAAUUUUAAAAAGUAAAUUUAUAUUUAAAUUUUAAAAGUGAAUUUAAAUUUUAAACAGUAAAUUUAUAUAUAAAUUUAAAUAGUUAAGAUUAAUAUUUAAAUUUUAAAUAGUAACAAUUUAUAUUUAAAUUUUAAAAAGGAAAUUUAUAUUUAAAUUUUAAAUUGUAACAAUUUAGUUUUAAAUUUUAGAUAGUAACAAUUUAUUAGCAAAAUUCACUUAUUUGUAUAAAUGAUUAUUUAAAAUGAUUGUAUUAGAUUUUUAUAUUUAUAUGUGUUUAAUCCAGUCUUCAAAUAUUUAUGUCUAACUUUUUUUGAAAACUGUUGUUCAUUGCGCUGACUAUAAGUGACUUAUAUAACAGGAAGAAAUUGAUCGGCUUACAAUGGAACUAGAUGAGUUGAGAAACCACAGCCGGGGAAGUGAGGGCGACCAGGUUGACAAGAAGAAUCUCACACUCCCAGAAAUAGAAGAGAUCAUGCUGAGUUUUCAGGUAUGAGGUUGUAUUUGUAAGAGUUUUGAGGUAUAUAGUUGCUUUGACCUGAUAACUCAAUGAAAGCAGAGCUAUGAGAUUUAUUGUUGCUUGGACCUGAUAACCUGAUGUGUUUGAGAACAAAAUGUAAGGGUCAGUGUUUGUAUGAUCUGAUGACUUUUUCCAUCAUUGUUGAAAAGCCACUUUCAAGUUUAAAGAAAGGGUACAUAUGCUUCACAAGUUACCAGGCUUUAUUUAGAUUUCUUGUCUCUGCAGGCAACAAAUGUCACAAAUAUUUUUGGAUGGAUAUUUCUUUACUGAGCAAACCUUUAAAUAUGGCAAUGUCAAAUAUUUUGUGGACUAGUUUUAUAUGGAAUGGUGGUAGGGAUCAUUCUUUAUUUGGGCAACAGAUCUGGCCCUUAACCAGCAAGCUUGAAAUCACUACUGUGCUUAGCUUGAUUACUGAUUAGCUUGGUAGAUUUAUACAUCCUCUUUCUCCCCCCUAUCUUUUUCCUCCAUUUACACAAGCCAUAUCACUUGACUCACUUCACCCUUCAGGAUGAGAAUACCUCCAGUGCUUCCCAUGAUGGGAGCAGAGACACAUCUACACCUGUCAAACUUGGAGAUGACUCGGAUGGUGCCAUCAACAUGAAUGAAUCAGGAGAGUUCAGCCACCAUUAUGGAUCAGGUGACCUGCUUGUGCACAGACCUGAUCCCGAUGGCUCACAUGUAAACUCUGAUAGUCUGCAUGAAGACACAGAGCAAAACGUGAGCUCUAGCAGCCACAGUGAACCACUUGAUCCAAAUGUAAAUGCAAUCGAGCACUGUGAAAUCCAAAUCAGAACGUUUGCAGAUGUUGUGAAAAGUCCCCCACCGCUAUCAGUAAAUGAGAGACAACAGUUGGAGCACAGGAUUCAACAAGUGAGUUGGUUAUCAUGUCUUCAGUUUAUAUUGUGAUUCUGAUAUUGUUCACUAUAUCAAAACACUUGUAACAUUUAGGAAACACUGUAGCACACCUUUUAACUUCACAUCAAAAUGUAAACUUAAAACUUGAAAUAAAUAAUAAUAAAAGCCAUUGUAAUUAUUUUUCUUCAAAGAUAUUGUUGUAUUAUAACUUAGCUAAUUUUUUUUUUAGCCUCUGUGCUAUGCCACCCCCCAAAUGGCAUUCCAAUGAAAAAACUGCUUGGGAUUGGAAUGAGUACACAUGCAUAUAUUAUAAAAUACAUUUAAUUUAUUUUUGCUUUAAAAAAAAUUCCAUAUGCCACUGUUUAAUUUUUCUAGUGGCCUACUUGGAAUAACUUAUCAGUUACAGCAUCUCUACAUUUUCUCUAUCAUUGUUUCUAGAGAUUUAAAGUGGUAAAUGUAUUCUACAAAAAAAGGAGUAUGAACAUUUCAAGAUUAAAUGGAUGUGAUUCUUUUAUCAGCUCAUGAUGCAAGUCGAGAGACUGACCCAACAGCUGGCCCAGUUUCAGGCGGCUGGCUCCAUGUCACCACCUCAGGGCUCUCUUCAGUUUGCAACCGGAACACUAAAAGGGGAUGACACCGCUUUGGUGGCCAUGUUACAAUCAGACCUGGAUAGGAUAAGUUCCGAGAGGUAUAAACUGCAAGUAACUGUAUUGUAAUUAAAUCAAUAUCAGAAAUUAAUCUGAAUUUUAUCUGUUUUUUAAAAAAAGCAAACAUUAUCAUUUAAACUAGUGGUCAUUUGUGCAUGUCCUGCUGGGCUGUGUUUAGGAUAAGAACUAUCAUGACAAGACUUUUUGUGGAACAUUAGUAGUGAUACUUACUUUUCAUUGGCUAAUUUUACCAUUGACGUCACCAGAGAAAGUGUGCAGCGUAUAAAUGACCGCCUGCUGAGCCUGUUGUCAGAUUCCGUCAAGACAUACGUUGGCGUGGAGGACACCAUAAAUCGAAGGUUGACACAAGUUGUGUCCAACAGAUCCAUUUCACCAACCGAAGGUGGGGCAUCUGGUCACUCCAGGCCCUCAAAUGGGGACUCAGGACUCCGAGGUGAAAGGCAAGGUAGAAUGAACUUCCCAGCAACUGACAGAAAUGAUAGGAAAGGAGGUAAUCUAAAAGAACUGAAAUGCCAAUUUAAAAAAAAAUUGAACUCUGUUUAACUAUGUUUAUGAAAUGAAAUAGAGAAUGAUUCAAAGUUAUGUUACUUAUUUAAAAAGCAUCAUUUUAAAGCAUUUGGUACAUUGUGUGUCAUAUAGCAAAUGAGAUUGGGCUUAUCAAAAUAAGAAAUUUGUUGUCCUCAUUAAAUUUGAUUACAUUUCCCUUGAUGAGGUUGUUCACAAAUCUGGUAUAUUUUAAUUAUAUUGAUAUUAGAUAUCUGAACUUUUUACUUUAUUAGAAACAUUUUAAUGCUUAAAACUGCCCACCUGUCCACUGUUUCCACCUGUAAUUAAAUAUGUUGCUACAACUCUGCACCUCUUAUAAGAUGCCGACUCAAGCCAUGACAGCCAGUCAUUAGAAAACACCAGCUUCCAGUCCAAUGGUAUUGAUGAAGGUCUAGAAAUCUCACAGAGGCUUGCUGAGAGCAUCUUUGUUGGUCCUGACCUGGAUGCUGAAGGAGAGGAGAUAUUAGCUGGUUAGAGCAUCAAGCAGUUCUUAUUUCAUAUAUUUUCUUAUAUAAUUAAAUUACGAAAGGAAAGCUAAAUUGGAUGAAGCUCCAUUAUGACCAACUAAAUUCCUACAAAAUAUUAGUGUAAUGAAUAGAGGCAAUCAGUUGAUUUACUAAUUAAGGUAUAAAAUUCAGUAUACAAUUUUGAAUUCUUUGCUCACGCAAUCUCAUGCUAAAAAAAUGUGUGGGGACAAAUCAAUGUUUUGCCAUAUUUAAUUUUUUUCCAAUUUCAAUUGAGAUGUCUUUUAUUACCUGAUCCUGGGUUCUUGAAUCAUUAAUUGAGAUUUAAACAAAACAAUGGUUUUGUUUGUGACAGAUGCUAGAGGUCGCCUACAAACAUCAGUUGUUCAACUGUUGGAGUUGAUGGAAAGGUCAACCAGCCAGUUGAUUGAGGCCAAGAAGACCCAGCAGGAACUCCUGGAUGCACUAGCUGAACGAGCCUAUGAAAUGGAUGCCAUGUCCAGUAAGUGUAGUGACCUUCAGACCCAACUGGCAGCUGAGACUGAGGCCAAAGAUUACCUGGGCCUGGAGCUGCACAAGGCUGAAGGUGAGUUGACAAGUUCACUAUGUGCCUAUUUGCAAACAUUCCAUCUCCCACUUUUGUAGCCUCCGCUCUAAAUUAAACAAUGAGAGAGAAAAUUCUGAACCAAGUAUAGCAUAGUGGACAUUUAGCCAAAUGACUUUCAGCAUAAUCUUGGAGAUAAGUGCAGGCUUUUGAUCAAUGAUAGCAUUGUUUGCCAGGUUUAUCUGUACAAGUUUUUAAAAAAAUUAUACCUCAUGGUUUUUAAAUACUUUUAACCUUGAAUUGUUUUAGUCAAUUAAAUUUUGAAUCUUAUGCACAGUACUGGGUUUUAAAGUUUUAUCAUUUAAUGGUAAAUAAUAGUGAAAAAUUAUAAAAAAGGCUUGAAAAAACAAAUGGGAAAUAAUAGUAAAAAUCUUUCAAGUCUCCAUGUUUUUUUUCUAUUUUCAUUUUUAUGUAACAUGAAAAAAGACAAAGUUUGAUGUAACUUUUCUUGUCACAAACAUUAAAACUAUUUCCCACUCCCAACCUAAAGGCCUCAUAUCAGGAUACAGCUCAGAAAGGGAGUCCUUGGAGAACCAGAUCCAGUCUCUGGAGCAACAAAGGGAGGCCAUGAUUGUUGACUUAGACUUGACACGGUCUCGGCUGGAGCACUUUGAGCGGUCUCAGUCAGAGAUGGACACAAUGAGGGAAGAGCUGAACCACCAACAGCAAGUCCUGAGGGACAACCCUGGCCAGGAAAUACAAGGUUUACUAUCCAUUAACUCUCCUUCUCUCUCAGCUUAUGGCAUGAUCAUCAUCCCAAUAGGUGUGCUCUUUGGGGCAUACCUACUGCAGAGAUGGUGGCUGCCUAGUGAAUAAUAUACCCGGAACAUCUUUACUGUUCAUGUAUAUAGAAUUUAUAGUUUUAUUUUGUUUUCUUAAUUUUUGAACCCCGCCAAAUAGUUUUUUCUGAAAUAAUCUUCUAAAACUGAAAGUUCUGAAAAAAUUGAAUAAUUCAAUUUGAAGGGAAAGGUGUUGAUUAUAAAAUUUAGAUCCUAGAUAUUAAAAUUUAGAUCAAUAUUUCAUAGGCGGUGAUUGACAUUGCAUUACAUUAAUAUUUGGGCUAAAUUGGCUAAUUAUUGAAAAACCAUAUUGUAAGCUUACUCUACAAGUAAUUAUUUUAGAAUUUUGACUUAAAGUGGGGUUCUUCUUACAGUUAAUUUUCAUAUACUUGUUACUUCUCUUGAUUUCCACCUUUGAAUGUUCCAUAUUUCAUGUUAACUUUAAUGUAAGUGCUGUGCUAACAUCUUUUCUAGCAUCUUGAUCACCAUAAAUAAAAAUGUAAUUUUAAAGCGUUUGUUGAAAAUAAAAAGAAAAGCUCCUGUGAGAUGUUCCAUGUGAUAUUGUUUACUUUUCUACUGAAGGCAGCCUCCAAACAGAACCAAAAACUAAUAUUAUUGAUAUCAUUUUAAUACACACAAUGUUAUGGCUUUUUCUUAUUAUUUACUUUAUCAGGUGGAAUAAUUACUUUGCGUCAUGAAUUUUAUCUGGUUCCCUGUAACAACCAUUUAAAACAAAUAUUGUUACUUUUUAGUGGGAUAAAAACUAAUUAGUGUUUAUAUUCAUAAUAGUUUUUUUUUAAAUUAUUAUUUUACUAAGCUGUCUGCUUUAUUCAAAUUUAAUUCAUACAGACAUUCGUAUCACUUUCUAAAAGGUUUUUAUUAUUUACCUGUUUAUUAGCUUCAAAAUAAAAUAUUUUUUUUUGUCUCUAAGGUGCAAAUAUUUUAAUUUUUUUGUGAAUGGCUAGAGUAUCAAGCUAGAACGUAUUUUAAUAAUUAUAUUCCAAAUUCUAAUCCAUUUUUCUAUUUAAGCCAUUUGCAUUUAAGAUUAUGAUAUAGUAAAACCUCGUAGGGACCAACAUAAGCUGCUGGCAUGCCACAGGUUCAUAGACAUGGGGGAUGUACGGGGUUAUUUUUAUGUAUUUUUAUUUAUUAGUUUGUUUGAUUUUGUUGUGAAAUUUACUCAUGCAUGCUAGAUAUGCAAAACCUCCACUUUUUAUUCCAUUACAAUUUUAUUGUUAAAGAAAAGGGUAAAUAAACAAAUACUGCUGAUUCUUUCUCUUAAUUUUGUUCUUACAUUUCUCUAUGUGGUCAAGACUUGAAAAAUUGAAAAUUGAAACCCAUAAGACAUAGAAAAAAUGAUCAGUAAAUUUUGUUUUUUUAAUAAAUUGAACUACCAAAUAUAAUUUUAAAGUCAAUGACUUUUAUUAUUUUAAAAGUGAGCUUUCCCUACGAUUAUGGUUUUAAGAGGUUAAGCAUUUAAAGACCUGAGAAAAUUCUUACCUGUGAAGGAUUAGGAAGGGGGCUGCUGAGCUGGAUUUCUAGAAUGCCAUCACCUACACAUCACAGCCCCAUCCCCCAACUCCACCUUUACAUAUAAAAAAAUAGAUAGAAGCAAUAACAAUUUAAAAUUGAUAUCAAGUGAAAUACAUAGCACCUUGUCAAUUUAUUUAUCCUGAUCUACAAUCAUUUGUCAACUGUUAUAGAAAGGGCUCAUUUCAACAACGGUAUGGGAUAGCUUCAAGGCAAUGGUCCAAGCAAAUUUAAUUAAGAUACAGCUAUCUGAACUAAACUCUUGAAAUAAUAUCAAGUUAAAAAUGACCAUCCUAAACAACCAGGCUUCAACUUUAGACCAGUAUAGAUCAAGUUAACCUGAAUGUUGCAACCCUAGGGAAUCAUCUGCUAUGUUUCAAUUUUUGUUUUAUGUUCUGUUUGAACCAAAGGAAAAAAAGGCUGUAUGUUAUCCUCUAUGCCCAUUUUAAGUACUUUGUUGAAUUUUUAUAGUACAUGUAGCUCAUCGCUCCUUUUCAUACUAAGUCAUACAGCUUUGCUAAAUAAAAUACAUUUAGUUUCAAUUCGUGUACUACAUGUUAGAAUCCUAAUAUGACUUGACAUCAUAACAUGAAAUUAGGAGUUCAUAAAAUUGAUUUCAUCAAAAAAAAAAAAAAACUCAAGUUAUAAUUUAAACAUUUGAUGUUACUAACAAAAUCCCUAUAUAAAGGGUUAUACAUUUUUUAAAAAUAUUUUGCUUUUCUGGCUGGGCUUAUUAAAAAAAUUCAUGUCAAUCAAAUAAUAAUUUUCUCAUGGUCCUGGUAUGAGUCUGUAUGCAGUUUUGGCAAAAUGGUCUUUUCAGUUAUUUGGUUUGAUUAAUUUGGGAGGUUAAAACUAACUCUUUGCCAAGCUUUUUUCAGCAGUUUGUUCAGGUUUUUCUGGCUGACAAUUUCUUACUUAAGGUAAGGCUCUCUUGGGAGUGAAGCUUUUUAAAUUGGUUUCUCUUCUUAUCAAAGAAAUUCCGGUGGGUGAUUCUAUGACCUAGAGCUUACAUUUCUCUUGCUUUUAUGAUUUUUAUCAUUUAAUGUAUGGUCCUAAACUCGGUGAGGAUUUAAAAACAAAUUUAGUUUUUACCUUUAUAGUUGAAGUAACAAAAAUAAUAGGAAAGAAAAUAAGGCACAAAAUAGAUCAUAAUAAAUUCCAAUUUAGCAACUAAGUUUUUUUUUUUUUCAAAAAGGAAGAAGAAAAAUGAAUAUUGGUUUGUUUUUCAAAUUAUUAAACUAUUGACUGCAGACUAAGACUUAUAAAUAUUCCCUGAUGCAAUGAUAACAUUCAUAACCUCAUGAAACCGACUCACUAUUUAUUCUCCCCCCAUUUCUUGCCAUUCUCCCUUUGUGCGCCCAUAAUAUUACCCUAAUGCAAAUACUGCCUAAUGUGCCUUCACACCCAACAUAGCCUCACCUAUGUAUGGAAUCUAAUUACAUACAGGUUGGAGUACAUGAGCUUAGAUCCUAAUACUUAUGAAACAAUUUUCAUGUCUAGUGUUCUAAUAUCUCAUUGUCACCCUAUUUUGUGGUUAACCAUACAGCACCAACAAUGUAGACUUACACAACUCUGAAAUAGCAGUUUUUUAACUUUGCUCCUUAUUCACUAUUUUCAUUUAAAAUAACUAUUCAUGUCAUGGCUUUUUAAACUUAAAAAUGAGUGGUUCAUUUUAAAAUAACUAUUCAUGUCAUGGCUUUUUAAACUUAAAAAUGAGUGGUUCAUUUUAAAAUAAUAAUGCAUGUUAAUGAAAAGAUUUUCAUAUAUAAGAUGUCAUUUCUUGGUGUAGAUUUUGGUGUUGUAUUGACAAAGGUGGAGGUUUUGCAUGAUUUUAUAAUUUAUACAAGAAUGAAAUACAUACAGUUAUAAUAAUUUUUGUGUGUGUGGUAAGUUCAUAAUUUUUUAGUUAUGCCAUUAGUUUAUAUAUGGGUAGGAGUCAGUGCCAUCUUAAGGCAUGGGCACACAGGGCAGUUGCCCAGGGCAUUGUGCUUUUAGGGGGCCUCAUGCUUUUAGGAGCAUCAUGCUGCCUAUUUUGUUAAUAAAUAUUGAAAUAUAUUUUUGGCAAUUCAUUUUCUAACAAAUUACUGUGGGAGGGACAUUUCCCAAGUUUUUGUGAACACGUUUUUAGAUUUUGUUUUCUUUGGUGGGGGAGGGGGAUCAAAAUAAAUCAUAACCUGAGCCGAAAAUGCUUUUCGUAAUAUAAUUUGAUGAAUAGGAUUACUUUGCCUUAAGAUUCCCGUUGCUGUUAAGCUGGCCCCGGUGGAAGUUACUGUCUAAACUAAUAUGCUGUUAGGUUAUUAUUCAUUGCUGCCAUUUCCCCUAUUGUUUUAUGGCUCAUUUUUAAGAAAUUCUCUCAAAUAGCUAUUUUGUUUUGUGUGUACCAACCAUUUUAUUUUAACCAGAUCACUUGGUUAAAGCCUACUUAAUUAUAGGAAGAUUCUCUAAGAAAUUGCAAUCAAACGGGAAAAUAUAUGGCUGAAAAUUUCAAAUAAAACCUGAAAAAAUAUGUUGAAAACAUAACUUUUUAUUGGCUUUUAUUUCAAAUAUGUUUAUAUGCAGAUCCAUUUCUUCUCAUAAUAAUGAUAAUAAAUUUUAAAAACUCAAGGUAAAAGCAAAGUUGAUUUAUAAAUAAAUAUUUUAUGUAUCAAUAAUAUGUGCAAUAAAGUUCCCCAUUUUUGAGUACUUUUUAACAUUGUAAACGGAAUGUUCAGAUGUGAACUUGAAUUAAUUUUUGAUACAGAGUUAAUACAUUUGUUAUUUUUAAUAGCAAUUAUAGCAAGAAAUAUUUUAUUUGAAAUAAAUGUGAAAUUAAUUAGUUUAAACCAUUCAUUUUGAACAUGUGAGGAUGAUAAUUGCCGAAGCCAGUUUAAAUGAAAUUAGAUGACCAUUUCCUGCAUGACUUUAUGUUGUACUUCUGUAGUUUGAGCAUGUUUUCUUUUUUCGUUUGUCUUUUUCUGGUACCCAGUGGAUGAGCCCCAACCAUUGCUGACUGUAGGGGAUGGUGCUCCAGGUUUGUCACCUCUUUAUCUUUAUUUGAGUGACCCAAGCAUGUGGUAUAAAAUUAAGAUACCUUUUUAAGAAUGACCAACCCAUGCAAUCAGUUCUAUGCAAACCAACACUGGCUCAUCCACUCAUUUGUUGUAGAAGUUAUAGAAGCUUGGUGUCAAGGUCAGAAACUGCUUUUGUUUUGUUUACAAAGCAUUCAGAAAUUAUUAUUUGCUGGUGGCAACAUCACUCAUAAGGAAACCAUUUUAAAAGAUAAUUGUGUGAAUUAUAUAGUAAUCUUACAAUCAAUGACUUAAUGAAUAAAAGAGUUAUCUGAUCUAUACAACAAAGCUUUCUGCCUUAGAAUUUAUGAUUUCUUUCGUUUUAAAAGACGACUUUAUAUAACUUAAAAGUUAUUUUACAUUUCUUUACAUAUCUUCUUGUGAGCUAAAAAUAGUCUUUAUUAUUAUUUAAAAAGGCACAAUUUCAAGAUAUGGUUAUCUGCAUAGUAAGUAAAAACACAGACAGACGUAUACACUCUUUGCAAGAUAAUACAUUUUUUUUCUGUUUUACUGCAGCUAGUCAAAGGAGAAGUUUAUUUCUGUUUUUGUUCUUGUUAAAGUAGUUAAAGAUUUAGUCAGAUUUUCUGUUUCUGCCUGCUGUACAGCUAUUCCAGACUUUGAUUUGAGCCUUAGCUUCUAACAAUUGUUUUGCAAUUUUAACAAUGUUCAGUUCUGUCAUUUAAAUUUCUUUUGGACAACAUUUUCAAACAAAAUUUUGUCCCAUUCGUCGUUAUGGAUGUCAUGUAUCUAGAUUUUAAUGUUUGCUCAUCCAUUUUUUUAAAAAUGGUCUGACAUUUAAUAUUCCUAAUUGUAAAACAGCUUUACUUGGGGAAGUUGCCAUUCUGAACAAAGACAAACGGGAACUGGCCAAUCAGUUUCAGCAGCAACUUGACCUGACCCGUAAACGCAUCAACGAGCUUGAGACGCAGGCCGAGGAGUCAGAACGUCGCCAUGAGGCAGCCAUUGAAGAGAAGGCUCAUGAGCUGGAAGAUCUCAGACUGCAGUUUGAGAAUGUUGAGAGACAGCUUAAAGCCAGUAAAGCUUUUGUAGAUGUAAGUCACACCAUGAUACAGUAGAGUUUUCAAUUGUCUGUGGAACCCCCUGCAUGAAACAAACUUUGGGUGUUCCUCUGCUCUAUCUAUUUACGAUGCUUUCUAAUUUUAAUUUGAAUUGAUGCUGAUCCUUUUGUUUUUUUUUAAAUAGUUUAAAAGUGCACUAGAGUUAAGAACCUCUGCAUUUAAAGUUAAUGAAAUUUGAUGAUAUACUUAUAGACUUACUACUAAGUGAUAUUAAUACCAUUUUAAUAGUGAUUCCAAAGUCAAUACUUGUGCAUCAGUUCAGGGCAGACCAAUGCCUAAUGUUAAAAUAAUUAUUUUCACAGUAAACAUAUAGAACAGACUUGAAGAAAUAAUUUUUAAUGAGUGCAAGCAACUGUAUUAUUUUCUUCUGCCGUCUACCUUUGGUAGUAUACAAUUUUAAAAAAAUCAUUUUAAGUUUGGUGAGAAGGUUAGUGUUUUGUAUUCUAUAGGGUCAUGAGCCAAUAAAAUAUCAGAACUAUUGAUUUGGAGAUUAGAGGACCUGAGCCCAGUUAUCCUUGCUGCCAUUUAGGCUGUAAACUUUAGUCCAAAUAUUCUUUAUCAUCUUUGCAAGGUGAAAGGAGUCUCUCCUUAUCUUCCAGCAAAACUCGCACUCAUUAAGUAUCCAUAAUAUCUAAGGCGUUACAAAGACAUGGUUAUUAUGUUAUUUGAUGUCUCCUAAAGUUGCAUGAAGUCCUUUGAAGAUUAUGGACUUGGAAAGUAAACUUCAUAGUCCUAGGAUUGACUUUCCUUUUAUGUGUUUUUUUAAGGAACAAAUACAGGAGCGAGAGCAAGAGAGAGAAGAGCAUCAGAAAGAGAUUGAAAGACUUGAACUGAUGUUAGAUGCAAAGGACAGACAUUCCAAUGCACAGCAAAGACUUCAAAUAGAGGUAGAGAUCAACAGAAAGAAAGAAAAGUUUUCUCUAGGUUUAAGUUAAUUCUAAAUUUAUUUAAUCAGCCUAUUUCAAAUAUUUUUUUCUUUCUAUGCCGUAUCUUAAAAAAUUUUUUUAAAAAAGAAAUCACUGCUAUACUUUCCUCUGAAAUAAAUUUCAAAUAAGACGCUAAUACGUACCUCUGGAUUUUGUCCUUGAUUACUUUUUUUAAAGGGAAUUUAAAAAUGUCUUAGAACACUUGCUGGAAAAUAAGUGGUUCAAAUGAUUUGAGACCAUGAUUAAUCAAGGUUUAAAUAAAGUUCAAAGAGACAUUUAUGGAGAUACUUUAUCUGUUACUGUGAUUUCAUUGUUUUGAAUGUUGCUUCAUAUGUCAUUUACUUAUGUUGCUUAUGUGAUUUCAUUAGUCUGAAUGUUGCCACAUAUCAUUUAUUUAUUUCUCACAGAUCACUGAUCUAACGGAGCAGCUCCAGGCUCGCAUCGCCAGUCAGAGUGACAUGCACCAACGAACACUUGACCUGCAGAAGGCCUUGCAAGACAAGGAACUUAGCGCUCAUGACUUGAAGGUGGGUAGAUGGCUUUACUGACAUAGAUAGAGUAACAAGUUUACCAUAGACAGAAUUUAAAUGCUGAAUAAAAAUGCAUAAAGAAGAUUAAUAAUUCAAUUUAAUAGUGAAAUUACAUUUUUUGAGUAUUUUCCUUUGUAAUCUUUGAUCAUCAUCUAAUCUCCCAUGUCAGAUCUAAACAUUGUGUGUAAUCUUUGAUCAUCAUCUUAUCUCCCAUGUCAGAUCUAAACAUUGUGUGUAAUCUUUGAUCAUCAUCUUAUCUCCCAUGUCAGAUCUAAACAUCUUGUGUAAUCUUUAAUCAUCAUAUCUCCCAUGUCAGAUCUAAACAUCUUGUGUCAUCUUUGAUCCUCAUCCUAUCUCCCAUGUCAGAUCGCAACAUCUUGUGAAAUCUUUGAUCAUCCUGUCCUGUUUCACAUCUGAACAUCUUGUAUAAUCUUUGAUCAUCAUCUUAUUUCCCGUGUCAGAUCUCAACAUCUUAUGUAGGCUUUGAUCAUCAUUUUAUCUCCUGUGUCAGAUCCAUACAUCUUGUAUAGUCUUGUAUCUCGCCCUUGCUUUAGAUUAUAAAUAAAUUACUAACUUUGCUCCCCAUAUACAGACAUGGGUUUCCCAACUGGAAAAAGAACUGGACCAGAGGGGAAGCAUAGAAGAGCAACUCAAGAUGAGGAUCUCAAGACUUGAGAGACAACUGACUGACAGGACAGAUGACAAUGCAGAGAGUACUGAGGAUGACUGCAGUGCCAGUCUGGACCUGAAGGAGCGGAGUCCUCCCAUGAUAUUAUCACCCGUACAGACACAGAGAGUGUCCAUGAUCUCAUUAGAAGAAGAGUUACGCAGAUGUCAGCAGGUUGAACAGGUAGAUUUUGUUGUUUUAAUUGAUGGAAUUUAUUUUAUCUCAGCAACAUUCAAUUAUAUAUUUAAUUUAAUUAUGAGAAACUGUUCUUAAACUUUGAUUCUAAAAAUACUUCAACCCUCGGAUUGGUGGAAAUAGAAACUGGCUAGGUCUUAGAAAAACGAAAAAAAGCCAUUAAUUUGAUUUAUUAUUUUGAAGCGAAAGCCAUUGUGAAAAAAAAACAACAACAGAAAAAUGAAUGCAGACUAAACAUAAAAUGAAAUAGGUUCUUAGUCCUUUGUAUAUCUUUAUCAGACCUGUUUACUCUUACGAUUUUGGCAUACAAUGUACGAUUUUGAGAUGUCUUUUACGAUUGUACGCCGAGACCCGCCAAAACUACGAUUUUCAGAGAGCCGGUGAAAAAAAAAAAUUUUCCGAUUAAAAUUCGUUUGUUGAAGUUUUAGCCUUUUCCAAUAAAAAUCUGGCAGUGAAUGAAACGAGAAAAACGAUUGGUUGUAAUUUUUUUUAAAGUUGGGGCCAUCCUUCAUUAUAUUAUGUGCGCACUGAAAGGGGAGGUGGGGGUUGUUAAUGAAGGAGAGCUGCGGCAUACGGGACACAUGGGUGGGGGGUUGGUCGGAGUGUCAAAGGUUAUAAAAAUAUCACCGCAAAGUAUCGUAUUGAUGGUGAUGAUUGUCAUACUGUUGCUUUGUGUGUCACACUGACCUAGUUAGCUGCGUCACCGGUAAUAUUUAUACUAUUCACUGCCAUCCCCUUUGACUGCUACACAGCGUGUGACGUAGUUUUGUUCCCUUGAACCGCGGCGAUUGUGAAAAUGGGGAAAACUAGAGACGAUAUGGUUUUAAAAUAAAAUACAUGAUCCCACUGUUACUGCACUGGAACGUUGGAUGUGGACGUAUUUUAUCAGAGCUAGUCAGCGGCAUUUAAAAAAAUAUUGGUAGAACUGGCAAAGCAGCUCUUUACCCUCAGCGAUCGUAAUACCACAGUUUGGUAUCACUACUAAUACUGCCCCCCACCCCCACCCCUUUUUAAACGGAAAAAAAAUCAAACGACGGCUCAAUUUUUUCCCCAAUAAUGAGGGGGGGGGGGGGUUCUGCCCGGUGGAAAUAAUUACGUCACCAGCACGGAAAGAUGAAUUACUGACUACAGUGUGUUAUCAAUAUGUCAUGUUCAAUUUUACAACUACAGGGAUGUCUUAUGAAAACACAAAGCAUUAUUAGUAGCUUAUAUGAGUAGGCCUGUAUGCUUACUGCGAAAUCUUGUAAUAUUUCUUAUAGCCUUGAUAAUAUUAAUAAUAAAAGGCCUAAUUAAAAUUCACGGAUUUCACAGAUUUUUAGAUGACAGUUGGCUCUAUAAGAGACUGUCAGGAUAAUUAUUGUAUGCAUAAAUGUAGGUGCAGUCUGUUGACCCCCCCCCCCCAAUCAAAUCUGUCAUACAAAUCCUCAGCGGGUACAUAAUACGUAAUAGUUAGAUGGCCCUUUGUUUUACGUAAUAGUAAGAUGGUCAUUUGUUUUACGUAAUAGUAAGAUGGUCAUUUGUUUUACGUAAUAGUAAGAUGGUCAUUUGUUUAACGUAAUAGUAAGAUGGUCAUUUGUUUUACGUAAUAGUAAGAUGGUCAUUUGUUUUACGUUGACAAGGUGCGGCUGGGGGGGGGUAUAAAUAUUUUAUACAACUUUUUAAUGUUUAUUUUGCGUACCACAUAUGUUAUGCAUGAAUGUCACAUUUCCCAAACAGCUUUGGCGUUCGAAUUUGGCUACAUUGACGGGUGUGCACAUUGCCUGAUUUUAAUGUUACCAUUAAUGGAAUCAGCGAUCCUUUUUAUUUUCGGUCCCCUAGUUUAGUUUACUUAGUGAGUAUUUUACGAUAUGGCCUCGACAAAAAGAAAUGCACGCGAAACCGAUGACGAAGAAGAAACUUCUACUUCUACCGAUAAACAUCAACUUCAACAAAAGAUAAAGAAAGUUGAUAGUCUUGCUUGAAUAUGAGACACAAUUUACAGUGUUGAGGUCUUCAUAGAAGGGUCCAUCAUUACGCGCACUGCACAUUCUGCAAGUCGGACUUUUCAGUAGCAAUCAGAGGCAAAAUGAGUGGUGUGGAUUUAGGAGAUAGUGUGUAUGGUGCGGGUCUAAAUAUUUAAAUCUAUAAAAUCAACUCCGCCACCUACAUUUUCGUAAUGUCAGUUUGUGGGGUGUGGAAAAGGGGGGGGGGGGAGGAUAUUCCUCGGCAGAUAGUGCAUGCGGUAUUUAAAAAUACUACACUAUUCAUCCCGAAACUCUGAAAGUCCUAAAAUUGCACAUUGAUAUUUACCAGCCUAUGUUUGCAGGAAUAACCGUCGUGAUGUUGUCAAGAUGUAUUUUCACAAAUGAACUCGCUAGCUAUACCUAAACUCAGUAUUAGAGAAAUUACAGUAAUGUUUAUUCCACUGAAUGGUAAGGCCACGUGUUACGUAUAAUUCGGUGGGCUACGCCAGUGGUUCUAAAAUUUUCGUUUCCCUGCGCCUAUGCCACACUACGUUUUCACCAGGCUCCCUGUGUUGAAUUCUAUCAUGUACAAUUCGAAAUAGCGAAUACACAAAUAAAAUAAAGGUUGGAUAAAAAUAAAUAUAACGUGUAUGUAGGUCACUGAGCGCCAUCGGGAAAUGCAAACAGCAAUUGCUUAGUGAGUUACUGUUUGCACCACGACCGAAAGUUGUCACAUUGGUUUAAAAGUGAAAAUAAAAUAAUGAAUUCUUAAAAAUAUUUCGCAACGCCCCGAUGAGGAAGCCGCAGCCACCGAGGGCAACGAGCACCCAAGGCGAUGUGGCGUUUAUUCUGGGAACCACUGGGCUGAAUCACCAGUAGUGAAAACCCGUGUCACAUUUUGUUUACUGUAACAUCAUAAUAUACAAUGGAUUUUGUUAAGUUUAUGGGGGGUUGGGGGGGGGGUUCUGGGCUGGUGUUUUAAAGCUCACUGUACGGCACACACAAAAAAGGUGGGGGUUCCAAUUUGUUAACUGGUAAUUCAUUCUUAAUUUAAUACAUUUUAUUUUAUGCUUAUCUGACGUCAAGUUUUAAUAUGUAUUAGCCGAUACACGUCUGCUAAACAAAGUGACCGCAGUUUGCCGUUAACGUCAGUCAUCUACUGUUUACUUACAGUUCCAUAUUUUGACGCCAGCUCAGCUCGAUUCCACUGAACACGCUAUAGGAGUAGUUAUUGUAUACAUUAUAUAUACUGUAUUUUUAUUUAUUUACUAUCAAAAUACUGCAUUGUACGAUUUUGAGACCAUAUUGUACGAUUUUAGGAGUUUGGGGGUAAACAGGUCUGCUUUAUAGAGAAGAGCAGCAAAGAAGGGUAAUACAUGAUGUCAGUUUGAAAUUAUUUCGCAGCCCAACCUUUAAUAAUGACUGCUGACCUUUGCACCCUUUUGAUAAUUUGUAAUAACUAGGUAUGAAAAAUUUUUAUGUAUAUGCCACACUAUGCCCCUGAACCCAUACAGGAGCUAGAGCAUGAAAACACAGCUCUGAAGGAACAAGUUCAAGUCCAGCUGCUGCAGAUCUCUGGACUCAGGAACCAGCUGGACCAGCUGCGACACUACAGCGGCAUGGAAGCAGACAGCGACUCCAGCCACCUGCGUAUUAAACUACAGGAUGCACGGGAUAAUUUGGAAAAAAUGGAGGAAAAGGUUUGCAGCUAAAUUAGCAUCAUAAAGAAAACAAAUGUCAAGGUCAUCAACAUUUGAAAAUACUAUCAAUGUUUAACUUACAUCUUUGUUUACGUACAAUCCCUAAUUAUAUGGAAAUUUAUUUAUCAUGGUUUAAACUUAAUUUACCUUGUGUAAAGUAAAAUCUAAUUAAUAGUCAAAAGAAUAACACAAGAUAUCCUCAUCAGUCCAUAUGUAGUUUUUGUUGUUCAGCAUGUGCAGUCAGUAUGUUAAUAAGUUAUGUGCUAUGGUGAAAGACAAAUUAGACCAAUUAUUGACAUUUUAUUCACACCAGUUAAGUGAAGCACACAACAGAAUCGAAGUGCUGGAGAAUACCCUAAAGUUGAAGAGAGAUGAAGCUGAGCUGAUAAGGGUUAAAGUUACUAAGAUUCUAGACAUGGGAAGUGCCCAGGAGGAAAAUGAAAGUCUGAAGGUUGGUUGUUUUAAGGUUUUAGCCUGAGUUCAUUAUAGUAUUUAUUAUUAUGGGCCGCUAGGGCUAAUAAAUCCCCAGAACUAUUCUAACGAUUAAAAAAGCACCUCAUUCAUAUUUUUAUUCAAAUGCAAAUAUUGUAUGUAAUUACAAAAAAAAUAUCAGGAUGAUAUAUGGGGCCACGCCGCCUUCCCUCAUUUUCUUUCUGAAUUCUUCAUUGUUAUCUACUAAAAGACUUUUCAUUGCUAUGGACUGGAAGGUAUAUAUUCAAAAUGCAGCAGGGCCCAAGACCUUAAUGUUUAAUUUUUUUUUUUAUUUCAUGCGACCGACUGGUUUUGCAAAGUCAGAAGCAAAUUAAAUAGAAUUAAAAUAUAUUCCCCCCAGCUUUUCUUUAUUUUACUAUUUGAAUUCACAGAGUCAGCUUGAAGAACUUCAGAGCCAGAUGUCGCACCUGUCCAGUAUUUCCUCCCUACCAAGUUUCCCACCAGAGUUGCUGGAGGAGAAAAACCAACAGAUUGAAGAACUCACUGAGAAGAUUGUGCUAUUGGAGGAGGAGCUCACUCAAACACAACAAGAGGAGGCCGUGCAUAAGGUUUGGUCACUGGGUUCUUCUUAGUAACCAUUUGUUUCCAGUACUGAGGAACUUUAUUGUUUGAAUUUCAGCUUUGUAGUAUGGCAGAAGUGGGAUUUAUUAUUAAUUUAAAAAACAUGGAGCAGCAUUUUCCCACAAUAGGGUAGCCAACUUGGGGUGAUUCGGACCGAACGUCAACACGCAUGUGACACAAAAUAAUACAUAUCAAAAACACAUUUUUCUAAAUGCAGUUGUUUUACAAACCUUGUUAGAUUACAUAUUCUAAAUUUCUUUUCUUUAUAAAUAAUUACAUGUAAUUUUAGGUUGUAGUUUUAAAUAUAAUUUAUGUGACAAUUUAUGCUGAUUAAUAUUAUAAAUGAUAAAAGGGAUAAGUGUUUUAAUAAUUUUUAAACAGGAUAAAAUCAGGCAGUUUCAAAUGAGGUUGAAAGAAAAGGAUGAAGAAAUCAGUGAUCUACAGGAUAAUAUAAAUAGUCUUAGGCGCGGGGAGCCAUAUUUAGAUGUGUCUCUGCCUAUGAAUGAAGACGCCAAUAAUUUACUGAAUAUCUCCAUGACUGGAAGGGUGAGUUUCGCUUUACUGAUUUAAAUAAAUAACUGGCUGACAUUCAGUAGAGAUGUCUAGGAACUAAUCUAAAAUCACAAGAAUAUCAUGGUGAUAAAGACUAUUGAGAGGGAUGUCACACAUGUUAAAUUAAUCAUUUGUAACAAAGUCAACUCUUGCUACCUUGAAUUUAAUCAUGAAAUUAGAGCUUUUGACGUGGACUUUGAUAUUGCAUAAAAUUAUCACCCAUUCACAAGUCUCCAUACUUAUUUAUUUAUAUGCCAAUGGUACGCAGGCACAGACAUAAUGGCGUGGACAUAAUGGCACACUAAAAUGUUAUACAUGUAGAACAUGUAAUGCAAAAGGGGGGGGGGGACGGCUGAAAGGGAUCUUGCAAAGUACAGUCAAUAAAUAUUUAACAAGUACUAAAGCCCUGCUGUAAUCUCAGCCUUUUCUAUUCUAGUACAUAAUGUAAUUAUUUUUUUUAUGUGCCUCAGUUUGAUAUGCAUUGUUUACCUUGUCAGAUGUCAUAUUAAAACUCUAAAUUAUCAGUUUUUAUUACCAGACUCCACUUUUAUUAUUUCUCCUUCAAAUUAGUGACUUUUCAUAACUUUUACAAAAUCACUUCCGUUGUUCGAGUUAUCAAGAGUUGACUGUAUAUGUAACCUGAUUUGUGUGGCUCAUCAACCUUUUUCAUAACAGCUUCUCAACAAAAAUAUUUUUUUUACUGAUUUAUAUAUAUAAAUAUAUAUUUUAUAAAUCAAUAUGUUUGUAGGUCUGUACUGCCUUCUUUUUAUUCAAACACUAAAUUUGAAAUACGAUCUUGAAGAAAACUGUCAUGAAACAUCUUGUUUCUGUUUAAAUUUUUUCCCAAUAUAAUCAAUCUGACAACAGUAGGAUCCUCUUUUUCUGGUCCAACAUCAAAAUCUGUGACCUAUUUUUACUGUGGCCAUAGUAUCUUGCCUCUUUAAAUCAAGAGAAAUUUCACCACCAAUUUUAAAAUGCAUUAUUCUACCCUUGCAAUCUGAAAUUUUAUAUUUAAGCAAGCAGAAAUCAGAACACGUAAAAUUGUAUCGAGUGAUUAAAAAGAAGAAAAAAGACAGUUUAACUAUUUAACAAUUUAACUAUCUGCCAUUGAGUUUAUUCAUAACAAUUAUUUCCUGGUCACAUCCAUCAGUCAUCUUCUCACCAUGUGUCCUUGACAUUUUCAUCUUACACUUAUAAAGCAAACAAUAUACAGCAUCUUUUGUCUAUUAAAUGUUCAGAUGCCUAGACUUGAUGUCGACGAUCUAAGGGUCAGUACCUACUGCCGAUUUUCAUUUCAGCCACUUCUUUUGCUUAUGGCCCUCUUUAAAGAACAACUAACCAUACUCAAUGCAUAGUUAAAAUUAUAUCAGUAAUAUUUCAAUUACUUGUAUAAUCUAUGUAGUGACGUAAUUAAGCAGGAAUAUCUAUGUUUAUUGUAAAGUUGAGUUGCCUGUUUUAAAACAUAAGUAUUUCGAGAUCAUCAAAACCUUUGCAUCUGUAUAACUGCUGCAGACAGUGCCAUUUUAGGAGAAAUUUUUUCUUAUAGCACAUUUAAUAAUACAGUUGUACAGUUCUGUUUUUUUUUUAAUAUUUCAAACCUCUUUUGGUCUAUUUGUCAUCCUUCAGUAUUAAUAAAACUAACCCAAUUGUAAGGUAACCUCUCUAUUUGGCAUAGGUUCCACUUUGUACUAUCCUGACUAAUACAUAUUUCAUUGUUGUUAUAAAAAGGGUGAGAAAGAAAAUCACACACAUUUAUCAUACAAAAAUUAUAUGAUUUUUUAAAUUAAGGUAACAUGAAAUGCAUAAGAUUGUUUUUAAUGAUUUUGUUUCAAGAUUUAAAUUAAAAUAGUUUAAAGUUAAUGCAUGGUCAAAUGUUUUUUUAAGCUUCUGGCUUAUCUAUAAAACAAUGGCUUAUUAUUUCCCCCAUGUAUUUUAAAGGAAUGUAUAUUGUGUGGAUUCAUUGACUGAUGUUUUAGAAAUGUGUGGGACUUGUUUGACUUCAAGUAAAGAAUCUGCAUGCCAGAUGUAGCAGCUAAUAAGCUAAUAAAUAUACUUUGUUGAGAAAUGUGUGUUUUUUUAAAAUAGACUAGGCCUUUCAAAGAGGUAUUCUAUUUCAAAUCUAGAAUUUAUUCCAGGUCAAUGAACUUUAUUUUAAGGUUUUACCCUGCCCUCAGGAUUAACACUUAACAUUUGGAAUAAGGGAAUUAUUAUAACAAGCAGUUUGUCUGGUUAAUCAAUGCAUGCUAUGUUGUGUAAAUUUUGUGACAUACUUUUAUAUUAAUGACCUUAUUUUAAAGCAUGGGAAUGUCUAAAUUAAUUUUUUUUAAACAUGGAAAGAUGUGAUGUGAAAAAUGUCACUGUGGUUAAGAUAAUGUUCACAAAAUCAGCUCAGUGAAUACAGUUGUACAAAACUAUUAUAGCAAUCAAAGAUAUAGUUUUAUUCAACUCAUCAUUAUUUGCCUUUACAUUAUCUACUGAUAACCCACACCGUUGCAGUACUCUCUCUUUAGAAUCUAUCAUCCUCCCUUAUAGUAUACUAAAAAUAACUGGCUUCUGACAAUGUAUUAUCAAAAAUAAUUUUUGUUGAGCUCAACAAAAUCCAUAAACUUUCGCCAUCAUAUUUUAAAACCAGUAUAGAGCCUUCAACAUAUUCACUUCCUACUCACUUCUAUCAUUUAUCAGACUAAAAUAUUUCUUUUAUUAUUUUUUAAAAUAUAUUCUGUGUCCGGAAAAAAAGGGAACCCUUUUGAUAAUGAUGAAAAACACAAGUGAAUAUUCUUCAGUUAUAAAAGUCCAACUCAUUUUAGUCCUGACAUACUUCUAAUAAAAUUUAACAUUAUGUAAGGAUUAACAUGAGUUUUGGAAUUAAAAUGAAUUUAAUUUUUUUUUAAAUUGAUAAAUACUUACCAUUAGUUUUCAUCAUUAUGAAAAGGAUUGUAUUUUUCCACACAGAGUGUACAGACACACCUCAGAAUCCUGUUUUACUGUAAGAUUAAUUAUAAGAGAAUGUGAAAAUGACCAUAAUCAGAAUGCUUAUCCAAAAAUAUCAAGCUUAAGACAUAGAUUUAUCUUCUUAACCACUUCAUUACCGUUGACGAGACAUCACGGUCACCCACUUUCAAUUACCAAGGAUGUCAUAUUGUCAUCAUAACAAAAAGUUAAAGAACUUUUCUGAAAUACCAAGGGCGUCACGUCAAUUUCAAUGCUGUAUAUUUCCUUAUUCGUUAAUCUAUAGAGAAGUUAAAAAGCGAAUCGGAUAGAGAAUGAAAUAUACGGAAAAUUUCAUCUGUUAAAAAAAAAAUUUUUAAAUUUAUUUAAAUAUAUAUUUAAAAAAAAAAAAAAAAAGAGAGGUUUUUUUAUUGCUGAGUCAGCAAAAAUGGAUGACCAAAACCCUGCGGUAAGGAAGGGGUUAAUACAUUGUUUCUAAAACUAAAAUUUUCAACAACAAAAAAGUUUACUAAAUUCUUAUCUUUCUAUUUGUUAUGAUUUUAUGAAAGCAAACUAUAAAUAAUUUGAUUCUAAUGAGAAUGUAUUAUUUAUACCAAUUUAUAUAUUUCUAUAAAACUACAGAUUAUGCUCAAAGCUUAACAUUUCUCACCUUUUCUAAUGUCAUCUUUCUUAAGGGAUGUUAAGUUUUUUGGUAAAGGUUUUAAAAGAAUAUUUUUUAUAAAUUACGUAAGGCAUUUGUUAUUAACAAAAAGAGCUCCGGUACCUUUUUAUCUUCUUGUAAAUAAAAACAUAAAAUAUAAUAAUGUUUGUAUGAAGUAAUGAAAAACUAUUAAUGACAUUGAGAUAUAACUCUUUGAACUUAAGCAUUCAUUUUAUUUAUUUUUUCAAUGAGCAGAUGCACUACACUUGUGACAUUUACAAUUCUAAAUUCAAGAUAUUUCUGUGAAUAUUUUUAUGUAAUUUUAGUGUGUUAUUUUUUUUUAGAUUAUUAUGAAUAUAUAACAUUAUAAUUUUGAUAUUUAUGAGCAUCUUUUAAAAAAAAAAAAUAUAUAUAUUAAAAAAUAAUUAAUCUCAACUGCUUCCGCAGACGAGCAUACAACAAGAGUUUGAGGACACCAUCUUGGAGAGAGAGGGGGAACUUAGAUCUGUCAAAGAAAAUCUGACACAAGUCACAAAGUUACUGGAGGAGAAAGAGCAAGAGUUGCAGAGACUUAGAGAGAAUCUGACACAAUUACAACAAAAUAAAGAUAAGGUACAAGUCCAUCUUUUCUUGGCGGGGGAUUGUGGCACAGCAUGUUAUUGUAGUUUUAAAACUAUCUCAAUCAACACAGUAAUACAUUAAUGGAUGUGUAGAGAUCAAAUGUUAUUUUACAUACUACACAAUAUUUUUAUGUGUGCUGAGUCUUUUAGUGAGUCUAGAUAUGUGUUAAAUAUAGAUUAGAGCAAGGAGUGAAAGUAAGCAUGAAUUCUCUUGAAAUAACACUGGAAUAGAAUGGUCUUUGGAAAUCAAACAUUGCUCUGUGGAAGAAACUUAGAACUAGAUAUGAUAAUUUUUAUAUUUUAAAUACAUCAGUCGAUAGUUUUUUCUUUUUUAAAAAGGAACAUAUCACCCUCUUUUGGUUAAAAUUCAGAAAUCCUUUACAUAUAAUAUAACGGUUUGCCAGGUUUAACUUUUAAAAAUGAGCCUUCAUAUACUAACUCGGAGCUGAUCAACCUUUUUGUGCGGCAUAUCCUAAGCCUAAGAACUCUGGAGCACACCACAAAUAAAAUAUGCAAAAAUAUCAUAAAAAAACACCAUGUAGUUAACAUAAAAAGGUGUAGAAUGCUUAAAGGUAUAAGAUUACUCUGUAUAUGAACAUACUGUAUAUGAACAGUCCAUAUCGGACACAUUUUUUAGUUUCAGAGCUUGACAGCUUGUUAAAAAGAUAACUAUUGUCCCAUUUGUAUCAGCACGGUUUUAUAAUAUUACGUGCCUAUAUAUACUCCGUGCUUUGCGCCUCUUGGAGGAUUUUGGCAUGCGACACCUGGCAUCAUCUUGUGGCACAUUGGUUGGGGUGCUCUGUACUAACUGAUUGGUAAUUAGUUGGCAGGCCCAGUUCCUGUUAUAAAAAUGAAAUGUUAUUGUUUUCUCUCUUUAGGUUAUUGCACUUGAGGACUCAGCUGAACACAAGGACUCUGAGAUUUAUCAGCUGACACUAGGCAGUGAGGAGCUGAGGCAGCAGAUCCAAGAACAUGUGGAGGCCCGAGAACUUCUGGAGGCAGAGUUACGGGACAUGGAAGAACAGUUGUCUGCUGUACGAUUUAUUUCCCUUUACACAUUUCAAUUGCAUUAACUGAGCACUGUAAUAAACAUGAUGGGAUUGUUUUUAAAAAAAGCAAACUAAAUAUAGGUUGAGUUUUAAAUGACUUAUGUCUUUUGUAUUAUUAAUCAUGAAAAAAAAACUAUCCCCUCCAUUUUAUAAGUAAUUGUACUUUUGAAGUACUAAAAUAUUUUCUUGUACUUUGUUGAUACUCAACUAUUUUGCUUAGACAUUAGACAUUUAGCAGUUUUAAAGAAGUAAUUGCUGCUACACAGUCUUUUAAAUCAAAAAGGGUUUACCUCUUAAGUUUAACCAAUCAUUUAUCAUUACUUAUUGCUUUAAUUGUUGGUAUUUUAUAUAACUUUGAGUUUGAUAUCCUUUAACAUUUUUAUAUAUAAGAGAAAAAAUACCUGAUGUUUCUCAUAAUUUACCUUUUAUAUACUUUGCCAUUGAAAGAGGAAGGAGGGAAUCCUAAUUUUUUUUUUUUUUUUAUCUUACAGGCCAUAGAGAAUAAAAACAAGUGUGAGUUAGAGCUCCAUGAGAAGGAGGACAAGCUGGACCAAAUGAUAAUUCAAAUAGACAGUUUACAACAUGAGAUCACCAGUCUAACCGGUUUUCAGGUAAAGGUCUGCGCAAAAUUACUUUUAUCUCAAGAAAAUAAAAAUAUUUGCAUAUUAAUAUUUUAAAUUUUUAAUAAUGACAUUAAAAAAACAAACAUUUUCAUGUUAAACAUUGUGUAACUUAUUUUUUGAAAAUUAAAAAUAAUAUUUUUCUUUGUAAUAUUGAUUAAAUAGAUUAAAAUGGUUUGUCUUAUAAAUAAACAGUUUCUUUUUGGUCAACAGAACGAGCUCCAGGAAGACUAUGACACUGUCCAGUCAAUGCUGGAGGAGAAAGAGAAGGAGAUAGAAAGUUUGACCAGGGAGUUGAUUGACAACAAGGCUCACCCUGAGGCCCUGGAGACACUGGUCAGUAAUUCAAUGCCUUUCUGUAAAAGACUACAUUCCAGUUUGAAUGCACUUGUCAUAUCACAUAGACAUUUUCUUAAUUGCUGAGCAGAAUUAAUCAUUUUUUAAUAAUGUGUUCAUUUUUAAUUUUUUAUUUUAAAUGUUCAUGAUUAUUUUUUAAAUGUCAAGGCUGCAUAUUUAAUUUGGUUUUAAUGAAUAUUUCCCAUCCAGCUUUUAAAGUGCAUUUCCUUGUCACAAUUACAUAUAUGUUCUAUCUUUCCCACUUCUUAAACAACUCUGAAAAUGUGUCAACUUCUUAAUCAAAUAAAGCAUGUUACAAAUUUUAAAAAAUCUUUUAAACAUAAACAAGAAAUUAAUAUAAAUUUAGUUAAACAUAAACAAGGACUUAAUAUAAAUUUAGUUUUAAAAGUCCUCCUGACAUUAGCAAAUGCUAGACUUUUGAAUUUUAAAUAGCUAUUGUAAAGAUGUAAUCUAAAUAUAUAUUUUUUUAACAAAUAAAAUGAUAUCAAAUGAAAUCAUGUAAGACAAUGUCUUGUAGUUUCAUACUAGUUUCACAGGAUAUUCAAGAAAUAUUACACAAAAUUGUGGGUGAUCAACAGCAAAGCCUCUUGAACUAAGUCAAUAUGGAACAGGGUGUAUGUUGGGCUUAAGGGACAGGGACUAAAACAUUCUAUGAAGCCUAAGACAUACCAUAUUCCAUAUUGGCUUAUGAGGUUCGAUAAACUAUUUAAAUCUGAAACUAUGUGCCCUGCCCAUUUUGUCCUAGCUUCAGCUUGAGGAUGUAGUUGCUGCCCUGCAGAAAGAACUGCUGGAAAAGGAUAAUGUUGUUGAGGAGAAAGAAGAAGAGCUCUAUGAGCUGCGUGACCAGCUGGAGGAAAUGGUAGAGUUGUCUGCUCUUAAUAUUGCUUCCCAGUCCUGGCCUGUUUUUCUGCAUUUACAGUUCAUGUUUCAGACUUGCCCUUUUGGCUGUGUUUGCCUGACCUAUGUUUUCUGUCCAUUCUAUUAUUUUUUUAUGAUAAUAAAUUUCUCUAAUAUACCCAAAAAAGAUUUAUAUGCAGUAUUAGCAUAACAGCUUUACAAAGAUUAUAUUUUAUCAAAUGUAGAUUCUGUUUGAUCAAACUUGUAGACUAUAGUUGAUCAAUCUUGUAGACCACCGGUAUAUGUGAUCAAACUUUUAGACUUUAUUUGAUCAAACUUGUAGACUAUAGUUGAUCAAACUUGUAGACUAUAUUUGAUCAAACUUGUAGGCUAUAGUUGAUCAAACUUGUAGAUUAUAUUUGAUCAAACUUGUAGACUAUAGUUGAUCAAACUUGUAGACUAUAGUUGAUCAUACUUGUAGAUUAUAUUUGAUCAAACUUGUAGACUAUAGUUGAUCAAACUUGUAGACUAUAGUUGAUCAAACUUAUAGACAGUUGAUCAAACCUGUAGGCUAUAGUUGAUCAAACUUGUAGACUACAUUUGAUCAAACUUGUAGACUAUAUUUGAUCAAACUUGUAGACUACAUUUGAUCAAACUUGUAGACUACAUUUGAUCAAACUUGUCGACUAUAGUUAAUCAAACUUGUAGACUACAUUUGAUGAAACUUGUAGACUACAUUUGAUCAAACGUGUAGACUAUAGUUGAUCAAACUUGUAGACUACAUUUGAUCAAACUUGUAGACUAUAUUUGAUCAAACUUGUAGACUAUAUUUGAUCAAACUUGUAGACUACAUUUGAUCAAACUUGUAGACUACAUUUGAUCAAACUUGUAGACUAUAUUUGAUCAAACUUGUAGACUACAUUUGAUCAAACUUGUAGACUACAUUUGAUCAAACUUGUAGACUACAUUUGAUCAAACGUGUAGACUAUAGUUGAUCAAACUUGUAGACUACAUUUGAUCAAACUUGUAGACUAUAUUUGAUCAAACGUGUAGACCAUAUUUGAUCAAACUUGUAGACUACAUUUGAUCAAACUUGUAGACUACAUUUGAUCAAACUUGUAGACUAUAUUUGAUCAAACGUGUAGACUAUAGUUGAUCAAACUUGUAGACUACAUUUGAUCAAACUUGUAGACUAUAUUUGAUCAAACGUGUAGACUAUAUUUGAUCAAACUUGUAGACUACAUUUGAUCAAACUUGUAGACUACAUUUGAUCAAACUUGUAGACUAUAUUUGAUCAAACUUGUAGACUAUAGUUGAUCAAACUUAUAGACAGUUGAUCAAACCUGUAGGCUAUAGUUGAUCAAACUUGUAGACUACAUUUGAUCAAACUUGUAGACUAUAUUUGAUCAAACUUGUAGACUAUAUUUGAUCAAACUUGUAGACUAUAUUUGAUCAAACUUGUAGACUACAUUUGAUCAAACUUGUGAGCUGUUUGAAUUCAUAAACAGCAGUAUUUAUUACAAAAAUUAUAAAUAUAGUGGUUUAGAAAUGUUAAGUAAAAUUAAGAAUUUUAAAAACUAAAUCUUCAAUGUGCAAACAAUUUCUUUCUUUCAUAAUUUUUUAUCAAUUGUGUAUACUAAUCUGAAACAAUUACAUAACAUCUUUUAAAAACCAACAAAAGAAGAAUUUAACUUGAAAUGGAAAUCAUGUGUUAAGUUUAUCAAUCUCGUUUUAUUGCCUACUGUCCAAGUCCCACUGUCUCCUGGCAUGUUUGAGCAUGAAAGCGGCUUUAAGGUACAAGUUAUUUCAUUCAGGACAUGCACACCUGCGUACCAGCAACAGUACUGUUGUAUAAACCCACCUGUGGCUGUGUUACUUGUUCUCUUUUUUUUAUUAAAUGCUGAAACACCAUUUUGCACUCUUGUAUAAUUUUACAAAGCCUUAUCUGAAGAAUUGUAGAAAAGAUUUCAUCAUGUACUUCCACUAAAAGUUAUAUAUACGAAUUAAGAUGGAACAGAUGAGAGUGUAAGCAUGUGUUUCCUUGAGACUAAAAAGAGAUAUAAAAAUAUUAGAAUUAUCUCAAUGUCAAGAAACUCUUACAAUUGUAGUUCAAUUUUAGUGUCUAUCUAUUCAUGAACAACUUCUGUAAUUAAAAACUAUUUCAAAAGAAAUUAUUUAGUAAAGCACUCGGAACUUUUAAAACUUAUAUCAGCUGAGUUGUAGGUAAAUAAUAUAAGCAUUAUUCCUAUAAUAACAAUGUGAGUUAAACUUCUCCAUUAUUUUUGCAUUAAAUGCACCAUUUUAUGUCCUUGAUUCUUUAGGAAUGAUUAUUAUCUAAUAAUGUAAUCUUGAUCAUUUCGUUUUUUGGCAUGUAAAUCUAAACAACUUUGAAAAAAAUAAUUUAAAAUACAUGUAACUUUUAUUUUGUGUCUUGCAAAAAUAUUUUUUAAGUUUUCACGUUACAUUCUAACCCUAACCCUAUUCAAUUACCUUCUCCAAUUUUUGUGCAUGUAAUAUCCAGCAUUUAUUUUAUUAUAAUUUCAUAUAAAUACUCAUGAUUUUAUUGAGGUGAAGUUUUUAGUAUUCUUUGUCUGUUUUGAUAAUUGACACAUGUACUGUUUAGUUUGAUUAAUAUGAAGUCACCAGGUGAUUUAGUUUUCUGAUUUAUCAAUAAACAUUGUUUACAACUGUUUACACAGUAGGCAAAGUAGUACUUGCCUUCACAUCUAAUUGUAUACAUUUUAGUAAUUUUUUUUUUUUUAAAUUUUAACAAAAAAAACAUUGUUAAAUGUCUGAACAGAUAAUUUAUCCUGAAGUAAUUAAUUAUUUUUCUUAUACAGGGCAACGUCAAAGAAGAAAUGACAAAGAUAAAAUCUCAGCUGGAGGAGAAAUGCAAGCAAGCAGAGAAGUUAAAAUCUGACCUGGAAGAAGCACUGUUGAAAGAAAGAGAGGCACUAAAGUCAACAGAGGAAGGUCAGAAGGAAGCGGCUGAUAAUAACUUGGUCUCCGACACUCUAUCCCAGAGGGAUAGGACCAUUGCAGAGUUGUCAGAGAAAAUUGUCACACUUGAACAGAACCUGAUUGAAUUUUCAGAAAAGUGCCAAGAGAAUGCAAGUUUGGGGGAAAAAAUUGAAAGUUUAGACCAUGAGUUAUUGGAAGCAAAGGAAAAAGCAGCAAGUGAAAAAGGACGCCUUCUACAACAAAUUGAAGAGACGAGAGAAAAAUAUGAGAAGUAUAUUUUUGACUUGGAGGAAGAGAUGAAGUGCCAAGCCAAUGAUCGCAGCGCAGAGAUCACUAAAGAACAAUACCAGACCACAUUGGAAGAAAAUCAAUGCUUGAAACUUGAAGUGGUGGAAAAGCAAGCCAAAGUUGAUUUGUUACAGAGCAAGUUGGACUCGGCAUUGGCUGAGGAGGAGGAGAUACAAGAAAAGGUCCAUAGGUUGGAAUGUCAAGCAAGGGAAGUGGAGGAGCUGAGUGUGGUGAAGAGGCAGCUGGAAGAGGCAGAAGAGCAGCUGAGGCUCAGGCAGUCAGUCAUGUUGGACAUUCAGUUGGAGAAGGAGAAACUGCUGGAAGACAUGACCGAGAUGGAGACCCUGAGGAAGGUAGUGGAGGAUAAAGACCGAAACAUUGAAGAGCUCGAAAGCCAGCUCCGUUUCCGUCAAUCCUGUAUCCUGGACGUGGAAGCAGGGAGGGAGAGUGUUGUUGAGGAGAAGGAAAUCUUGGAAACACAACUGAGGAGAGAGUUGGCAGAAAAAGAACAACUGAUAAAAGAGCUCCAGGCAUUGUGUGUCAAGCUAAAGGGUGAUGACACCAAAGAAAUGCUACAGCAAGACAAGGAAAUGAAUGGUAUGAUUGAAAUAGGCACUGAUGUUCAUGAACUGAGACACAAACUGCUAGAGGCCUCAGAUGAGCUUGUGAACUUGUCCACCAAGUAUAGGACACUGGAGGACAGACUAACCCAAAGCAAUUAUCAGCUGACUGAGAGAGAAGAGCAAAUACAUCAGCUGCAGGCAGAGAUACAGGCCCUGCAGCAAGAAAACUCAAGACCUCAUCCUGUAGCAGUAAGAGUUCAGGAGCUGCAGAGACUUGUGCAGGAUAAAGAGGAUACGGCCGAAGCUCAGGCCAUCAGAAAGAGGAAGGCAGAAUUGGCAGAACUUAGGACAACCGUCUACUCUGAACUUCAGAAUGCCACAAGAUCCUCAAGAGCCUUGAACCUCUCCGCAUCCCUUCCUAUGGAUGAAGUCACCGCUGGGUAUGGGGGAAUGACCCGAUGGGACUCGGAGCCAGCCGGACUAGCUCUGGGCAGCAGAGACGGCACUUACCUGAGGCUGCAUAUGAACGAAGUGGAGAAACUGGCCAGGCAGCAGCAGAGGGAAUUGUCACAGAAGAAUUUUGAGCUGGAACAAGUUAGACAGAACCUGGAGAGGUGGCUUAAAAUGGGAGGACAAAACCCUAUGGAUUCACUUAUCAUUGUGAGUUUUUGUUAAUCAGUCAAUGGGCAUGUCAAUUAUUUGCCCUAACAAACAACAUACUGUAAUUAAGAUAAUCUUCAAAUCAAUCUUUUUUAAACAUAUUUGGUAAAAUGUGAAACAGUGUUCGAAAAAUGGUGUAAAUUAUUACUCUUAAAUAUAGCGGCACGGAUUAGGUCUAUUUUUGUGGCAGCAUUCAAAAUUUUGCAGUAAUCAUUUUAUGUUAUUUUUAGUUUAUUGCCUUAAAUUUUCAUUCAACUAUUAUUUCUCAACUCACCUAUUUUUUGCAAGGUGCAUGAUGGGACUUGGUGGGAUUUAGUUUGCAGCCUUCAUUUUAAAAAAAUUGGAAAAAGCAUGGAGGCACACAAAAAAAACAACUUAUUAUCAUCAACCUGAAUGCCUGUUUCUAGAACAAACUCAGUUAAAUGUAUACUUGGUGAAAAAAGAUUCAGACAAUUAAGAAUAAAACUUAAAUCUAAUUUUUUUAAUGUUAUUUGACAAGAAACUGAUAAAGCAGUUUUUUUUUUAAAUGGUUGAGCGGCAAGUUUUGUUUUUUGUGUGCAAAGUUAAUUUUGUAUAAAUGUAAUUUUUGUUGCUUCCCUGUAAUCUAAACAACUGUGUCUUUUUUUGUAGGAAAAACAAACUGUGAUCAUCAGUCUCCAAACAGAGCUGGAAAACUUGAGAACUGAAAUUAACCAGAAGGAGGUACUGAUCUCUUCACUCCAGCAUGACAUCCAGGAAAUGGUGAGAUCUCACAGCCAGGAGAAGGCUGACCAGGACCACCAGAUCACCCAGCUGCAGGAGGAGAUAUAUCUGCUCAAACCGUCAAAUGUCAUGGCGUCCACUCCUAAGGGCCAGUCAUUAUCUCCUGAAACUAAGCAGUCCAUCUCCCAGCUUAAGAUGCAGCUGAGGAAAGCUCAUUCAGGUAGAAUUUAACCUGUUUAUAAAAAACCCUAUUAAAUCACAUUGUACAUGUGUGUAUUUGAUUAAAUUAUGUUUUAAUUGUUUCUAUAGUAUAGUAGUUACUAUUCUAAUGUCUCAUUUUUAUUUUAGUUAGUUUACAUGUUUUUAAUAAUUGUAAAGAGCUUAGAGCUUUAAGGUAAGCGCUAUAUAAAAAUGCCGAAAUAAAUAAAUAUAUUUUAAGAUUACACUGAUUAAGAAAACUCCUGACUAAGAGAACCUUCUCAAUAUAUGGGAGAGGAAAAUCCUCAGAAAAAUAAACGGCCCAGUGAUGGAAAAUGAUGUCUAGAGAAUCCUUACAAACCAAGAGCUAUACCAAUUGUACAAAGACGCACCUGUAGUCGCAACAAUAAAAAAAGGCAGACUGCUCUGGGCAGGACAUAUUGAAAGGAUGUCGGAAUUUAGAGCAGCAAAAGGGACAUACAGGCAGAAACCUUGGGGCAGACAACUCACCGGUCGCCCUAGGCUGAGAUUGGUCGAUGCUGUAGAGAAGGCUUUACACCAGUUGGGGAUUCGCGUAUGGAGGUGGAAAGCGAUGGAUUGUUCUGAAUAUUGGAGCACGCCAGGGCCCUACAAGGGCUGUAGUGCCACUGAUGAUGAAGAAAACUUCUGUUUUGUUUUAGGGAUUUAUCAAUAUUUUGUAGCGCACAUAUCAAUUUAAAAAUAAAAAAAUGAAAAAUAACAAUGAAAUUUAUUGUAAAAGAUAAAGACCACUGCUACUUUCAUCAAAUAAAUCUUUGUAAGUUGUUAAAAAAAUUAACAUGGAUUUAAAGUCUUGAGUAAUAACUAUCUAAUAAAAUAGGUUGUUAAAAUUUUCAAAGCAAUGUUUGUUCAUCUCAAACUACAUCUAUCUCGUUAAGGUGUUUUGUGUUUAAAAUAAUUCCUGUAUUUUAAUUAAAGUAAGCUUUGUUGUCUUCAAACAAUUCAUUUUCUCUGCUUCUUUGAAAUGUAGAGCCAAGCAUGAAAAGUCUAUUAUAUUUAUUACUAUAAUUGAUUACCUCCAUCGAUAUCAUAGGAAACUCAAUUUUGAUAUAUACAGUAACCAUAUUAAAAUAGCUCAAAAGUAAGUCUGGUUAAAGUGAGACUUCUUUAAAAAAAAUUCUAUGGGAUGUUGAAUAAUGUAUUAAGAAACUAUGAUUUUUCUCUCUGUGACUCAGCACUGGAAGAAAUGAGAGUGAGUCACCAAAUGACAGGAGAGUUUGGGGCCGGAGAUGCUAACAGUGUACAAAAGUCUGGCCUCGAACAAGAGGUCGAGAAGUUAAGGGAGCUGCUGAAGGCCAGGGAGGAUGAGUUGGCUGUGCUAAAAGCCCAGUCCCAAACGGAACAGGUGAUUUGAGAUUUGGUUGUCUUGGUCUGUCAGAAAACUUAAUUGAGCUAUGGUCUAUGUUGAUGGUGUUAUGAUCCCUGUCUUUAUUUUAAUAUCAAGUCAUAUGCUACAUUUAAGCAAACCUUUAACACUAAUGCACUAGGCAGCAAUUAAGAAAUGGGAACCUUCUUUCCUGAUAAACCUUUUACAAAUUCGGUUAGAAUACUAACAAUUCUAAAUAUUUAUAAUUUUAUGAAUAUAAUUUUUAAUCCUACCGCAAGUAAUUAACAUUUUCAAAAUAAGGUUUUUAGGCACUGUCAGUAAUGAUAAAAUAUAUUGAAAUGAACUGUUAAAUGAGCCCAGUGGUUUCUACAUGUCAAUAUUUGUGUCUUUUCAUGAAGGAACAAGCUGUAGAAAAGGCGCUAGAAGAACAACGUCAAACUCUAGAAGGUAAUCAUGAGAAAUAUAUCAAUGAGUUGAUUCUACAACAGCAGGAACAAGUGAAAACUAUCAGGGAGAUGACUCAAGACACAGGUGGGCACAUCUUAUUGUAUUUUGUUUUACUUAAGACGCAAAAUUCAAUGUAUAACCCAAAAAUAAUCUGUCAUUUUCUUUAACUGACAUCAUUUUCUUAUAAUAGUUUUUUUAAAAGUCAAUUUUCCGCAUCUAGUUGAGAAUGACAUCAUCAGCGCACUGGUUGCACUUCAGUUAUGUUUAAUACUUACUUUAAGAUUUGUAAUAACAAAGUAUGUUUUUUUUCAUUCCCUUGUUGAAAGGUAAACACUUUAUUAAAUAGUCGUGGCUUCAAAAUGUUAUUUUGCUAAUAAAUUUAUAUCUUUAGAUUCAGUGGACCAUGGACAAAACAUUGAAUCAGAAGUCCUUCCCACACAGGGACAUGAUGAUAGCAUGCCACAGAGGCUGCAGGUAAGGGAGACAAAGCAUGAACAGAGUUGUUAAUUUGUUCUUAGGUAUUAUUUAUCGUAUCCGGAAAUUUGUUUGAAAGAAAUUUUAACGGAAAAUUGAUUGGCAGAAGUUUGAUCAAAUAGAAAUUUGAUUAAAUGGAAGUUUAGUCGAAUUUUUUUCAGUUCACACUAUAUAAUGUUGCAUCCAAUUUCUUUUUUAACACAUCAUUUUGUUUUACCAUAUAGUAAAUUGCGUUCCAAAAGAAAUAUGACAAAAAUUGGAUCGUGUGAACUGAAAAAAAAGUUUGACUAAAAUUCUGUUCAAUCAAAUUUCCGUCUAUCAAUUUUCUGUGGACAAAAUUUCUGUCAAACCAAUUUCCGGUAACCAUUGUUUAUGGUAGAGACCGACCGAAUUUCGGCUUUGGUUUAGGGGCCGAAAGUGGCCAUUUUAUUACUUUCGGCCAAGUUUUGGUUUCUGAAACAGAAAAGUUAACUUUGGGCUUAAUUUCGGUUUUGGCCAAAAGAGAAAAGUUAACUUUUGUUAUUUUUUUGGUUUCGGCCGAAAUUGACUUAGACUUUCAGCCAUCCGGCGAAAGUGACUGAGGUUUUCGGUCAUCAAAUACUCAGCGAAAGCGAUAUUUAACAACAAAUUAAGCGAUCUUUAAGAACAAACUAAACAAUCUUUAAAAACAAAAUAAAGCGAUCUUUAAAAACAAAUAAAGCGAUCUUUAAGAACAAUGUAAGCGAUCUUUAAUAACAAACUUAACGAUCUUAAAGAACAAACUAAAUGACUUUUAUAAUGAUUUAAAUGAUCUUUAAGAACAAAACAAAUGAUCUUUAAUAGUAAACUAAAUGAUUUAUAAGAAUAAACUAAGCGAUCUUUAACAGAAAACUAAAUGUUCUUUAGGAACAAACUAAAAGAUCUUUAAGAACAAACUAAUCGAUCUUAAGGAACAAAAUAAUUUAUCUGUAAGAACAAACUAAGCGAUCUUUAUGAAAAAACUAAGCGAUCUUCAACAGAAAAAAUAAGCAAUCUUUUUUUAACAAACUAAAUGAUCUUUAAGAACAAACUAAACGAUCUUUAAGAACAAACUAAAUAAUCUUUAAGAGCAAACUAAGCUGUCUUUAAGAACAAACGAAACGAUCUUUAAGAAGAAAUUAAGCGAUCUUUUAGAACCACGAUCAGAACAAUAAUUUUAAGAGACCCGGUUUAAAAAAAUUAUUUUCACCACCAAUGGGGGUGAGGGAGGUAGUCUCCGAACGUAAUAAUUACGUCACCAGCACAGAAAUACUAGUGUGAUGUUACUAGGUUGAAUAUUAAUACAGUGAUAUCUUGCAAGAUAUUAAUGAAAAAACAAAGCAUUAGUAUUACGAAAACAGCGAAACAUUGUGGUGAUAUUUUUAUAGCCUCAAUAACAUAUAUUUAGGUGACUAUUGGCUUUAUUAGAGCCACAAUAAUUGUUGUAGGUAUAUUUUCUAGGUUGUAAUUAUAUUAUAAAAAGCAAAAGCACUCAAGAGUCUAUUUUGCAUUUAUUCCAACCCCCCCCCCUUCCCAUUUUUGCCAAAUUUUCUCCUGCCAUACAAAUUUAAAAAAAUUGUAAAGCAAUUUAAAUUACUUUUAUAUUAAAAUGGUAAAAUCCAAAGUAUUCAUUAGAUCAAGGGUCUCAAACUCAAAUCAUCAGGGGGGCGCAGGAGGUAGUGUCUGAGUGAAACUGGGCCGCAUCAAGUAUUCCACACAAAAAGCGAUUACAUCUGUUACAAUCUGCUCAACCUUUAUAAAUAACAAUUAAAACAUUCAGUGUUCUCAAGAACUAGGAUUCACUUACUUCCACCUACUCACUGUUGCCAGAGACGUGGUAGCGCUUCUUUUUACACAGCUGAGCAACUUUGGCUUGAGUGAGGAAGCAACUAAGACUCUCAGUAUAGCUUGAAGAUGCUCAUCAGUAAGUUUGGCCCUGAGCUUUGACUUGUUAAAGUGCAGAGUGGAAAAGAGCUAUUCACACAGAUAGGUACUCCCAAAAAGUCGUAUGAUCCGUUUGAACAACCUAAAAAUUUCAGGGAAGGUGGAGGGCAAUACAAUAAAAUUUCAAUGCUUAUUUGUUUUUCCAUUCAGCCUGCGCUGGGCAUCUUGCACAUUAAAGGAGAAAGGGACAGCAAAAAGCUGAAAAGUGGCUGUCUGUGUUUUGAAGUCUAAAAAAUUUAGAGACCCAGACUGGGUUAAAAGGCAUAAGAGAAAGAUGAUUUAGAAAUUGACCAAGCUGACAGGCUCGGAAUUUCCCUCACUCGUAAACACUAGCGGCAAUUUUAAUAUGGAUCCUUUGAUAAUGUGCAGAUUGCUACGAUUUACACAAUUAUGGUUGUGCAUUACCCGCCAAUUUACUUUAAAAAACUUUUCUCAAAGCCGCAAUCUUUGCCAUGUCUGUCGCAUAAAAAGCUAUAAAAUAAAAACUUUUAUUCCGAUUUUAAAAAGGUUCUUACCAUUAUAAUCAUAAUAAAAAAAUAUAUAGAAACAUUUAAAAAAAAGCAGAAUUAGACUAGUUGGUGAGAUUCGACUGAAACCGUCGCGGAGAGUCACGUUAUAGAUAUGAGAAUGGGGGAAACGGGCUAGCGCAUUAACACUAAACUUUUCUGUCAUGUAGCGGGCCACAUAAUAUCAUCUUGCGGGUCACAAAUGGCUUGCGGCCCGCGAGUUUGAAACCCCUAUAUUAGAUGUUUAUUUAUUAAUAUUCACGAUUAUCUCAUUUUUUAUAAAAAGAAUGUAAAUAUUUAUACUUUCCCCCAUCAUUUUCGAUGUAUGCGGGAACGAAUUUCAAAAUAUCUAAAUAUUUCGGUUUCGGCUUCGGUUUUGGCCGAAAGUCAUUUUUAACUUUUGACCUUUUUCCGGUUUUCGGCCGAAUGUCAUUUUAAACUUUCGGCCCAUUUUCGACUUCGGCCGAAAUCAGAAAAUCACUUUUGGUCGGUCUCUAGUUUAUUUUAACUCCUGGAAAAAAAAAAUAAAACAAUUGAUGCAUUGAAAUAGAUCUGUUAAAUUAUUUAAUCUAAUAGAAGGAAUUUACUCUCUUUCUGUCAGACUGAGACUUUCCUAAUAUUGAUGAUUUGUCUAAAAAUGACUGCAUAACUGAAGUAUUAUAAAAAUUACCGUUAUUACCUCAGGCCUUGUUGGAACGUCUAAAUCAACUCGGUGAACAUUUCCUGAGCUUGCCUGACCUCCGUUACCUCAAGCAACAUUUGGCCCCAGUGAACCAGGGAAGCAGGUCAGUUGACUCUGGAUGGGAUACAGAGAGGAAAGCUUUGCUGGCUACUAUUGAUGCCCUCAAGGAUUUACUUAAGCAGGUCAACAUCUUGUCUGGGCAGGUAAGGACACUCACCAAAUGAAAUUAUUAGCACUGUGGUAGUUGAGAGGAAAAGCAUUUUGGUGGACUUAUUCUUCCAUCCAGCUGUAAUUUAAUUGAUAGAAUAACCUCCAUCAGAUGAGAGAAUAAGCUCCAUGAUAUAAAGGUAGGGACUGACAAUAAAUGCCAUGAUGACAAUGAGAUGUUAUAAGCUAUAUUUACACUCUUCAAGUUUGUAUCGGGCUUUUUAACUGAAAAUUUGUUGUACAGAUCCUUCCUCGAAAAGUUACUAUUUCAGGAAGCAUUAACUGUAAUGUUUGAGGUACUCAUUUUCUGUUAGAUGUGAUAAAGGAAUAGAAGCCCAUGUAUUUAAAUCUAGUUUUGUAGCACUGUGAGAUCAGAUAUCUUGAGCAUUAAAUAAAUGACCAACAUCCCUGUUUGUUUAAGCAUAAUUUAAUAAAUGAAUAAGUGCUUUGCCUGUUAACGUAAAAUUAGCGUUGGAAGUGGUGGGUCAUGUUUUUUGCUAUGAAAGAAAUAAAAAAAAAAAGGGCCAAAGAUUGUUCGUGAACUGUGUUCAGUUACUGAUUCAAUCAUUUCACUGUUUUAACAAGGAGUCUGAGGUGUGUGAAGAUUGGAGAUCUGGUUUCUUGCAAGCUUUUGUCAAUAUCUACAUAAAGGAAAAAGAUGUUGUCCAAGCAGAGGUCAGUGACGCCAGUAUUUCCUACCCAGAUCUGGACAUAGUCACACAGCUGGAAACCAAGCUCCAACAACUGGUUAGUAUUUGAUUGACUCUUACAGAGAGCAGAAGUUGGUGUUAAGGAUUUUGUCCAAUGAGUCUGACAAAUAUUUUAGUAAUUGAAUUAACUCAAGGUUACACACAAUCUCUUUUAACAAAUAAAAUAAAUUAUUGAGCAAAACCUAUAAAUCUGUUGCCAAAUAUUUCACCUAUAAAAGACAUGUCACUGCCAGUAACGAUUAAAUAAAUGUUGAAUUCAUUAUGCAUAUUCUAUUAGAAUUCUCACAUUUGCUGACCCACAGGAAUCGUUAAUCACAAAUUAAUCAAUGGCAAAAAAAAAUUAAAAACAUUUCCUUUAAUUUUUGGAAUCAGACUGAUGUUCACCAGAGAAGCCUGGAUGACUUGAUGCGAGCAGAUCGCCAGUCCCUUAUUUCUGAGGUCAGUAGUUUGCACCAGCGUCUGUCUGAGGCCAAGGUCCAGUUGCAAAGUAGCCGGGAUGAAUUCAGCCAACAAGUGACUCAGUUAGAAGAAGCUAAAUCUAAACUGGAGUGGAAGCUACAGAGACAAGGUAAUGGAUCACUGUGAAAAAUUCUCUAUUUUUAACAAAGAAAUUACAAUUUAAAAGAAAAAAUUAAAGAACAACUCUAAAUGUACAGUAUGUCAAAAGUGAACUAUAAAUUUUUUACAUUUGAUAAAUGUUUGACACAUGAAUAGAAGACUUCUUAAAACCAUAGUUUCUCUAAAUUUUCUCCAGUCCAAAUGUUGGAGUACAAACUGCAACAGGAGGCAGUGAUUGAGGAUGAUCUGAAAAAAUCCCUCAAGUCUGAGCGUCAGCGUGUCUCAGAGCUGUCCUCACAGAGCACACAGGAAAGAUCCCAUGUCCUGGAACUGCAGUCUGAGCUGUCCUCCACACAGAUUCAGCUGUCCAAGGCCAAGGACAGCUUACAGCGGGAACAGCAGAGAUUCACCUCCAUCACGUGAGUUAUUAAAACAGCUUUCAAUCCUGACUUUUCUAACACUAACAUUGUGUUAAUGAUUCUUAUGGUUGUUACCUGGGUGUUAAUGGAAUGGCCAUUCCACAUUAAACUGUUUGUGUGUUGCUGAUGUAAAAGAAAAGAGGUAACUUAUUUGUAUCAUAAUGCUUUAUAACAGUGAAGCUCGUUAUCGGGAUUUUAAUGUCAUUGGAGAUUCAGAUAGGGAUUUUAAUGUCAUUGGAGAUUCAUAUAGAGAUUUUAAUCUAAUUGGAGAUUCAGAUAGAGAUUUUAAUGUAAUUGGAGAUUCAUAUAGAGAUUUUAAUGUAAUUGGAGAUUCAUAUAGAGAUUUUAAUGUAAUUGGAGAUUCAUAUAGAGAUUUUAAUGUAAUUGGAGAUUCAUAUAGAGAUUUUAAUCUAAUUGGAGAUUCAUAUAGAGAUUUUAAUCUAAUUGGAGAUUCAUAUAGAGAUUUUAAUGUAAUUGGAGAUUCAGAUAGAGAUUUUAAUCUAAUUGGAGAUUCAUAUAGAGAUUUUAAUCUAAUUGGAGAUUCAUAUAGAGAUUUUAAUGUAAUUGGAGAUUCAUAUAUAGAUUUUAAUCUAAUUGGAGAUUCAUAUAGAGAUUUUAAUGUAAUUGGAGAUUCAUAUAGAGAUUUUAAUCUAAUUGGAGAUUCAUAUAGAGAUUUUAAUCUAAUUGGAGAUUCAUAUAGAGAUUUUAAUCUAAUUGGAGAUUCAUAUAGAGAUUUUAAUCUAAUUGGAGAUUCAUAUAGAGAUUUUAAUGUAAUUGGAGAUUCAUAUAGAGAUUUUAAUGUAAUUGGCGAUUCAUAUAGAGAUUUUAAUCUAAUUGGAGAUUCAUAUAGAGAUUUUAAUGUCAUUGGAGAUUCAUAUAGAGAUUUUAAUGUAAUUGGAGAUUCAUAUAGAGAUUUUAAUCUAAUUGGAGAUUCAUAUAGAGAUUUUAAUGUCAUUGGAGAUUCAGAUAGAGAUUUUAAUGUCAUUGGAGAUUCAGAUAGAGAUUUUAAUGUAAUUGGAGAUUCAUAUAGAGAUUUUAAUGUCAUUGGAGAUUCAUAUAGAGAUUUUAAUGUCAUUGGAGAUUCAGAUAGAGAUUUUAAUCUAAUUGGAGAUUCAUAUAGAGAUUUUAAUGUAAUUGGAGAUUCAUAUAGAGAUGUUAAUGUAAUUGGAGAUUCAUAUAGAGAUGUUAAUGUAAUUGGAGAUUCAUAUAGAGAUUUUUAUGUAAUUGGAGAUUCAUAUAGAGAUUUUAAUGUAAUUGGAGAUUCAUAUAGAGAUUUUAAUGUCAUUGGAGAUUCAUAUAGAGAUGUUAAUGUAAUUGGAGAUUCAUAUAGAGAUUUUAUUUUUCAGAAAGGAUUUUUUUCCUAAUUUUUAACACUAUGUAAAUAUCUGUUUAUUUCCCAAGUAAAAUUCAAACAUCAUAUUUCUAUUGAGGUUCUGAAAAAAUAACAUUCUUGAAAGAAGCUGUACUUUAAAACAUGGGCAUACAUUUUAUAAAUUCUCUGAUGACAAGAUGCCAUAUAUAAAUGUUUUAUACAAAUCUUUUAUGUAGUUUGUUGCUGAGAUCCUCUAUUAAAUGAAAAAAAAAGACAAAGAUGACAAGUGCUAUCCUCAAAUCCUCAAUAGCUUGUCAUAACUUUAAUUUUAAAAAAUUAAUAUAAAAUAUAAUAUUCUUAAUAUUUUUUAUAAUUUUGAAAUGAUCAGCACCAAUUCUGUAAUCUAAUCUUUAAAGAUAACAGUAGAAAAAAUAUAUUUUUCUAUUGAAUUUUAAGAUUUGAAAAUAGGCAGUGCUAUGUAGUAAUUGAUAUUUUUAAUCAUCUCAGAAUGGGUCAAAUUGUAAACAGGUGAGCAGUUUCUGUCAUGAACACUACGAUAUAUCUUAUACCUCAUGCCGGCACAGAAGUGCAUCAUCGCAAUCUCACUAUGUUCUCUCACUAUUUUGUCAUCACCAGUUUUCAUCAGCUCCCAGUGCCAUUUGGUCACUUAUUUUUCGCAUUUACUUUCAAAGAUUCCUCUUUUUAAAAAAAAUGCCUUGUGUUACUUUUAUCUUCUGUGUCACCACAACAAAAACCAUCUCUGCUGCCUCCAUCACUCACUCACUCAUUGCAUAGUGUCAUCUACUUUGAGGCCGCCCACAGAUGAAUGAUCUUUCUUUGAUCCUUGUAAAAACACCAGUCAGUGUUGGGUAGCAUAAGUUUUAGACAGUAAUGGAUCACAAACUAUUAGCUGCUUCAGGAGUCUCACUAAUGAUUACUUAGUCAGUAAAUGUUGUGUUACACAAUGAAGGUCUUGUACGCCAUUAACAAAUUUUAUCAUCUGGGUACCAUUUUACUUUAAAAAAACUAUUCAAACUCAUUUAUAGCGUAUUUACACCAUUACAAGUAUUUAAAAAAAUUAGUACAAGAAUUAUGUUAAAAAUUGAACUUGUCAAGAGUAUAAGUCAUUUGAAAUUGUUUCAACUUUAAAGGGGCUCCGUGAAAGGAAAUUUUCAUCAUUUAGUGGCCCGUGAUAAUCAAAAUGAGUGGUGUCUUGAAUAUAUUUCUGCAACAAACAUGAUUUUCUUGCUACAAUGCUCUGCGCCGCCCUCAUACCUAACAUAUGUCAUUUCCCUAACUUUGCACAUGUUACAUAUGAUAUGUGCAUGACAUAAUAACUGAAUAUGUUGGCUCGUCUGGUCUCACAGGUUGGACUGGAGUGGAGCACUGUAAGUGAUCAAACUGACAUUUCCUCACCAUGUUUUUUUUUCCUGUGACAAAGCCUUGAUCGCUUCAUUACGUUCUGCAUGUACCAUCAGCUUCCUGCUUUCCACCAUAUAAAACUAAAUGAACUGACACACAUUUUGUAGAUUGGCGUACUGUGCAGCAAUAUUAUCUUGUGGAGUCCUGGUUUCACUGAUACUCUCGGUGUUACAUAAUAGUUGUUUUAAAAUACAUGUAUUUGAGUUAACAUCAAACUGAUUUUCCAAGCUUUUAAAAUCUUUACUAUGGUACUUUUUUAGCAUCAUCAGAGUUGCCACUUUGUAUUGCAGAUUUUCUUGCAUGUAAAUUAUUGUGAGGAGGCCUGAAAUUAUACUGUGUGAUUUAGAUAAUACUACUGUAGUGUUAUCAGGGUUAAAAGAUCUAAUAUUAGCAUUUAUAUUAAUUAUUAUAAAUGCAUUUGAAUUUAUAGGUGACAUUCUGGGGUUAAACUCUGGAAAAAUUCCUUUAAAAAAAAGUAGUUUUAUUGGAUAAUCUCCUCUAAUAUUUUGACCAAUAAUAACAAUUAUACAUACAGCAACUUCUUGUCCACCAUAAUGCUCAAAACUCUACCCCCCCUCCCGCCCGGCACCCACUCCAUUCAAUGUGCCAUCUUUCAUCCCUUUAUCCUGUGAACCAUCAACCACCUUCUCAGGCAAAAUGACCUGGCAUUAACUUCAUUGAUUGAACACACCCACUGCAUGAAAUGUUUCAAUUUGUGUCUAGAACAUGUUGGUAAAAGUAGUGGUGUGGGUUUUCUGAAGUUUGAUCAUUGUGUACCAUUGAUCAACGCAUUUGUUUUUUAAUUUUUUCUGUUAUAUAGUAUUCAAGAAUGUUAGACUAGGGAAUCAGGCAUGAAAUAACAGUUGAGACAGUGGGUGUUAUCUCUUUUAGUCCAAGGUUGUGGAUUAAUACAUUGACGAGGUUAAACUCCAGUUUAUCAUAUGGCAACAGUGUCUUGUGGCAUCUUACAAUUUUCUGUUGUUAUAGUAAAAAAAUAAUAAGAAGAAACAUUAUUUCAUCCAUGUAGAAUCAACCUAAAUAUUAGAACUUUCUUUCUCUCAGGGUUAAGCAUCUUUAUUGAUAUAAAUCAAUCAGCCCUGUAACUUAAAGCUAAGGCUCAAUUAAAGCCUGCCUUACAAUGCAUCUCAACCACCUCACUCUACUAUAGAAUUAUAAUGAAGACUGGCUAAAAAUGUAAAUUGAUGCUACUCAGUUUUGAUUAAUUGCAGCCUAUCAACUAUGUUGCAGACAUGCAAUAACAAAAUAAGAUAGGCUAAAUGAUUAGCUAUAUCAUGGUCAAAUUUUUGCUGUUAAACAAGCAAAAUAAAAAAUAAACCAGCAUAAAAUAUUUUGAAAGAAUUAAUAGAGUUGUUUAAGAUGAUAUACUUUAAGCAGGUCUAAAUAUAAUCCAAACCUUAAAAGGCAUUGUGUGAACGAGAAAAGGGCAACAUUUUAAUUUUAUUCAAUUUUUAAAAUUUCUUCAUUGAAUAUAUCCUGAAAACUUGUUUUGAAUCGCCCAGUGCUGAACACAAAGCAUGCAUUGUACAUUAAGAAUAAGUGUUGUCUUGUUUUGUCAUGUCCAGUGAUGCCCUGGAAGAGGAGAAAGCCAAGUCUGCCAGACUUUCAGAGUUGCUAGAUGCCACCAGGAGGAAACUGAAGACACUAGAAGAAGACAUGACUGAGGCAGACAGAAAACAACAGCUGAAAUCCCAGUCUGAGGACAGCUACAUAAUGGUUGGAACUUUUUUGUACAGUUUUUAACAUUGUUUUCAUUUAUUCGCAAUCAGUUACCAGUAUUAUUAUCUCAUCUAUUAUAUACCUGGCACUGCCUGGGUAUUUAAUAUUGUAAUACUAUUUCUAAAACUCAAAUAUUCAUUGAUCCCGUUUCAUUUCCUCUUUUAAAUGACUUCACAAAAACCAAAGAGAGUGUAAGCAGUUUGUCAACUGUUGACAUCCUUAAAAGAAUGAAUGGUGCUGAUAUGUUUUUGAAAUUUAUGAUGCUCGGAAUAAUUACGUUUUUCAUGUUAUUUUGCAUUGACUUAAUAAACCACACAUGAUGGCUCUUAACAACUGUAGGAUCUUCAGAGUGAGCUGAGAAAAGAAAGGCAAAGGUGUGUUCAGUUCUCCGAGGCAGAAGACCAAGCCAGGAGAGAGCUUCAUGAGGUGUCUGACAAGCUGGAUGCAGCCAGGAGACAACUAGCCAGCCAGCAGAUGGAGUACGAGGCCAACAUUGAAGCUUUACACAGGGAUCAGAUGGAGAGGUGAGAUUUUUAUUCAAUGGUUGAAAGCUUUCCCAUCAUUUUCCUCAUAAGACCUUGAUAGAUUUAUAUUCUUUAAUUUCUCUCUUGUGAUUUAUGACUUUUUUUUUUUGAAAACAUAAUUAAGUGAAAAAUGUCUAGGGAUGAGUAGAAAACCCCCCCCCCCCCCAAUGAAAUGAAUAAAGGUCAAGUGACAGUUUGCCGUUCCAUGGAGUAUUAGUAUUUCUGCUUGUGUUCAUUCAAUGCAGAGAGGUGAAGCACCGGCUAGAGGGUGAGACUCAGACUAAUGCCAGGUUGAGGGAGUUACUGGAGGCAGAGAGAGAUCAACAUCAGGCAGCCCUAGAACAGGAGAGAACUAUAGUUAGCAAACAGAAACAUGAAAUAGAAAUACUGAAGGUAUUUGGUGUAUGUUGUGUUAGACCUGUACACAUUGUGUAUGUUGUGUUAGACCUGCACAUUAUAUUUGUUGUGUUAGACCUGUUCAUUGUAUUUGUUGUGUUAGACCUGUGCAUUGUAUUUGUUGUGUUAGACCUGUGCAUUGUAUUUGUUGUGUUAGACCUGUGCAAUGUGUAUGUUGUGUUAGACCUGUGCAUUGUAUUUUUUGUGUUAGACCUGUGCAAUGUGUAUGUUGUGUUAGACCUGUGCAAUGUGUAUGUUGUGUUAGACCUGUACAUUGUGUUUCAUGUGUUAGACCUGUGCUUUGUAUUUGUUGUGUUAGACCUGUGCAUUGUAUUUGUUGUGUUAGACCUGUGCAAUGUGUAUGUUGUGUUAGACCUUUGCAAUGUGUAUGUUGUGUUACACCUGUGCAAUGUGUAUGUUGUGUUAUACCUGUGCAAUGUGUAUGUUGUGUUAGACCUGUACAUUGUGGUUCAUGUGUUAGACCUGUGCAGUGUGUAUGUUGUGUUAGACCUGUACAUUGUGUUUCAUGUGUUAGAGACCUGUGCAAUGUGUAUGUUGUGUUAGACCUGUACUUUGUGUUUCAUGUGUUAGACCUGUGCAAUGUGUAUGUUGUGUUAGACCUAUUGUGUUUCAUGUGUUAGACCUUUGCAAUGUGUAUGUUGUGUUAGACCUGUACAUUGUGUUUCAUGUGUUAGACCUGUGCAAUGUGUAUGUUGUGUUAGACCUGUACAUUGUGUUUCAUGUGUUAGACGCAAUAAAAAAAAGUGCUUUAUAAAAAGUCAGUUGUCAUUUUUUUUUAAAACUAUGGUUUCUUCAUCAAUUUUUAAAAAUUUUUUGGAGCAUUACUUAUCAUUUUUUAGAUUUCUGUCAAUUUUUUAAAUAUCCAUAUGACUAUAUGAGUAAAUAUAUUUAUUUAUUUAUUUAUUUAGGCAUUUUUAUAUAGCGCUUAUCAUAAAGCUCUAAGCGCUUUACAAUUAUUAAAACAUGUAAACUAAGUAAUGACUUGAUCACAAGUUGAGACGUUCAGUAAUUAAGAAUUAUUAUGUUUUAGAUUUAUUUUAUUGGCUAUAAUUCUUUCUCUAGUCCCAACAUGACCAGCUCACGCAACAGUAUGAGAAUGAAAAAUCCCGUGCUGAUAGCCUUAAAAUCAAUCUUGACCAGGCUUCAUCUGACCAGGGGGCCAAAAAAACAGAACCCGAUGGUGCAGUGGGCAGUAACCACGAGAGAAAUCUCCGCCUCCAUCUGAAGCUGGUGGAGGAAGACAGGGAGGGACUCAGACUUAAAGUUGUGAGUUGAACAAAUUGUUACCUUGAAUGACCAGAUUGCCACAAUCAACUGUUACCUUGAAUGACCAGAUUGCCACAAUCAACUUUGGUCUUAUUUUUGCUUUAUUAUUAUGCACUUGGCUCAAGCUUAAAGUUUUGAUAUGAUGCAAAGUUUUGAUCAGCAAUGAGUGCAUAUUAUUUUUGAAAGUCGAGCAGCUGUGCUGGUGUUUGAAAUCUCUCCCAGAAAUAUGCAUUGUAAAACUGCAAUCAAAACUGUUUUUGUUCCUCAUUAUUUUAAACUUCUAGAAUGAACUGGAGCUAGAGUUGGAAAGAGUUCAAACUAAAACCAGGGAGCUAGAGAAGGAACUGGAACAAGCCAGACAAGCAUCCGGUGACCCUCGGCAAAUCAGUUCUAAAAUUGACACAGCUGCCAAGUCCCUCUUUGUUGUAAGUUUGUUAGUUUGUAAAAUGGUGGUUCUUUAAAUCAGCCAUGUGGACUUUUUGAUAGUUAGUAAAACAGUGGCUCAGUUUAGGAGGUUAAAUCCUCCAAUGCUGAUUCUGGUUACAUCAAUAAUGUAUCUCCACCAAAUUAAAUCAGUUGUUUCCUUAAUGCUCCAGGCCUCUUUGGUGGACAAUGACCUUGAGAGACGGUUGAGCCAAUGCUGUUCUAAACUCCAGUCAGUUGCCACGCAGCUGGACUCGAUGACAUCCUCAUCACAACACUACAGAGGUUCACUUGAUCACACUGUCCAACACCAGGGCCUGUUGGUGGAUGUCUUGUCAGAACUGAGGCUGCUUAAAGGAGAGAUCACGGGGACAGCAGAAACUCAACAGAAGGUAUUCACUCUGUCCCUAGAGCUCACACUAAACUAUGAGCUCGUCUACCAAGUAUUUAUAAUAUUCAUGAAUAGGAUACUGAGAAAAAAAAGAUCAAAGGUUCUCCAUUAAAAUAAUAAAAUUAAUUUUCAUGUGUUGCUCAUGUUUGUUGAAACAUCCUUAACCCACAAACUGUGGCAUGCAUCAUUCUGUGGUGUGAAGCUUUUCAGAGCGUUUUGAGUACCAUUUGAAAUUGCAUUAAAUGACAUAGAAAUAUUGAUACAAGACCCCUAUAAGUAUAUAUUUUUAGAAAGGUAAAUGGAUGGGGAUAAAGUUGACCAUAUUGUCCACCCCGUAAAAAUUUUUUGAUCAGUGUCCUUGACCUUGGAGUUCUCGAGGAAAAAAAAAAUUGACAAAAUGUCUUGCUUUCAAGUGCUCAUAACAUCAUUAAGUUUUAUAGAUACACUUAAAACGCAAAUCUAAAUGUUGUAGCCAAUUCAUUUCUCUUUCAGACAAUGUAUAGUUUGCUAAGGUUUUGAUUGCAAUUAAACCUCUGAAAGCGAUUUUAAUAAUUUUAGGUCAUUUAUAUAAGAAACUGGGACCGCUGCUAAAAGUAAGUACAAAAUACAAAAUCUCAGGCAAAAUAGUUAUUAUUGACUAGUAAACAUUUAAAAAGGAACUUUGGAACUGAUUUGGGUUGUUUGAUUAUAAAAUUUAUUAGUUCUGAACUAUAAUCUGUAGCUUCUGUGACUAAAAUUCAGUCAGUCCUUGCCCAAUCUCCGGGCUUGGCUCGAAGUCUACCAGUAGCCUCAUUAGGCCUACUUCAGUAUCACUAAGACUAGUAUAAAAUUCACGAGAAGAAUAAUCUCAAAUGAUAUCGUCAUGGGGAAUGUUAAAAUCAUCAUCAGUAUCAUUUAAAACCUCUGCUAAAAAGCUUUCAAACAUAUUUCUAUUAGUUCUUGCACUGAAGGCUCUGCCAUAACUUCAACCAUUGUAGCUUUAAAAAAACGGCGAUAUAAAACUCUGAUUAAAAAGUAUUUAUUUAUAAAUUAUCAAGAAACAGCUUGAACCGGAAGAUGAUUUAAUUAUUAAUAAAAGGAAGUGGCUAUAAUUCUGUUGAAAUAUUGGAUUGGAAGUUGCUAUCGGACCAUGUUUUUUAUCGGCUGAUUUUUUCGGCCGACCACAGUUCGUGGGUUAAGAAAAAAUUCUAGCUCAAUUUUGUACUGUAUUCAUAGUCAUUGAAAUUAAACAUGGACAGGGGCAUGCACUCAUGCCCACUCUUUUUGGUCUAUGUCAAAUUUGGAGCAAAGUUUUUCAAAGAGUUUUGGUAGUCUGCAUAAAAAAACAACUAUUUUUUGUUUAAAAUUUAAUUUUGAUUUAUUAACCCGGGGUUCAGGUUUGUUAUAAAAAUAUGGUCGCUUAAAAAAAUAUGUUUAAUUUCUAGGCUGAAGAUGUUGAGUCCAGAACAGAGCAAGUCAGUAGGUUGUUGGAACACAAUCAACAGUUGGCCAACCACAUUGUUAGGCUUAAACAGGAGAAACAACACAUAGCCAGCUCACUAAAACAAAUGGAGACCAAACUGCAAACAUCCAAGCACGCCCAGGUUAGUGCAGCACCUAGAACAUUUAAUCACACAUGCCCAGAUUAGUGCAGCACCUAGAACAUCUAAUCGCACAUGCCCAGAUUACUGCAGCCCCUAGAACAUCUAAUCGCACAUGCCCAGAUUAAUGCAGCACCUAGAACAUUUAAUCACACAUGCCUAGAUUAGUGCAGAACCUAGAACAUUUAAUCACAUGGGCCCAGAUUAGAGCAGCACCUAGAACAUCUAAUCACACAUGCACAGAUUAGUGCAGCACCUAGAACAUUUAAUCACACAUUCCCAGAUUAGUGCAGCACCUAGAACAUUUAAUCACACAUGCCCAGGUUAGUGCAGCACCUAGAACAUUUAAUCACACAUUCCCAGAUUAGUGCAGCACCUAGAACAUUUAAUCACACAUGCCCAGGUUAGUGCAGCACCUAGAACAUCUAAUCGCACAUGCCCAGAUUAGUGCAGACCCUAGAACAUCUAAUCGCACAUGCCCAGAUUAAUGCAGCACCUAGAACAUUUAAUCACACAUGCCUAGAUUAGUGCAGAACCUAGAACAUUUAAUCACAUGGGCCCAGAUUAGAGCAGCACCUAGAACAUCUAAUCACACAUGCACAGAUUAGUGCAGCACCUAGAACAUUUAAUCACACAUUCCCAGAUAAGUGCAGCACCUAGAACAUUUAAUCACACAUGCCCAGGUUAGUGCAGCACCUAGAACAUCUAAUUGCACAUGCCCAUAUUAGUGCAGCACCUAGAACAUUUAAUCACACAUGCCCAGAUUAGUGCAGCACCUAGAAUAUUUAAUCACACAUGCCCAGAUUAGUGCAGCAACUAGAACAUCUAAUCACACAUGCCUAGAUUAGUGCAGAACCUAGAACAUUUAAUCACAUGGGCCCAGAUUAGAGCAGCACCUAGAACAUCUAAUCACACAUGCCUAGGUUAGUGCAGCACCUAGAACAUCUAAUCACACAUGCCCAGGUGUUAAGGACUUGAAUGUAUAUUGUGAUUGCGUGUUGUUGGGAGAGUACUUGGGUAGAUGUUGCUAUUAAAUGUUUGGUAUUUUGUGACAUAUUGUGUUAAAGGGGAAAUGAUGCAUUAUUGUUGUAUAGUUUUGUUGUGAUUGAGUAUUGGCAGUUGACAAUGUAGUUUGGUUAAUAAAGAUACUUUAUUCUAUGAAGUAUUGGCUUGUAGAGUUAAUAUAAUAACCCCUAGAGAAACAAGGGUAACAAACCUUGGUAAGAAUGGGUUCGUAACACCAGGUUAGUGCAGCAUUUAGAACAUCUAAUCACAAUAUUGGAUGAGAUAAGUUGGUGAAACUUUCAACAUUUGAUUAGGAACAGCUGCUGUUUUACCUGCAAAUGCUAGAGUUACAGUUCCCUGAUCAUAGAUUUAUGCAGUCAGCAUUUAUAUAAUUGUAAGAUUAUAACUUGUAAGCUUUAACCAAACACAAAUUUGAAAUUUAACAAGGGUAGAAACAUCUACGUAGCAAGGGACCAACCUGUCUUUGGCUGCUAAUAAUUCAUUUUCCUUGAAUAUAUUAAGGUGAAUCUUCCUCAAUAUGCGUCAGACACAGCAAGUGAAGAUGACGUUGUCUAUGACCGCACCGUGUGGGCCAGUGAAAGGCUUGGUCUUCAGAUGGCACUGAAUUCAGCAGAGCAUGAGAUUGAACGAUUACGAACUGAAAUUCAACAAUUUCGCUCUUUGGUGCAUUCAGACAGAGACAUAGCUCGAUUUGAUCCCAACAAGGCAAGGAGAAAUGUAUUUCUGUGAACUCUUGAUGCUGUGCUAUUAGCAUAAUUUAUUAACAGUUAAAAUCUGCACGACUGAGUUACUCUUCCUAACAAAAAAAGAGGGAAAUGUUCACAAAAUUCAAGAAAUUUUUCAAUAGCAUUUGUUUCAGCAAGAUUAAAAAUUAUUGCUCAUUCACAUAAUCCACAUAAUUUUAUCUGAGUCCUGUAAAUGAAUUAGAAAUUGGUAUUUUUCCUCUACAGACUGACCGAUUGUAUGGCAAAUACUUAAGAGCAGAAAGUUUUAGGAAAGCCUUAAUUUACCAAAAGAAGUAUCUUCUGCUUCUCCUUGGUGGGUACAGAGACACAGAACAAGAAACGCUGGCAAUAUUGGCAUCUAUGGGAGGUUUUCCCACACCUUACGCAAACAACCUCCACAGGUCUGGUUCAAGGGCAUUCACAAUGUUUAGGUCAGCAGGAAGAGUCAUCAUUGCAAUAUCCAGGUAAAUUAAAACUCUUAGGGGGGGGGGGGGGAGUAAAAAUUUGAACCAGUCCAAAGGUAUUAUUAGACCAUCAUAAUUUUUAUCAUGAUAUUUUACAGAAUCAAAAACUAAAUUUUAAAUGAAUCAAGUUAUUUUUGAGAUACAUCUGUUAUAGGAGGAGAACUAAAUCAACAAUUUAUGUGAGGAGAACUAGACCAACAAAUUAUGUAUAGUUAGAGUUAGAUUAUAUUUCAUAAUGUCUGCAUUCUUUGUGUUUUAAUUUGUAAAAACUUCCUUGCAGAAUGAAAUAUCUGGUGAAGAAGUGGAAGAGAGCAACAAGAGUAGGCUCCCCUGUGAUGACAGGACAGAUUCCACCACAUCAUUGUAAGAUUUUUUUUUUUUUUGUGGUGUAUUUGUGUAAAUAUUUACUAAAAUUGUUACCUGUAACAAUGAAGCAGCUUUCAGCUAAAAGCUUACAAAAGGAGCUUUUUUUAAACAUUUAUUUAAAAAGAAAAUUAUAUUAAAUUGCAAAGAUUAAAUUAUGACCUAUCUAUUUAUAUUUACAAAUGGCUUUAAAUUUAAUGAUUCCAAGUUGUAGAGAGUUUGCUUUCUCAUUUAUCAUUAAGAGGCUUGAUGUUUAAAUUAUAGGAAAUUUUAAGAAAUAUUCCACAAACUUUCAUUCUGAUUCACAUAUUUGAUUAAAAACUUCAUAUAUAUGAGAUUAAAAUAAUGAGCAUUUUCUCCCCCUGUGCAAAUGUGCUCACUCUAAGGGAUGAUAUAUUUUAGCUUCAUGUAGGUUCGUGUUCCAUCAUUGUAUGUUUCCAUUUCCAGCAUAUGUCCCUACAAGUUCCAGCUUUCCCACUCAUCCUCGUCAUCACCACCACCAUUCGAAGCCAUCAUCAAGCACACAUCACAGAAAUACUGAGGUCCCUUCAGUGCCCAAUGGGGACACCUACACAAUCACAACAUUGAGAUCUCCUCACAGCUACACAACACCGCCUACCAAAGAUCUGGGUCGUCAGUACACCACCAAAUCAUUACCGAGAGAGGGCAGGCAAACCAGUAGGAGGUGAGUUACUGGGAUAAGCUGUGUGUUAUUGUUUUUAUGACUUGGUGAGCCAUGAAGACGCUGCAAACUAAAGUAUGAAUCCUGAGAAAGAAAUUUAUGUCUGCCCUCACUCCAAAUAUCCUCUCUUAACUCUUUCUCUGCGGAAUUUUUUUAUCGAAAAAAUGUACAUUUUAUUGACGAGCGAAAAAGAGUGAGAGGUUGGGUUUAUUAAAAAAUAUUUAAAAUAUUAUUCUUUGGUUUGUAAGACUAAUCCAAAAAUGAAAUACCAAAUGAAAUAUAAUUGAAAGGAUCUUUGUAAACUUAUUUCUUCAGUUUAAAUAAAAUAAGUUACAGAAAAGAACCUUAAAAAAACAUUUUAUGCUAAACCAUUUUUCCUCCAAACCCUCUGAUGUACGCAUACUUAACUCAUUCCCGACGUUUGCGACUAAAUGCGUCUUUUACGGGUUCCGCUGAAUGCGUCCAAAUGCGUCCCGGCGCAUAGCGACACACCUCUCUCAUAUCUAUUUAAAAAUAGCAAUGAAAUCUCGCAUCCCUCGAGACUUCCGGCGAUGGCGUGGUUCAGCGUGAUUUUAAUUUAAAAACCGGAAGUUUUUAUCUUGUUUCGCUUUAAAACUAUGUGUGCUUUAGUAUGGCGCGUCUAUAUGUAGCAUGUGUUCGUCCGAGGUGCCGAAAAUCGAUUUUUUGGUCAUUGUUCUUUAUUUUUUCCCCGCUAAUGUUAUAUUUAUAUUAAACCUUAUUCAUUUUUUGUUGCAUUUGUUCUUAAUUCAUUAAAAUUAAAUAAUAUUUAGUAGCUUAAAUAAAUAUUUAAAAAAUGUAAACAAUUUCAAAACGGGGUUACUUCCCUUUCUCAGGCAAAUAAAUUAAAUACGGAAGUAGCAUUGCAGGGGGGAAUGAGUUAAACUUCACUUCUAUAACUCAAAUCCUCUAAAACUACUACUAUUGGAAUUAUGCGAUGGAUCUAAAUAUAAAUCAUCUUCACAAUCAAAAGAAAUAGUAUAAAACAGUUCCAAAGCUUUUUGAGCUGUUUAUUAUCUAGGAAACUUACUCACGUACAAGGGCCUAGAGUAGCUAUAGCAACAGUAGAAAAAAAAGCGAAGAAAAUCAUUAAAAUAAUUUUUCAAACUACAACAAAUAAACCUUGGUUUUGCUUAUAAACAAUUAAGUACCACUCUUCUAUGUAAAAGUCUUAUUUAAAAAUAGCUCUGAAAAAGUUUAACAGAGAAAUAGUAAAGAAACAAACAUGAUAUUGAAACAAACGCAGAGCGCGUUAGUCCGUGCUUUUGAUAACGGCGGAUGAACGAAGUGUGCAUUGUUCUUCAUCGAAAGAGUUAAUUUAGUCAGUUCUCAUUUAUUAAUUAAGUUCUUAUUCAACCAAACAUUUUUGUUAAUAAGCCGGCAUUUCAUUUAGAACAAAAAUUGUAUGCACAUGUUUUUAUUUUGUUGUUUUUAUUUUCAGAGCAAUUUUACAAAAUGAAGACUUUGGUUAUUCAAGUCAUCCAGCCAAUGGAAACUACCAUCCCACACAAAAUGGAGAUAUCUUGGAAUAUCUAGAGAAUGUACAUCAGCAUCUCACUGAAGGAGAAUAUGGUGAACUUUCAGUUUUUAACUCAACCUUUUUUUUUAAUGUAAUUCAUUAUUACAUUUCAAGUUAUCUAAAUUACAAAUUUAAUUUCUUGAAGCGAUUUGAAAUAUUAAAGAACUUUAUUAUAAUAUCAUUUCUUUACCAAAAGUUUUUUCUUUAAUUUGAAAAAUAAGUAUCAAUGAAAUGAAUUGGGUUCACUGUUAUUGAAACUGGUAGUCUCUUCAUCUGGAGAGAAAAGCUCCAUGUUUGUUUUUUUCAUUUCUAAAGAUCUGACAUUUUAAAAAGUUUAACUGCUUUGUCUUUGAAGGUGAUUGAUUGAUUUUUUCAAUUACUUUAAUAUGAUUGAACAUGUACUUUUUUGUCCUUAUUUUUAGGGGCAGGCAGAGAACUUUUAUGACCUGAAAUACCCAUGAUGCCACACAACAGUCUGUGAAUGACAAUGGGCUGCUGUAGAAAGAACCAUGUCAUCUCUGACAGAAUGGUUCAAGUGUCAUCUCUGACAGAACAGUUCAAGUGUCAUCUCUGACAGAAUGGUUCAAGUGUCAUCUCUGACAGAAUGGUUAAGUUUCAUCUCUGACAGAAUGGCUCAAGUGUCAUCUCUGACUGAAUGGCUCUGGUGUCAUCUCUGACUGAAUGGCCCAAAUGUCAUCUCUGACAGAAUGGCUUAAAUGUCAUCUCUGACAGAAUGGCUCAAAUGUCAUCUCUGACAGAAUGAUCCAAGUCUACUCUCGACCAUUCUAAAAGUUGCCCAUGACAUAAUGUAGCCUUGCAAGAAAGGUAAUAAGUCUCAUGACAGCUGUUUAUAUCAAAACAAUUUCAAAGCCGACAUUUUGCAUUUUCUCAUACUGCUCCCUUACAUACUUCUUUGUUAAUUAUGUAUUGGUGAAUUGAUGACCAAUUUGUUGACCUCAUUUGUAAAUAUAAUGAUAAUUAACUCUUUGAAACCUGUAUUAUAAAUGCAUGCUUAUUUAGCUAUGAAGUUUGUAAACUAUUUCAUGAAUUGUGGCAAACAUCAUUGUUUGUCAAUAAUUAUUUCCAUUACCAGUAGUGUACCUUGUAAUAUAGUUAUUAUGUCCAUGUAUUACAGAAAACCGCAGUAUUCCUUUGACUCUCUACAGAAGGUAUUUUUUAUCACAAACAGUUGUGUCACAAAAGAUGUUGAAAUUUUUUUACUUGAAUAAUGUUUAACCAUACCAAAUUUUGUUCACAUGGUUGUCAUUUGGUAUUGACAGUCGUGGUUGUGUUGGAGAAGACAAAAUUAAUUCAUCAGAGAGCAGUGCAUAGAAAAGUAAAUCAGAUAUUGGUUGUUUUCAACCAUUUAAUGAAUUCUAGUUUUUAAAUACGGUAGCAGAACUGGUAUGUAUAAUGAUUUUUUUUGAAAAAUAAUUUUUUUUGGGUGAAAAUGAAAUAUAAAAAAAUCUUAAUGGCUGUUUUGUUUCUCCACUUGACCACUUAAAGCAACCUAAAAACUAUUGCCAUCUCACAGCUUGUUGUUAACAAAUACCUUUCAUAUGUCUCUGCAAAUAUUUGGACCAACUCAUCUAACUCAAAUCCACAUUUAAGUGUAUAGCUUUUUAUUAAUAUUAAAAAAUGCUAUAAUUUUUUCCCCCCAAUAAUCAUGUUUUAUAUAUGAACAUCUAUAUUACUUGUAAGAUAAUCUGUAUAAUUGUCUUGUAUUCUUAAUCUACAUAAUAAUUACUGUUAAUAUUUGUUUUUGAUCUUUUUCUUAUUUAUAAUUUCUCACCAAUAGCCCUUAAAAGCUUCUAAGAAUUGAUCUGACUGAAUCUAUGCAGAUGCGAUGUGUUGUUCUUAUGCUAAAUAAACUGUCAUCCUGGACUGUGAUAAUGUGGAAACAUAGUCAUGUAAGAAUUUAUGUGCACCAGAAUAUCUCUUCUGUACUUAAGUUCUCCUUCUUAAAGUUGCUGAAUAGAAAAGAUCAACUUCUGCAAGAAACUUAGAAAAUGAUUGCCUGGUCCAUUUUUAAUCUGAUCACAAUUUAUCAUUACAUUUCUCCUUAAAAAAUGUAUUUGUUUGUAUGAACUUUUUUGUUAAAAUUCCUGCAUCUAUGAAUGUAUAACGAGUAUUCCAUAAUAUGUCAUUGCCUUCUACUCAGUUGGUUAGCUCUCAUAAAUCAGUUGUUUGCUCUGGGAGUUACAAUAUGGAAUAAAGGACACAUUUAUUUUUC